CACUUCUGUACUGCUUUAUAUUUUAAAGAAAAAAAUCUCAAAGUGGUUUACAGCACAUUAAAACAUCAAAUAAAAUAGUCCAGAAUAAAACAACUGAAGCUUCAAGGAAAGUAUUUCAGAUGCUUCCCUAAGGGAUAUUUUGCUUUCCCCAUAUUUAUUUACCUACUUAAUUUAUAUAGCUGCCCCAAAGCAGAAGCACUCUAGGAAGCCAGUGUUGUGUACUUGUUAGAGUGUUGGACUAGGAUCCGGGAAAUGAGGGUUCAAAUCCCCACUCGUCAUGAAGCUCACUGGGUGACCUUGGGCAAAUCACAGCCUCUUAACCUACCUUACAGGGUUGUUAUAAGGAUUAACUGAAGAGGGGUGAACCAUGUACUCCUUGGAGAAAAGGGUGAGAUAUAAAUGCAAAAAGCUCUUCUGCAUACCUAGUAAAGAAAGCUGGAGGGGCCAGCCAGAUGGAGAUGUCAGUCGGCAGCCUGGCAUCCAGAGAUCUCCAUAUGGUCACAAUUGGACCCAUGCCAGUCGCAAAACGUGCCAGGGGUAUUUCAAACACUGUUGGGGAGCCCUCAGAACAAAUCUGAAGGGCAUGUGAGAAAGAAAGGGAGAGGAAGUUCCACUGCUUAAGUGUGAGAGUUCAGAGAAUACAACACUGUGUUGAUAGCUAGUGAAGUUAAAAAUAGUGGAGAGUACUAACUAAUGUGUACAGUGAUGUUAGGGCAAGCUUAUCUGCUUUGAAUUACUUCUGAUUUCCAACAGGUAUGUAUUUUGCUUAGCAUGUGUGGAGUUGGAUGCAUUUGGGAAAAGUCUUUCAAGUUUGCAUUUAUUAAAGAAGGUGUGCCAGUAAGUAAAAUGGUAAUGCCAUGCCAGAAAUACCCAAUGUAGAACAAAUAACAUCAAUUUUAAGAUACUGUACACCAAUUUCUUCUCUGUAAAGCAAACUCAGAAACAUGAGAAAAUCCCCAGCAGCAAAAAACAUGCUGGCACAGGGGAAAUUAUUUGUAAGCAAAAAACAGGUUGGCCAAAAUUUAUUCUAUCCCAGUUUAAAUUUGAAAAAUGCACGAAACUCAAAGACCUAACUCUGACCGAUCUUUUACUAUAAUUUAACAAAGCCAAACCACAAACUAAACUAUUAGACAAACCUGAAAUAGUGGAGGCAGGUAACUAAGAACAGGAGCUGAAAAUACCUGGUGAAAUCUUAAUUAAGCCAAGAACUUACAUUCUCUCUCUGCCUCCCAUUACAUUAACACCAAUACAGUGCAGGAAUAAUACUGCCCAAAGGUUAGGCAAAGUUAAUGAUUGUUAGUGAGUAUAGCUCAUUGUUCAAACAUAGCUGUUCUUGGGGGCCCUUUUGGAAGACUGAAAUAUGAUAUAAAAUAAUUUAAAUUUGCUAAAGAGAUUUUGGAUAGCCACAAGAUGCAAAAUAUUACUGUCCGAUUGUACAAGUUGGACAUACAGGUAUCCAUAAUAGGUAUGCCAAAAUAGUUGUAUAAUUAAGGGUUAAGAAACUGAUUACACAAGUAAUUCAAGAUAUUCAACUUUUAAAGAAUGCUGCAAUUUUCUAGCAUUUCACAUUUUUAUUGAGACACAUUUUGACAUUGUCUAAAAUUUGCUACAUUAAGCAUAACUUUUUCAAAACAAAUAAUCCUAUUGAAAAUGGAAACAUAAUAUAAGCUUGUUAAAGUCAACGGUUUCAGUCCCUUAAAACUGAAUCCAAGACCCUCUAUCAAAAAAGCAGUCAAAUGUCUGUUUUCUGUGUAGAAGGGUGAACGAUGAUGUCAAGCAUUAUAAACGUGUCACAAUAAUGACUUUACAUGCUUAUGGAAAAUUAUGAGUAAGUGUGGCUAUCCUAACAAUAGCAUAGCUAUUUACUUUUCACUGAACAUUAGAAACAAUCUGCUUCAUCCCUUGCUUGUGUGAAGUGUGGACUUUCAGACCAGAAUCCAAAUAACUGCUCAAGCCCAAUGCAAUGGGCUUGUACCAGUCCAGGGGCAUGUCUACGGAGAAUAUAUGUUACUCAUUCUCAAAUAAGUCUCAUUAUUUCAGUAGGUCUACUUUGAGUACACCAAUGUUAAGUAUUGGCAUAUGAAAUUGCAGGUGUGGUUUGAAGAGGCAUAAACUACGUAACAAAAAUGUUGGAUUAUGAUCAUAUUCAAUAUAAAGGUUCUGUUUGGUUGCCAACUGAUGGUUUAAUAAUUUGAGAAUGAUAAAAUGGAAAACUUUACUUAAAAUGAAUCCAUUUAUCCUGAUAGGAUUCUAACUCUUAAACUUGCACGCUUUUCAUGCUUUUGUAAUUAAACAAACUGCAAACUCUGCAGAAAAGGGGGAAUUCAUUCCUCCUCCCAAUAUGCUUGGGGAGGGGGGAACACAAAGAAAACAAGUCUUCCUACUCUCCUUCCAGCAUGUAUUACGUAGGCUUUUUAUUAACUGCCCUUAUUAGCUCACGGCAUCAACCUUUCGUAAACACACAACACAAAGUUUUAUGGCGCUUGGCACGAAAACAUAUGAACUAAAACGUGGCUAGAAAUCUUGUGUUUUGGAAAGUGGUCCGAUCACCCUGAAGUAAAGUCGAUCGGGUCCAUGAAAACUGACGUGUUAAGACUACAAGCCAAUUCCUUAUAACCAAGUCCCAGUCGACUUCCCCUUCCUACCCUCCCCCCACCCCGCAGCCACUGGCAACUCGUUGCGAAACAGAAGCGAAUACCGUGCCUCAGAAAACCGAACACCGAGUCUGUCGGGCCGGGCUCGCACGCUUCCAGGGGGAAAGGGAACGAGACUGGCCCGCCACCUAGAAGGCCCAACGCAAAAGCAGGGCCUCCUCCGGGCCUUACGGAAAGCGCGCGGCCCCUCGAGUCGCCCCUCAAAAAGGAGGCCUUCAAAGAGACGGAGGCAGUUACCUGCGCUGCUGGGGGUCCCGCUUCUAGCUCAGGUGUCUGUAAGGAGGGCGGCUGCUGCAACUACCUCAGGCUCCGGAUGUUUCGGGCGGUGGGGAAGUAGGCCCCCCAACGGCAAAAUUACCCCGUCAACGACGGGAAAGAGAGAUGGGGAAAAUCUAGGCCUCAAAAGAUAUUUUACGGAUAAGGCCAAAGCCGAGGAAGUUCCACAACGAGGAGAUUCGGACUCGGCUCUAGCAGAAACGACUGCUCCCUGAAAUGGCGCCCGCCGCGUCCUGCUGCUUGGAGGAGGGUCCGUGCUGGAGAUAUGGGGACACCCAGAGCUCUCCGCACGGGCUCUCGCGAGAUCUCGGCACAAGCGGGCUGGAUGCUGUGCAAAUGGCGGGUGUCCGCCAAGCACAUCUCGCGAGGAAAGGCGUCUCGCACAAACGCGCCUAGUAACUCGCGAGAGUAACGUGUUGUUUGUGCAGCCUCAUUCAGAACCACGGUCUCCCUCAAGGGCCUGAGACUCUCGCGAGAACAGAAGGCUCUGCGAGCGUCACAAUAAAAGGUUCAAAGGUUAAGUGCUGAGCCUAUGGGUCAAAAAAUAAUCUCACUCCAGGCAAAAUUCUUUUGUAAUGCAAUUCUAGGCUUGUCUAUUCAGAGGUAAAUAUCAGUGAAUUCAAUGGGGCUUACGCCCAGGUAAGUGGGCAUAUUAUCGUAAGCUCAAUAAUUUAACUGCAAAUUUAAUUUUCCCUGACAUUUCAUUAUACGUAUGGGCUGCUAGUACCUUUGAGAGACCUAUACUGAUUAAGAACUAUAUUUACGUAUCAGGAUUAAGUCCUUGAAGUUCAACAUGUUAACUUAUUACUUACUUGGACAGUGAAAUGCAAUAUAAUUAUGAAAGUGGACAUACUUGUAUAUUAUAAAUAUUGUAAGUUAACAGCAAUAAUGUUCAUGCUGAGCUAAAGGUAAAGUUAUAAUAGCAUUUUUAAAAGGGAAUGUUUUGGUAGGCCAUGUUGGCAACUCCCAUAAAAGCUGCUUGUUCAUUUGCCUUGUGCAAUCAAUCUCAUCCAAUAAAUCCCAUGUUUACUUGACUCGUGUAUGUUAUCUUCUGUUUAAAGAGGAGUUAAUCUGCUAGUAGCACUUGAUAAAUCUUUUUUACAGCAGACCACAUAUAAUGAUUACAAUCAACUGAUUGAUUUAAAAAUUGAUGCUUUUUUUCUGAGAUGCUACAAAAAUCACACCAAAAGGCAAAGACGAAACAGAACAGUUUUUGUUUAUUUUGUUUACUACUUAAGAAGUUUUGCUUUGGACAUAUAUAUGUAUCCAGAAUUAAACUUAUAUGGAUUUUAGCUUGCCACCACUGGCACUGCUCUUCCUGCACAUCCUGGGUAAAUGUGCAGGCAUGAUGCCAUGAUGGGGGUAGGGGGGAAACAGAGAUGUUCCACCAAAUGGUCAUCUUGGAUCACCUGCUUCUCACGGAAUUUGUGUAUUUUCCAGAGCAAACCCCAAAAAGAGAAUGGCUAAGAACUAAUGAAGAAUGGGGACAGACUCAUUAGAGGAAAAUUAAAAUGCAUAGCAAUAAAUGUGAAGAGAAGGAAUAAAGAGGAGUGGGCAUUUGUUGGGACAUCUGUUCUGGAUUCUGCCAUAGAUGAGUUCUGUUACAAACAGCUGCCACAACUAAAUGCCAACAUACAAUACGAUUAGGAGAUAUGAAGUAACUCUAUAUAGGAAAAUAUGAAACAAAUGUCACAUCCACACCAUACAUUGCACUUAAACCAUUUUAAAAGUGGUAUAUGUAAUAAUGUUAUAGUAUAGUUAUAGUAUAUGUAAAAAUAUACUAUAACUAUAAUAACUAUAAUAUAUGUUAUAGUAUAUGUAAAAAUGUUAUUCCAUGUAAAUAUUUCCGUUAUUGCCUGAUAGACCUAUUCAACUGUAUUUAAUAUUCUGUAUUGAAAUCCCAAACAAAAGACAAGGGAAGUUAACUGAAAAUCAAAAUUACCGUAUUUAUUGCUCUAUAAGACUCACUUUUUCCCUCCUAAAAAGUAAGACAAAAUGUGUGUGCGUCUUAUGGAGCGAAUGCAGGCUGCACAGCUAUCCAAGAAGCCAGAACAGAAAGAGGGAUUGCUGCUUUCACUGCGCAGCGAUCCCUCUUGCUGUUCUGGCUUCUGAGAUUCAGGAAUUUUUUUUCUUGUUUUUCUCCUCCAAAAACUAGGUGCGUCUUGUGGUCUGGUGCGUCUUAUAGAGCGAAAAAUACGGUAUAUUUAGCAUUCACAAACUUCCUGAAAUUCAAAUGCUAGACAUUCUCUUUUACACCACAAUCCUAACCUUAGACUUAAUAAGGCUUACACCCAGGUAAGUAGGCUUAGCAUUGAUGCCAUAAUAAUUCUUACUUGGAGGUAUGAGUCACAUAAUUAGUUUAGUAAACCCAGUAGCAUGCCUAAUAAUGGCUGGUGAAUCAUUUUACUUCAUAAAUCUAAAUUCUGUAUUUUGUGUUUCCAUUUUUUAGCAAGAUUAAUUAGACAUAUGUGGCAGAAGCUUUGUCAGUCUCUCAAAUACAACAUAUUGAUUAAUAUCAUUAAAGUCAUUAAUUUGGGUAAUUAUAGCAGUCCAGGAACACUUAAUGAAAAUGUAGGGAUAAAUUAGAAAAUAGAAAAACAGCAUAAUGGUGAAGUGAAAUGAGAAAAGGCUGCAGAUAUUCAGAAGUUUAUAAGAUCUAGGGUAUAAUAAUAAUAAUACCCUGCCCAUCUGACUGGGUUUCCUUGGCCACUCUGGGCAGCUUACAGCACAUAUAAAAGCAUAGUAAAACUUCAAACAUUAUACGCAAUAAUGGCAGAAGAAAAGAUAAGGAAAUAUAAAAUCAAUAAGUUAUAACCUAGGAGGAGGUGAAAAGGGGUAUAGAUGCAACAGAAAGAGGGAAGAAAAGAACAAGCACAGCCAAAGAUAAGGAAGUGCAGCUUUAGAAAGAUUGAGUUUAUGUAAAAUCGUGCAAGAGAAACAGCUGCAAACAGGAAGAGCGAUUAAACAGAGUGUGAUAAAUUAGGAGAAGAUAACCAAAGCUGCAGAUUAUUGGCAUGGGAAUUAUUACUAUUAUUACAAGACUAGAUGACAGCUACAAGUGGGAAAAGACCAAGUAAAAAGCUAAGGACCUUCAAGAACUGAUGAAAAGGGGAGAAGAAUCAUUGAUACAUAGGACAAGAAUUACAGUAGGCCCACAAUUUGCACACAGGUUACAUUCCAGGGAUUGCGUCUAAAGGCAAAAUUGUGUAUUGCCAAAAUCCAUUGAGUUCAAUAGCAAAUAGGCUUGCCAAAGUCUUUUCCCCAGAACCCCACCCACUUUCCACCCCCUUUUAAUAUCUUUAUUUUUUUGCCAUGUGCUGAAUGCACACAAGUUAAAUGCACGCAAGUGGCAGUCUUACUGUAUUACAAUUACAUAUACAGUGGUACAGGGUUACAGAUGCUUCAGGUUACAGACGCUUCAAGUUACAGAUUCCGCUAACCCAGAAAUAGUACCUCUGGUUAAGAACUUUGCUUCAGGAUGAGAACAGAAAUCGCACGCUGGUGGCACAGCGGCAGCGGGAGGCCCCAUUAGCUAAAGUGGUACCUUAGGUUAAGAACAGUUUCAGGUUAAGAACAGACCUCCGGAACGAAUUAAGUUCUUAACCCAAGGUACCACUGUAUAAGAGUGAAGCCAAGAAACAGUUGACCACAGAAACUUAGAGUAUGAGGAUGUGGCAAAUUAAAAAAGGAACCACAUCACUAAGGCUCCUUUGUUUCAGUAUUAACAAACCAGGCAUUCAGUAAGAACAUUGUUGAGAAAUUCUGGCCCAUUAAGAAAACUUUUCCCUUUAGAAAAUCUCUUGUUAAAUAGAGGACUAAAGGCCUUUCAGGACCUCUCAGAUAAAAAGUGUAUCAUGAACUUACUAACAGCCACUAUAAUCACCGCACUGGGGGACACUUAAUGUGGAUUUAAUUGAAGUAUGGCUUGCACAGACAUGGGAUCUAAUCAUCAAGGACAAAUUAAUGACACAUUUAAAGGAGAUAUGAAUUAGUAAAGACUCACUACCUACUACAUAAUGUGGUACGACUUUAUUGUGUAUGCAACAUCCAUUGAACAUGGUUGCAAACCACCAAGAACACAUGGAAGUCUCUUGUAUGACACACCUAUUUAAUAAGACUGACAAAUUUCAAUGGCUGCAAAUUCUUUUCCCUUUUCCUUUUGUUGUUGGCUCUGCACUUCACGUAGGGGUGGUUGAUGUUUUAUUCCAAUAUGUUUUUCUCUUUUAAGAAAAAGCAAUAAACUAUGUUUUUUAAAAAUAAAAAAAAUAAAAGGCCUUCCAGGGAGCAUUGAUAUGUUGAUUUCUUUAAAUAAUACAGUGAAUACCUUCCAAAAUAAAUGGAAUAAAAUACUGAUCACUUCUAUUUCAGAGGAAAGAUGGAAAUGGGUUUGGAAUAACUGGGAAGUAUAACAUAAUAAAGGCUAAACGAGUAUUUGGUGUGGGGAAACAGUAUCAUUGGUACUUUAUUUGUUCAAAUGUAUUCAUAACUUGAAUAUCAACUAUUCUUGGAGACGAGAAGCUGUUUUCGUUUAUAUAUUUGGAAAUAUUUCAAUACUAAAACACUUUGGUGCACAUGGCUUCUUCCCAAUCCUUCAAAAUCAUUGUUUGGAAGAUCAAAGAAUGUGACAUUUGUAUGCUGCUACUGUGAUUUGAUUGUGAUUUGAUUGACCCACCUUCACAAGUAGUCAGAAGUUCUAGGAGUAGAAUUAUAGGUUAUAGUUUCCCUUUAUUAGGGAGUACUGGAAACAUAUAGCACCUUUGUAAUAUUGGCUUUAUUUACAAAUACAGUGGUACCUCGGGUUACAUACGCUUCAGGUUACAUACGUUUCAGGUUACAGACUCCGCUAACCCAGAAAUAGUGCUUCAGGUUAAGAACUUUGCUUCAGGAUGAGAACAGAAAUCAUGCUCCAGCGGCGCAGCAGCAGCAGAAGGCCCCAUUAGCUAAAGUGGUACUUCAGGUUAAGAACAGUUUUAGGUUAAGAAUGGAUCUCCGGAACGAAUUAAGUACUUAACCCGAGGUACCACUGUACACAAACACAGUGGAGGUAAAAACACAGCUUCAGCAGAUAGCAUCACCACAAAUAUAACAGCAAAUAGCAACUUGUGUCUACAUAUACUACUUUCCCCAGGCUGCAGUCCUAGUUUUAGUUAACUCCAGACAGAAAACUCCAGUUUGCUCAUUCUUAAAUUUAAAUCUGCAGGGCUGCGGUUCUCUUUCCCUCACACAACCAUUUUUGUUUAAAGCACUAAAAUGUAUUUGUCCAGCCAUGUCAGGCUAUGCAAGUAGAUUGCCUUUUCAUGGUGGGGUGGGAGAUAUCCUAAGAUAUCCUAAUGAUUAGCUCCCAUUGUGGGAAUUUAACUGUCUGACUGUAGACAUGACACUGAACUAUGGUUAAUUGUGUCAAGAAUGUGCCUAGGUGAGCCUCAGGUUCACAAUCUCCAUCUUCCCCUCUUCUCCUCUGGCACAACCAUGAAGUGGAAUUUAUAAGCUUUGUCUUUCAUUUUCAAUAAACCACAGUUUUGUGUUACAUCCAAACUUUAAAGUGAUUAAUCUUAAUUACUAUUUGAAAUGAGACAGCUUCAAACCAUAGAUAAUAAAACCGGCUUGUUUCAACCAAUGAGUACACAAAUGGUUGAAAACAAACAAGAGAAUUAAAAGGAAACUCUUUAGCUAAAGAUAAAACGGUAGAAAAGGAAUGAAGUAUAUACUUAAUAUACUCCUGUGCUUAUGCUUAUGAAUGAAGAUGGAAGGUUGUGAGAUGAUAGAUAGAUAGAUAGAUAGAUAGAUAAAAUAAAUGUUCAUAACCCCACAGAAAAAGUCCUGAAACCAUUUUGUGCCUCCCAAAUUGACCUCAAAUAUUUCUCUGCAAGGUCGAAGGAAAAUGGAAAAGCCUCCCCAUUGUCUUUUUGUUCACAAAUCCUGUCUUAAGGGUAUGUCUGUGUAUGAAUAGGGCGACCUGGCUCAGGAACUAAGUAUUUAUCAUUACAAAAGACUGGCCAGGCUCCCCAGGUAAUCCAGUCAAGUGACUAUUAACAAGUAACCUGCCAGACAGGAGAUAACGCACUCAGAUUUCUGUGAUGUAGGUAUGAUGUAUCUGGGAAGUGGUCUUGAGCUACACCCCUUCUGUGAUGUAUGUAUGAUGUUUCUGGGGGUGGUCUUGAGCUCCAGGGCAGGGAAUUUAAAAUAUCUAUAUAAGGGCAGGCACACCUUGGUUCUGGGUCCUCCUCCUUUCCUGCGUGUGAGGGGAGCACCCUGUUGCAACAGUCAAUAAAGAUUAGGCUUACUAGCUGCUUUGCUUCUCAAUAUUCUCUGUUUGGCCUCUGUUAUUUUCUCCGACCGAUGGAGAACCUACAAAGGGCUCUAAAGGGCUCUUGUGUCCCCCAUAAGGGAAUAAGGGCAGAUUUUUGUUUAGUACACUUGUCUUUGAAGCUGUUUUUCUACUUGCACAACAGAUUUCCACUUAUUCAACAGAACAUCACCCUCAUUUCUUUUCCCCUGCAGCCCCCAGCACACGCUCAAAAUCCAGAAGGUGGAGGGCCCUCCAAGGCAAAAUAGGCAGGGGGCACAAAGGAAGGUGAGGAAGGCUAAGUCCAGUUUUGUGGGUGGAACUCAGUGCAUGCAGCAUUGGAUACAACCCUGUGAUUUUUACAAAAAUAUUUUUACUUAUUAAUUAACAUGCUGAUUAAGUGCCAAAAUAACCUCUUCGCGGUUUACUGGUGUAAAGCCAGAUACAAAACACAUAAUUAAAAUUUGAACCAAACACAUUAAUACAGAUGAGCACAGAAACAAAGAUGUUACAGUAUUAUGUUAAGAAAAUUAAUACAAUUUUACAUAUAAUCUGUUUUAUUACAACUUAAGUUAGGGAAAAUAUUGUUUCCUGAUAAUGGUGUUAUAUUAAUGAAGUAAUAAUAUAGGUUUAAAAUGAAAACAUUGGAUGAUUAUUUUUAUUUAAGCUGACUAGUUAUUUUUACAUUCAGUGGGAUGCACUUUAAAAAAAAAAAGCUGAGGACUACAGCCUUAGUUGUUGUUUUUUUAAGUUAACCAGUCUCUUGGCUUGAACAUAGGCCAGGUAGCAGCUGGCCAAGCUCAUCCCUAAGAAAUGGCUCUAUCCCUGGGAGGGUAGCAUCCCUGGACAGAUUGUGGAGGUUUUUAAUUAAACAGGGUAAGCUGUAGGGGAACAGGAGACACAACAAGGAUCUGUCUGAAGCAAAGCUGCUUUAAGCAGUUUUAUUUCAUCCUGUGUUGGUGUAUGCACAUGUUAUCCAGAGGAAGAGAUUUAUGAAUUAAGAGACAAAGCAUAGGGCGCUUUGGCAGCUAUAAGAAUAUGUCAUUUUCAUUUGGACGGCUUGUACUCUCCUGUAUGAUAACUACCCUAAUAAGCUGUUUUCCCCUUUGUGGGCUUUUAAGAGGCAUUUAGGGGAAAACCUGAAUUAUUUAACAUGCAGAACUGUGUAACACAAUUCUAUAUUCUCUUUAAAAUAAACCAUACCUUUCCAGCUCUUGAGGGAAUCAUUUUUUCUCCUUCCUUGCCUAUUCCAGAGGGUUUAAAAAACAAAACCUCUCACACAGAGGGGAAACAGUUUAAAAUUAUUAACCAAAUCUAGGCAGACAUAGUUUAAAGAAUGUCCUGGUUGAGCUGUUUACAGUUCGUUGCACAUAAGAUAGUACCCAAUGAUUCAAAAGGAUUUCACAAUAUGACUCCUCUAAGUCCUGAUAAAUAAUUUACCAAAGCACAAAGUGUACCACUAAAAAGCAAAGAAUACACAUGAUAUCCAAAAAAAGCACAACAGCACUGAGAACCUCAACAAAGUUUAUAAACUAGCUAUUUCAUUUUUUAAAAGCAACUAAGUACUGGAGCUCUUCCAGUAACACAUACUCUCCAACAUUUCUCUGAUGAAAAUAAGGACGUCCCAUUCCAUAACGCUAAUUUUAUUUUUUAUACACCACACAUCUUAUUGGGUUGCCCCAGCACUCUGAGCAGCUUCCAACAAAUAUAAAAACAUAAAUAAAACAUUAAACAUUAAACAUUAAAAAAACUUCCCUACAGGAUUGCCUUCAGAUGGCUUGGGGGUCAAAUAACUCCAUACCCUCCAAUAUUUCUCCGAUGAAAAUAGGGACAUCCUAAGGAAAAGCGGGACAUUCUGGGAUCAAAUCAGAAACCAGGACAGCUUCUCUAAAUCAGGGAUGUCCCUGGAAAAUAGGGACACUUGGUGGGUCUGGUAACAAUGCUACAUGUUGGUACAUGUACACUUUAUCCUCUUACAGGCAUGGUGAAUUUAUGGCCUGCAGACAAUAUUAAUCCCAGCAGAAAUCCUAAUUUGGCCCACAAUACCAUGUUUCCCCAGUCACACCGACCUUUCCUACAUCUGUCACCACAUUUCAAUGGACCAACGAGGACCAUCAGAAUGCACACCCAAUGGUUCCUCUGCAAGUUGUCGUCUUUUAAAUUUGGCACCAAAUGCAAGCUCUUCUGGGAUCGCUUCCUCUCUUAUUCUCCUAGUCAGAGAAUUGUUGGCAUCAAUCUGUCUCGAAAGACAGUGGAAUGUGCCUCUAAGAAAUAAGUCAAACAGCUGCAUUACAGCACCAACAUGAGCUCCUUGGGACACAAGCCUAGGCAGUGUGUAUGGAGGUCCUGGCCUGCUCAGAUGAUAACACCCGCCCUCUCAUCCUUGCUGAUGUGCAAAGGAAAGCAGAGCAAUGUGUCUGUCACCAGCUUGGCUGCAGGAGUUAACAAAAGGCAGCGUACAAAACACCAUCCAACCAUCUUAGGGAAUCCAGUCCAGAUUUGUGUAAGGUUUACUCCUUAGCCUUUUCUUCUCCUGAAGAUAUCCCACAAGGCAGCAGAGGUUUAGGAUCAGUGUUUCCUUGCCCUAAAUGGGCUACCUUUCCUGGCCCCAUCUACCCAUCACUCCCCUCUACAGCACAAGUAGAAACCAUGUUAUUGACAGUUGAACCUACUAUUGGUUAAGUCCACUGCAAUCCGCUGCAGCUUGUCUUUGCAUGCAGGGAGAUCCCUACCUCCCUGAGGGUUUGACUACUCUCACCUGGUUUAGCCAGCCAGUCAAACCAUUACCUGGGGGUGGCCGCUGUUGCAUGCUGGCAGCAUGUAGGAGCUACAGGUGAGAGCUGAGUGCAGGGUGGGAACCAAAGGUGGACAAACUACCACAGAAGGAGCACGGCAUGUCCCCCACCAGUGUAUAUCGUACAACUGUAAUAUUGGGGCUUAAAUAUUUGUAUGUGUCAAUCUACAGGAUUGUGAUCUAUGCUGUUUGAGAUACUGUUAACUGCAUGCUUGAACAAAUAUAAUAUUAUUUAUAGCAUUGUAUUUCAAAGCCCCUGAAAAACAAUUCUAGUGAGUCUCCCAAAAUGGGAAUAAAUAUUUGAGGGGUUCAGUUUAUCAAAGUAUAUGGAUCUCAAAGUUUCUUAUGCAGAAUAUGCCAAAGUUAGUUUCAAGUUUUUACUGACACUAAAAAAAAAAAUGCCAGGCAAACUAGAUGAGAGUUGUAAUUUAAUUGGAAAGAGCUGCCACCAGGGGCUGCAAUUGCAUUAUAUUUGAAAGAAGUCCACAAUAAUUGGCAUGCUUUCCUAAGGAAGAAAGUUGGCUGUCAAGUGCCUUGUUCAAGGCCAUUAGACCUUGUUAGUGAGAAUAGGAUGCUGGCCUGAAUUAUUGUGGUUUAAUGAGUCUCAAUAAAUGUCCCAUUGGGGUUUCCACACACAGCACUCUCCUUUCAUAUUAGUAAUGCAGAUAUGCUUUACUGCAAUAGAACACAGUUAGUAUAUGGCACUCUAUAUCCCAUAAACCAUAGAACACAAUGAAUACUUUAUUUCACCUGUUUCCAAGCAUGACAACCCUGUUGUUUGAUGAGCAGUGUUCUGGCAGAAAACUAAUUGGGGAACACAUCCUUCUUAUUAGGCCGUUCAUAAGGAAAUAAUAUAGAAUAAUUCUAAGGGAGAAAAUUAUUUUAUGUUCAGAAUUCCCAAUAAACUGUAUGAAAUAUCCUAAUUUCACAGUGACAUAGUUCUAUAAAGUUUCUAUAAAGAAAGUUCCAUACUAUAUAAAGCAAAGGUAUGUCUCUCAUAUGUAUUCUUAUUAGAUGUUUUCCUUAAGUGUGACAAUAUAUUGCCAUCAAACUGGUACUUACCUUUUUAUACCAUCACAUACACAUUAUUUUGUGCAUGUAUUUUCUGACAUGAGUCUUAAUGUUCGAAACAGUAAAGUGAAAUAGCUUUCCAUAUUCCUCAUAUGGGAACUGUAAUGUUGAUAGCGCAGUGUAUACCUGAGAAGUUAGGAUAAUUUUACUGUGGAUCAUUUAAUAUAGAUUUGGUAUCCGCAAAAUUACUUCAACUAUCCUUUUAUAUUUAUUCUAUUUAUAGGGAUAAUAAUGUUGAGAUUCCCACCCACCCUCUAUGUUAAAGACUGCAAAAACAGAAGCAAGUGGUUUGGAUAAUCUAAUCUGAAGUAAAAAGGAGGCAAUACUGAACCAAGUUAUAAAGAUAUCCCCAAAGUUACAUUUCCACACAUUUUCCAAACUUAGUUCAUGCCUAAUCCUUGUUUGUGAUCACGGCACCAUGAAUACCUCUUCUUUACUAAUGUAUGUAGCAGAAUGGCUGUGCGUAAAGACACCUUGCUUCUUAUUAAUCCAGAAUAACCAUUACCGCCUGCUUGUCUAGGCAAUCAUUAAAACGGUUAAAAUAAAACAAACAUGCUCUGAAAGAGCAAAAAUAAAUGAAAUAUUUCCUCUUCAGCUACCUCUUAGGGGAAAAAGUGGUUAUUAAAACGGUUUACAAGAUGAGGUGGUUUUGAUUUGGGCAUGUAGUGCUGAAAAGCGUGACCUUCGAUUGACGGGGAAGGAGAACCGACCGUCCGCUGCCGCGUCUAUAAAGCUUCGCCGACUCGGGAAAGGAGCAACAAGCGCUUUUAGCCCACUAAACUCCCGCGGCCCCUCGCUAAUGUUUAAUCCCAGGUCCCCUUUCCUUUCCAGAUUUCACUACCAGGCCUGAGCUGGCUUUCCCCACCAGAGGGACUGGAGAGCGGGGUCCCUCCGCUCCACGGGAAGCCGGGAGGGGCAGCAUCGGCGGCGGCGGCGGCAGCAGGCGGGAUCGGGUUUCACAUCCUGAUCCCGACUCGCUCAGGAGCAGCAGCAGCCUUCGCUCAGCCGGAGGGGCACAAGGAGGGAAGCCCGGGCGGCGCGGCCCGAGCGGAGGACAUGGCGGAAAGGUGAGUGCGGCCGUCGGAUCCCAGCCAGCAACUUCGGGACGGAGGGGAUCCCCUGUCCGACCGCUCGCCUCCCUACCUGUUGAGCUGGGUGGGGCGCAGGGCUGGGCCCCAGACACAGGGAAAAGUAUGGAGAAGCCUCCGCCGCCAUUCCGCGCUCCUUUCCCCGGCGAGCGCGCGGCUGAGGGGAGGAAGGAAAAGUGUGCGGGAACUUUUGGGCGUCCCGUUUGGGGGGAUAUGAACGGCGAAAGGGCACUUGGCGCUCUUCGGGAGCUUCUCUUAGUCGGCUUUGGUCUUCUGAGGGAAUUUCCUAAAACUGGGGGAAGGGGAGCGGGACAAUGGGCGGGAGGCGGCGGCGGAGGGGAAAGUAUUGGGAUUGUGGUGAAAGAACAGUUGCGCGACCCUGUUGGAAAUGAAGUUUAAUCCGCCCCCCGCCUCGGCACAGACCGGCUAAGUGUCCCCACACGAAGGUGGCAUGGUGCAUUUUCACAUGUUCUGGUUUUUGGUCGACUUAUCGUGGGAAUGAGUGGCUUUGGGCGGCGGCGGAUUACCGCGCUAUGUCGGUGGUUGCUUCGGUGGGGGCAUACAGUCUUAUAGGCGAAGAAUGUAUGAUGAUGCGCUGGUGCAUCAUGCUUGAGACUGCAGCCUUGCACACUUGCAAGUACUGUAAUGACUCUCGCCUCCGGGUGCCAGCCAUACUUCCAGUAGCUAACAAGGAUUGCAAUUUCUGCUUCAUCCAGAACCGUGGCCGGAAAAGCGCUGGAAAGAUCACCUUUGCAUAACUAAGUUAAGUUAACCGCGCUGGUUGUGAGCGUGACAAAGGGAGCUGAAGGUCAACGGAUCUGCAUUGUGAUCUUGAGUGGGUACUUUUAGAAAUCACAUGUGUUUAGGGUUACUACAGAGCCCAAGUACAGUAUGCCGUGGCUGACAUAUGCAGUAGGAUGUCACCAAACCCCUUCUGCUCACUGGGACUCCAUUUCCCAUCUGCAUACUUGGCAUGUGGGAAUGUAUGUACAGGGUCAUGGGUUCCAAACCGCAGUGGAACGUAGUAUAGAUGCAUGCAAUCCAUGUACAUGUUUAUGAACAGUGGUGUUGCUUCUAUAGGGACUGAUCAUGCACUCAGAAAAGGUGUAUCUUACGUAUUGACUGGGACAGGCACCCAUUUGGUUCUUUUAACCUAUGCUGGGAUCCAUGAAUAGGUUAGUACUGUAUACAGAUCUAGCAAUUCUAGUCAGGAGGCUAUUUUGUUUGGCUGAUCAGCCACUGACCUUCCAAGCCUCUCUUCUGUGAUGUAGGCAGCUUUGCGCUGUUGGUGCCAGAAUAUGGAAUGCAAAAUAGGCAACCUGAUACUUUUUAAUGGAAUGGAUUCUAUUUUUAUAAGUGUGCAUGUGUUUGUAGUUGUACUUUCUGAUUUGUAUGUAGUAUAGACACACAAAAAUAUAGCUUGUAUGUGUGCACAUACUCUUAUAUCAACAGAAGUUGCUGGACCAAUAAAAGAUAUACCAUUACUCAUUUUUUUAUCAUUAGUAUAUCCUUACUUGAUAGUGUACUCUUACAGAACACAACUUUUUUGAAAACAUGGAGAAGUAAAUUGUUUUACAACAAGAGUUCCCAAACCGUGGUCCGCAGUAAAUAUUCUUGUUGAUUUUUAAAUGUAUUUUUAUUGCUUCUUUUGUUUCUUGCAUUGCAUUUUAUUAUUUAUUCAUAGAAUUGUAUAAUUGGAAGGGACCACAAAGGUUGUCUAGUCCAACCGCCUGCAAUGCAGGAAUCUUGUUGUAUUUUAAAUUUUAUUUUAUGGAAUUAAAUUGUGAUAUAGUAAAAUGCAAUGGAAGUAAUAAAAACAAAUUUAAAAUCAUACAGCAUUCUACCUUGGGUAGAAAACUUAAGUGGUCUGCCAAGAUUGUUGGCAGUUCUCCACUGGUCCAUGAAGGAAAUGUUUGGGAGCCACUGUUCUACAACAUAGGGCUAUGAUCCAAAGAACUGCCUAAAUCAAAGAGUUCAUACCCAAUAUGCCUUUGGCAUUUUUCUCUGAAGAACAGUCACCACACUCACACAGAGGAAAUAUGGUAUAUGGCAAUCAAUAGUGUGUGUCUCAAACUAGUUUCCAAGUGUGACAUGGGGGACUGCUGUUUAGUGCAGAAGUGCAGUUUAUUUCUGGGCAUAUAGGCUUUGGGACUUACUUCCAUGUGACUUGCUCCUUAGUAAGUGUGCACAAGAUUGAAACCUCAAUGUAAACAUGUUGAUCCAAGCUGUUUGUACUAGAAAGGCCUUUGUGCACUUCUUUUGGAUAUACCCUUUUAUCUUUUUGUACUUUUUUUUUUACCUUUUAUGCUAGCGUGCUUUUGUUUCUUUUGUAACCCACUCCCAUGUAGAACUAUUACUUCCAAGAUAAAAGUGAAGGUCGUGUACUUGAAUAGGAGCAUUUUCUUGGAAACAUUGAAAACCAAAUAUGUACUGUUUUUACUCUGCUUGGAGACAUGUACAUUCUUCAGAGGGAUUCAGCAAUGUCAUAUAUCUACAGCUCUUAAAUUCAGGAUAAACUGCUGUGAUUUGUAUGUCUAGAUUGGUUUCACCAUUUGACAUUUUGAAAAUUAUGUCUUCAUUGAAAUGUUUGAGGUGCUGGUUCUGAGCCAACAGUUCUGUUUGAAGGGGUCAUCUUAUUAUUAUUUUUUUAAAAAAUAGGUUAAAAGUGAAGCUUCCAGAAGGUGUACCAUAAAUAUAGAAAAGUCAGAGAUCAGUGUUGUAGAGUGAGCCUCUCCAUGUGUAAAACAGUGUAGAUAAUGACAUGCUUUGUACGCAUGUUUUUUGAAACUGCUACAAUGUUUAAAUAUGUUGUGACCUGUCUACAUCAAAGUUGUUAAUGAUCUUUGAAAAGAAUCCUCCCUGACUACCAUGGUAUUCGCUUGCAUUGUGUGAGGAAAAAGGAAGACAAGUUCUUAAAAGCAAGACCAAAGUAAAUAUCACAGCAACUGCUUUUAUUAAUUCACAGUAUGUAAAGGCUUAUUGGGACAAAAGAAGAAGAAACAAAAAUGGUGAUUCCUCAUACUUUUUAAAAAUAAAAAUAAUAUGAAAUCCUAAUCGCUAUCUAGAUUUUACUGAAUACAUGAAUUUCUAAAAGCUUUGAUCAGAUCAACACACACACACACACACACACACACACACACAUUUACUACAAUCUAGUAGUUAUCUAUUUUGUCCGUUUUUGUCCCAAGUACUCCUGGAUGCAUCUUACAAUCUGUUUCAGAACCUAAGAGGUUAAUAAGGUUAUAUGUCUGCAAAACUCUUCCUGUAUUGCAGCUCAAGUUUAGUUACAAUCAAGAGUGGCUUAUUGGGAGGAACAAGGCAGCAGGAAUGGUGGCACUGCAGAAGCACAACCAGGACCAGUGUACUUUCCCAGCAGUGUGUCCACACGGCACUGACUUCCCUGCCACCUUGUCCCUCUCUUCUAGUAAGCUGCAGCUAUCCUAAUACCAGGAGGUGACUUGGUGUGCACCUUUGGUAACUAUUCUUUCAAUCUGGUUUAUUAUUCACUGAGCUGUGUAUUUGUGGGAAAUGUAGUCUAAUUCUUUGGAUCCAGAUAGUCUGAAAAUGGUGAUGUGAGCUGAGAUGUCAGUGGAUUAUUGGAAUGUGGGGAUUUGGGCCAUGUUCAGGUUUCAGAAUGGGUUUAACUAAUUGGAAAAUAUGGGGACAUACCUGUAAGCAUAUGUUAAAGAAAGUACAUUUGAGAUUUUAUAGAAACAUAGAAUUGUAGAGUUGGAAGGGACCCCAAGGGUCAUCUAGAGUUUUCUGAUACUUCCUGUUAUUAAAAGAAUCAGCUUUGGGCCAUAGAUUGUUGGAUUCAGAUUUCUAUAGGUAGGUAACAUGUGCCAGUAAGACGACACAUCAAGUCAGUUGACAUAUGAGACAUUUUAGCUUUAUAAGAUUGAGACAGAGGUCUUGCUUGCUCCAAACCAAAAGAGCAGAGAUUUUAAAAACUUAGAUAAAAAGCAAGUUGUUCUCCUGUUCUUGUUCUGUAUUCUGAUUGUACUAGAAGUAGUGGAUAGGCCUCUGGAGCACUUGGCAGCACGCUGUGACCAGUUUCAUGACACUUGAGGAUAAAGUUGCUCAGUCCCAUAGUGUCUUAAAUAUUGUUGUUGCAGUUCCAGCUGAGGUAUCCAAUACAGUGUGUUCCCAUGCUCUGUGGGAUCAAUUUUGGAUUAUGCAGCCCAGUGAUGUGGACAGGUUUCAUGCAGUGAUGCAGUUGGCUUCUUGCACUCUUGACCUCUGUCCAUCCUGGCUGGUGAAAGCCAGUUGGUGGGGGGUGUUAACUGGAUAGAUCCAGGGUGUGGUGAGCACAACUUUACACAGUGGAAAGCUGCCUGCUGCUGUUAAACACUCCUGAAGAUGCCCACUUCAGAAUCUAUGGUUUAUUAUAACAACUACCAUCUGGUUGCAAGUACCCCCUUUUUUUCAUAUGGUGGUGGAAGUAGUGGUGGCUGAGAAGGCCGCAGCAUUUCCUGGAGAAUAUGACUCAAUUAGAUCCAUUUCAGUCAGGUGCAGUUUUGGGACUGAAUCAUCCUUUGUUGCUCUGGUGAAUGACCUAUAUUGAGAGCAGGACAGGAGGAAUGCAACUCUUGCUUCUUGAUCUUUUAAUACCGUUCACCAUGGUAUCCUUCUGGACCGUCUCUGUGGGAUGGAAAUUGGGGGUGCUGUUCUAUAGUAGUUCUGCUACUACUUACAGGGUCAUAUCCAGAGAGCAGCAUUGGGAAACUGUGUUUCAGCCCCAUGCUCAUUGCACUAUGGUGUCCCACAGGGUACAUUCUGCUCAACAUCUGUGUGAAGCCAUUGUGUGUGGUCAUUUGGAGUUUGGGGGCAAAGUGUCACCAGAACAAUGGUGACACACAGUUCUACUUCUCUGUAACAUCUGAGUCACGAGAGGCUGCACAUGAUCUGGACUGUUGUGUGGGCACAGUGGUGGAGUUGACCAGAAAGUUGAGGAUGAAUCCUGCGAAGACACAGGCACUGUGGGUUGGUAGUUCCUGUGUCCGGGGAAUUUUCCAGUUGCCUGUCUGGAUGGGGUUGUACUCUCUCUGAAUGAACAAGUUUGGAGUUGUGGUGUGUUCUUGAGACUAUUUUUGUCACUGGAAGUUUGGGUAGCCUCAAUGGCUAUGAAUGCCUUUUUGCAACUAUGGCUGGUAUGCCAACUACAGCUCUUAUUGGGCAGGGAUAGUCUGGCCACAGUGAUUCAUGCAUUGGUAACCUCAAGACUUGGUUGUUGCAAUGUGUCCUAAGUUGAGCUACCCUUGGACCUGGUCUGGAGGCUCCAGCUGGUGCAAAAUGUUGCAACUAGACUGUUGAUGGGAACAGGCUAUCACCAGCACAUAACUCCAGUGCUAAAAAGCUUCCACUGGCUGCCCAUACACUACUAGGCCAGCUAUAACUUGUUAUUGUAUUAACUUACAGAGCCCUUAAUAACUUGGAUCCAGGAUACCUCAGGAACCACGUGAUUUGUUAUAUCCCAGCUUAAUCACUGAGGUCUUUGCAGGAGUCACUGUUAGUUGUCCCCCACGGCUCAGAUGUAGGGCCCAUAUCCACAAAGAGCUAUGUAUUCAGUAUUAUGGGCCCAAUUUUGUGGCAUUCCCUUCCAGUUGAGGUCAGAAAGGCCCUCACCCUGUUGUACUUCAUUUACUGAAGACUUUUUAUUCCAGCAGGCUUUUUAAUUAAGUUGUUAUUUUAUAGUUUUAAUUCAUUUGUAGACUUAUUUUAUUGCGUCUCCUGUACAUUGCUUAGAGAUGACUGUAAUUAAGCAGUAUAUGUAUUGUUGAAAUACUGCUGCUGCUCCCACUACUACUACUACUACUAUUACUACUACUACUACAACAACAACAACAACAAAUAAUAGCUAGCUAGCUACCUAGAUAAUAGCCAAACAAUAGCUGUGUAAGCCUCUCAGCAAUAACUUGUAUCUCUCUGCUUUUUAAAUAUUUAUUUUUAUGUAGUGUUUGUUACCUAAUAAAUAUAUAUAUUUUAAAAACGGCAUGAGCCUGCACUAAUGCAUGUUUUCCUAAUCUUUCUGUUUGAAGUAGCCCUUUACAUGUUUUAUAAAUAUUGCUCGUUCUUUAAUCUGGUCUGUGUUUAGCCUACAGCCUGCCCACCUGUGCAGAUCAGCAAAUUGUAGGAUUAGAGCCUCUUGUCCAACAAAAGGGAACAAAUGGCCUGUAUCGUAAAUCUUUCUGAACAACUUUAGUGCAACAGGAAAAUCCGUAUUACGGAGUGAAGACUAACAAGUCACGUGUUAGCCAGUACAAUCCUAUACAUGCGUGGCUACUCAGAAAUAAGCCCCACUGAAUUCAAUGAUGCAAAACCCAGGUAAGUGUAUAUAGGAUUGCAGCCCAAGCUUUGUAUAUUUUAAAAAAUUUUAAAUAAAGAAAUUAAGAUUUGGUUGCUUCCUCUCCUUCCUGCUUUACAGCUGAAUAAUGCCCAGGGUAAUGUUGUCAAGGCAAAAUGACUUUCUAGUUUAGAAUAUGUGUCAGUUUUCAGGUGGCAGAGUGAUCAAAACUACCUUCUGAUAACUUUGUCCUCUCUGGGUUUUAGUCCUGUAGUGUUUAAAAACAGUUUAGGUAAGUCAUAGUAGGGGUGUUAGGCAAUAGAGGGCACUGAGUGUCGCUUGCUGGUAUGACGUGUGUGGUGUCCAUCUGACGACUCUUGUAUUUAACAUUAAUUUUAUUAAAGAAGUGCUUUAGGAGCCCUGUAAUCACUGGUUUAACAAACAAGUGUGCACCUCUAAGAAGAACCUGACAUUAGAUUUCACCCUGGAGGAAAGUUAAUAAUCCACAUUACCUAGAGAGCGAGUUAAAUAGUGCUGAUAUUUCAGCCUUGGUUGUGAAAAUACUGAAUAUGCUAUGUAUCUAAAUAGGCUUGGGGCCUUAUUUGAGGUGAGACACAUAGCUGCUGAACAUAUAAAGCUUUGCUAUACCAAGCUAGUUCACAGUUCACGCUUAGCAAGGAUUCGUUUUCAACUAUUUAUUUAUUGAAUCUGUAAGCUCCCCUCCUCCCAAAGGAAACUACAGUGAAAACAGAUCCACAGUUUAAAAACAGAAACAAAGCAUUUACUUCCCACCACUAUGACUUAACUGUGAAUGUGCUUUCUACCCCUUGCAAGGAUUUAUCCUGUGGGUGUCAUGCAUGGCACAAAAAAGCCAUAAUAUGGCUUGUCGUGUUGCACAACCCUGUAUUGGGGUAUUUCCCCCCCCCCAAACAAAUCAAUGAGCGGUAUGCCAGAAAUAAGCCAGAAAUACAACUUACUUCUAGCUUACCUCUUGUAGUUUAUUUGAAAUAAGCAAUCAUAUUCCAGGGUUGUGCAGUGUGGCAAACCAUACUAAGUUUUGUUUGUGUGAUGCAUGGCACCCACGAUGCGAAGGCACACAAGGUGCAUUCACAGUUAAGCCACAGUUUAAAACAAACUAUGGGUUAGCAGUGGCUAAUACUUUGUCAUUAGCCACUGUGACAUUGGCCAGUAUGAUUUUACUCUGUGACUUGAAGUGGAUCUCCAGGGUCUUGGUCAGAACUAUCUUUUUCAGUAUUGCUACCUGAGAUUACUUACUUUCUUCUAAUUGAAAAUGCUGAGAGUUGAAUUAAAUAUCUUCCAGAUGCAACACAUAUUAUCUACCACUGAACUACAUUCCUUUCCCAUUGUGUUGACCUUUAUUUCAGUGAUUUCUUCCCAUAAUAGCAUAAUUUUAAUAUCAAAAAACCUCAAAUGCUUAAUUUGGUUAAGUUUAGUUGUUCUUAAUGUAAUAAUUUUACACUAGUUUAAAAGUAGAUAAAAUUAUAUAAACAUAGGUCCUUGAAAACCAGCAGCUCCCCCAAAAAAGAAACAUCCAACGCUGAUUACCUGGUAUAAAAAAUAUAAAGCCAAGUAAAAUUUACAGCCUGGUCAUAAACACAUUUGCAUGUAAAUCAAUUUCAGUGGCACUUAUUCCCAAGUAUUAUUAGACUUGUUUGUUUGGGAGUGUCCCAUUGAAAUCAGUGAGAUGUGUUUCCAAAUAAAUGUGUUCAUGCUGAGGCAUAAAUUAGUAAGUGCAUUUCUUUACUUAAAAGAUUCUUCUAAAUCCAGAACCAGGUGCUGCCAUAAGCUCCUUCAUGCUACUGAACUUCUUUUGACUGAAUAUUAGCUAAGGGCUGGUAUGAUGGACUGUAUUCUACAAUUAUCAUUAUUCCCAUCAUUACCUUCCUGGUAGACCUGCUUUCUCCUCAAACUUGAAUUGAAUUAAUGUAUGUCCCAAUCCUUAGCAUAAUUUACUUAGAAGUAAUUAAAUCACUUACAUAAUGUCAUCUUGGGACUCAAUUUUUUUUUGUCUUCUUUGGCAACAGCAUCAAGAGAGACAAUCUGCUCUGAUUAUCAAUGUGGUCAUCUUGCAAGUGAAUCAGAUAUCUGGCCCUGCAUCACCCUCCCUGCUGCCUUUGGUGUAGCGGCUCUGGCCUCACUGAGCGUCUUCUAUGCUUUCACCUAGGAUGCUUGAACACAGAAGGGAAUGGAGAAAACUAAGAAUUUGAAUUUUGAUAUCAGUGGCUGUUGUGAGAAAUUAAACCUCUGCAUUUGCCUCAUUAGAUAGCACCUUGUGGGUGCAGUCUCAAUACCUUUGUUGAAAAGAACAGUCAGUUCUAGCUGUUCAGAAGUUACAGCGGAGGUGGGUAAUAUUCUUGUAUCCACCCAAUACAAGAACUCUUCAGUCCUUUUGAUGCUGAAAGAACCUUCAUGCAGGGAGCUUAACUGUCCUAUAGAUAAAAAGAAUUCCUAAUCUGUUAGUGUAUUAUCUGGCUACACCACAUCUACUCUUGAUAAGUAGGAAAACUCCCUCUGCCAAAAUUGGAAAUGCUUUCAACUUGUAAGUGUUCAGUUGUAUAUUUGACAUGUAGCCCACAAGCUUAUUCUAGAACCAACUCCCUAUUUGCCUCCUGGUAUGGAACACUUUAUAACAAAGUGAUGAUGUGAAGAAUGCAAAGUAGAAUGUUGCAAGUCCUACAGAUCAUAAAAUGGCAGGUAAAAAAGAUUCAUAUUGACGGUAACUUACGUUAAUGAACAAAUUUUUCAGAGUUGGUAUAGAAUUGGUUUCCUGUGCUUUUAAUAAUUACACAGAUGAGGGAUUAUGUAAGGAGCAGCUCAAGUCUUCUAUGCAGGUAUUAAAGGUACAGUACCACUAAUACUUGUUGAAUCUGAGUGCCCAAGCUGAUGCAAUUAGGCUUGGACAAGUUCAUGGUGGAACAGACAGCUGUCUGUAUAAUGCAUACUUGUUUGACAAGGACUUAGUUUCACAACCUCUGAAAUUUAAAAAAAUAGAAUCCUUUGUAGACAGACACCGGGUAUCUAGAAGAUUUCCACCAUCAACCUCAUAAUGUGAGUUGAUGCAAAACUAAUCAAAUUGUUUGUGUGUUUUCCUGAAAUGCAAUUGAAUAUUUGAAAAGUAAACACACAUUUUUAAAAAAAAAAAUGUAUUCCUCUGUUGCCACUUUCACAUAUCCCUUAGUAGUCCCCCAACUUUUGCCUUUUUCCUAGUUCACAAUUAGCUGUCAUUAGAAUACAUGUUGUUGUUGUUUAGUCGUUUAGUCGUGUCCGACUCUUUGUGACCCCAUGGAACAGAGCACGCCAGGCACUUCUGUCUUCCACUGCCUCCUGCAGUCUGGUCAAACUCAUGCUGGUAGAAUACAUACAUUUUCCUAAUGCUUUAUUUGGUCUUAAGUCUGUGUUGCCUCACUGGAAUAGUGUCUUGUUCUAACAUGCAUACUACAUGAAAAUCCCCUUAGGGCCUUAGGUAGUCAAAACAGCCAGUAAUGUCAUCCUUUAUAAUAUAAAUUAAAACUAGGGUAAACAUGAUGCUCUGGUUUAAUCUGCAUUUAUGAAAGGUUUCUGUGGGUAAUUUUUUUUUAGGUUGGUCUACCUGGAGGUUUUUAAUGCCUCAUUAAACUCUCAUGUGUAAAUUAACCUUAUAUGCUAAAAGUGGCUUUUUCAGCAGGAAUAUAAAAUUACCUUUGCAUUUAAUUCAAGAGCAGAAGCCUACACACAGUGCAUUUGUAGGUGUCAACUAUUAUUGCUAGGCUGCAAUCUGAAACACUUUCCUGAGCGUAAGCAACUUUGAAGACAUUAGGACUUAACUUUCAAGUGAACAUGCAUGGACUUAUAGCAUAAUAAAUUUGUUAAUCUUCAGGAUGCCACAAGACCCUUUGUUGGUUUUGCUCCAACUGCCGAACAUGGCUAACCCCUCUGGAAAUUAUUUGUUACUAAGUAUCAUUAGGCAUAAUUGCCCAUUCCCUUCUAUGUAAAAGUAGGCAAAUACCUGUACAAUUUCUCAGUCUCCGUAGGAAAUUGUUUGGAGGGGGAACACCUCUAACUUACUGUACUCUCUUUUUCCUUCCCCCGCUGUGCUUUCUUUUUCCUGCCCCCUUGCAUUGAUCCAGCUGUUCCUCAUUUUAUAUAUUAAUUCAUCUAAAAUUGCUCCUUUCCCCUUCAGUACAUACAAACACUAAUGCAGAUUAGAACCUCAAGGCGACCCAUAAGCAAGGAUGGAAAGGACUUCCCGUUUUAUCACACUGAGGGGUUUUAAGUUUACCUGCAUUAGAUAUUUUGCUAUGACACUAAAGUUGUUUUAAAGGUACCUUAUUGACCCAAUUAACUGGUCAGUUAUUUAAAAGUAUUGCAAGCUUUUGAGCCAAAAAAGGCCUUCAGUCUUGGAUGUUUCAACGAAGAGUUAAAGAAGGUUUUCCUCAUGUGUGAUUUACCUCUGCGGUGCUAAACUGGAAGUGUACAUGAGGUGGAAGCAUUCUUUAGCAGAGAUAUAAACUAGGGCAGAUGUUUUUCAACCACAAUACCUCUUUUAGCCUCUUCCAUCUACACCGAUCCUGUCUUUGUGGCUAGUAGUCAUUAGUAUGAAGAUUGGCACAACCCGCAUGUGGUGUCCGGUUAUAGAUACAGAAUCUGUAGACCUGAUAAUUGUAAAAUGCUUCAUCUGGUGCCAGUUGAAGAAGUUUAGAAGCAUUGCUUCUAUGUGGCUCAGUCCUAUUCUCAGACUUAUUCUGGGUAUUCAAGGCAGCUACUAUCUGCCGUCCUCUCAGAUGUAGGUAGAUGUUUUCCACAGUCUGCUGUGUCAUAGUGCACUAAGGUACAACUAAAAAUGAACAGCAAGAUUGAUGAUAGUGUACAGUACAAAUGCUUCCCAUGGAUUCAUAUUUGAGAAGCUGUGUUCUUUUUUGCACAGUCCAGAAUGUUGUAAAGGAAGAAUUGUUGCUUUGAACACAAAAGCAGCUAAUAGAAAUUGAUCAGUGUGAGAGAUGCAGGCAAGAUCACAUCAAGAGUAGGGCUGGAGAGGCAGGGACCCUAGUUAAAGAGUAAAAAGGGCUUAUGCACAAAUUCUGCCUGCUACUUGUCUGUCCACAACUGUUCUGCUCAGCUACUUUUUUCACCAUCAAGUUGCUAUUUCCAAUAUCAGAUACUGUCCCGAGGAAAAGUCCCAGAUGGAUGGGCUCAUGACAAAAGCGGGAGAAUGCUAGACACCCUCUGCCAUGUCCCACCUUUGCAUUUUAAAUGGAACCCUACUCCUGCUUUAUAUGUGGUUGAGGCAGGCCUCUAUUGAAAUAUGUGGCUGCUAAUAUCACAUUUUAUUUGGGGCCCCUUUUUAAAUGUUUCUGAUAGUUCCUUUUAGAAACUUUUCAGUAAGAUUCUAUCUCUUUCAGACGUACUGCAGCUUGGAUUUAGAGCCAUAGUCUGGAAAGCAGUGCCACUUGGGACUUCACACUGCAACUGAGAGAAAAUCCUGAAAGAACUAAUUCAGAGUGACUUAUUUUCUUAAAAAGCAGUUGACUGGAAUAUGGUUUUUGAAGGAAGCUGGCUUUCUCUUGAGUUCUGUUUCCCAUCAUUGCUUUCUCAUAAAAACAGAGUGUGAAGUCAGAGUUUCCAUUUGCAAAACAACAAAAUUUUACAUGCUGCUGAAAGCCAGGGGCCCUAAAAUCCUUCAGUAACAAAAUCCACCAUUUCCUUCAACCUCUGAACCCCAAUUCUGCGAUUGUAAUAUAUAUAUGAAGUCCCAUGUGUUUCUAUGUAUCACACAACUUUGUGUAGGUGCAUUGUUAUGGUUUUAUAGAAUGUACAAAUCCAGUUUGAGCUUCUGAGCAAAACAUGGAAAUAAUAUAAUAGCACGGACACGGGAGAAUGUGGCGUGUAGUUUUGUGGGAUGCCACUAAUGCUAAGUGAAGAAUCUCCUGCAGGCUUCAUUUUUCUUCUGUGGCACAACAGGGAGCAUUGUUAAGUGUGGUUAAGUGCCUUUAACUCGAUGGUGAUUUAAGCACAUUAACUGUGCACCCGCUUAUACCUUUUUUUAACUAUGUAUUUUUAGGUGGCUCCAGGGUUUAAUCAAUUAAAGCUUUUAUUUUGUAAUCCGUGAUAGCAAAGUUUUAAUCAGUUAGUUAAAAGCACAUCGGUUUUUUUAGGUUAAGUUGAAAUAAAAGUGUGUACAGUAUCCAAGUCUUCAAGACAGGCUCAUCAAGAGCUGCGUUAUCAGUGAUCUUGACAAGUCCAUGCACCAGUGGAGAUUUAGCAUCCUGUUUUGCUGGGAUCAAGGUGUAAUCUUUGAUAAGGUACUCCUGUGCCCCAUGUCCAUGUGGGGCAUGGCUUGGCAAAAGACGCAUUGUGGUCUAUAGUGGAUAGCUCAGUUGAUUAGAGCAUGAUGCUGAUAGCAAGGUUACAGGUUCAAUUCCCAUGUGGGACAGCUGCACAUUGCAGGGGGUUGAACUAGAUGAUCUUCAAGGUCUCUUCAAACUCUAUAGUUCUAUCAUUCUAUGAAAUUAGGGCCCUGCCAGGCCUGACUAAAGGCUUCCUAAAGGCUAGAGCUUUCCCACUGCUGUCAGAGAGGAUGUAGUGACUGCUGUGCUCCUCCUCUGGAGAGUUGCCUAGAGCUAAGCCAAACACAGGCUUGUGGUUUGUCUUGCUCCAAACAAAGCAUGGACUUUACAGCUUCCUUCAGGCAAGAUCUGAAGGAGAUGACACACGAAGUGAACCAGGGCUUAUCUCAUGGGAGCACAGCAGCAGGAGACCUGGGGAAGGAGAGGAGUGCAGCAGCCAAUCGCCACACUUGUGCAUUUGUGCUAAGCCAUGGUAACUGAGCCACUUUUAAGGUCUCCUUUGGCUGAAAGGUGGUUCGGAACUAUAUAUCACUUUAGCACAAUUUAGAAUUACCAGGUUUUCUCAACAAAUCAAAAACUUUUUAAAGGCUCUUGGUCACCUGCAAAGAUUCUGUGCUUCUCUCACCUUCAAUAAGGAAAAACAGCACAGCAUAAGAAUAGGCAGGUGAAUGUUGUGGCCAGUGGACACUUACAGGAAUCCUGUCGAAAGCCACCUUCCUAGAGCAGCCUACACAAAAUUUAGUAUGUGAUCCUGGCAGUUGGGGUCAAAGAAUUCAGGAUGCAUCCCAGGCAUGGGGAACCGUUGGCCCUCUAGUUAUUGCUGAGCUACAACCCCAGCCAUCCCUGGCCAUUGCCCAUGCUUGCUGGGGCAGAUGGGAGUUGUAGUUCAUCAACAUCUGGAGGGCUAAAGGUUCCCACACUUGCUGUAUCCACAUGGUUAGAGUGAAAGACAUGUUGCCAUUGUGCUUGAAAUAAAAGUGGUUUUCAGUACAGUAUGUUGCUGAGUUUUCCAGCAUAAUCUCACAAUGUUACUUCGAGCUGGAAGCAUCCUUAAACAGACUGUGCAUUUGUGAAACCCAAAAGGGGGAUUGGGGAAAAAAGUGCUUGUUUGCAUAAGUUUGUUAGCCCUCCAAAAGGGCUAAGUUGUAUUCUUAGAGCAGGUUUGAAAAGAAAGAAAAGAAAAAGAAAGGGAUAACUAAAGCUGUUAGUUUGACAGGGUUAUAUGGUUGUGUAAUUAGGAGCAGUGGUCUGUGCUAGGAGACAUAAUCUUAUUAAGCCAGGGACAAACCUGCCAGCAAAGACCUAUUUGGUCAUACCCAUCAGACUCCACUGAAACUUAGCAACUGCAAUUAAUCUCUCUGCGCAAGGAAGCUGAAGCUAUAAAAGGGAAUGUGUAGUAUCUGAAAGGAAACUGCUGUGGGUAAAAUGUUGUACAUGGGGCUGCACCCCACAACAAUGAAACAAUAGCAGUGAAAUGGUGGUCUGAUCAUACAUCAAGAUAUCUGAAAUACAUGGCAGUUGGCACCAAAGCCCUUAGGAUGAGGUGUAGGGUUCUUUUACAGCUUGCCAGAGAUUUCACAAUAGCCAGCAAAGGUUUAUUUUGGCUUAACACAGCAGGGAAAAUGUAAAUUUAGGGCAGUAUGCCACCCCAGAGGUGCAACCCACUCCAAAAAGCACACACAGAGAACUCAAAGCUUUUUUAAGUAAGUCAAAAAUAACUUACGUUCCUUUUGCCUUGUUUAUGGAUUUUGGACACUGUUUUCUUAAAUGUAGUAGAUGAAAGUUUAGGGAGAGAAGCAAAGUUUUAAUGGGGCAUCAAUCUCAAAUGACUAGAUUUAUGUCCAGCUCUAAAUUAUAGAGAGGAUAAGAUGCAAACACAGAUGUCACAGUGUAGAGGGUUGUCUAGAUCAGGGAUUCCCAAACUGUGGUUUGCAAGCUUCAUUCAUGUGGUUCAGGGUGACUCAGUGAAUUUGUGGUUGUGGUUCAUCCAUUAAUAUUUAUAUUAAUUUUUAAUUGUAUUUUUAUUGCUUCUUUUAUUAUGUUGUAUUUUAUGGUAUUAAAAUUUAAAUUCUAUGUAAUUCUGUGUAAUCAUGCAGCAUCCAGCACAGUGCACAACACAGUUGCUACAACACAAAGACCAAUAAUUCAGUAGUCCACCAAAACACUCAGAAGUUUUUUAAUGGUCCAAAGGGAAAAAAGUUUGGCAGCCACUGAUCUAGAUUUUCCAGCUGAAAUGCUAAAUUAAGGGCAGCACCAUUCAAAACAAGGUAAAAGGGCCUAGAGUGUCUUGUAAGCUUGCUAUUACAUUCCUCCUGCAGCUAUCACAGUUCAGGGGAAGUAUUCUGAAUGUGUUGGAAUCCCACAAUCCGUACAGUCUGAAGUCAUCCCUUCUGUUUAGAAUUUGACUACUUAAUGGAAUAACAGAAGACUAAUACAAUGCAAAAUCACGGAGGAACCCAACUUAUUAGACUAAUAAAUUAUUUUUCUUAAUUAUUUCUGAGUGUACAGGUAUAGAUAGAGAGUGCACCAGGAAGUCCUCUACUUUAUGCUCUUUGCUUAAAUUAUUGUUGUUCUGGAUAUGUGUAGGUUCAUAAUUAAAUCUGCUCUACAGCUGUUUGUUAGACUAUUUUUUGUGGACCUUGGGCAAACCAGUUCUUCCUGGUCUAUGGAUGCACCACAAGAAAUAAGAUUCCUUAUAAAUAUGAACAUUAGGCUGUGAUUGCAGCCGUGUUGGCAGGACUGUCUUUUGUGCCAGGUGUACAUAAGGACUAAUUUCAUCUUGCUGCUAUGUAUGGAAAUACAUUGUUUGAACUCCAAGUGCAAAGGUUUUGUUUUGUUCUUCACGGGCAGCCCGCUGGUGCUAAACACUAUUUCCAGAACAGCAUGCAACAACACCUUGGGAUCUAGUUAUAUUUCUGAAGAUUAUUUAUAGAAUAAAAGGGCUUGUAAGGGUAUUGGGUCAUCUGUCUCAUUCUUUGAGACAGAUUAAACCAUUCUUAAUGCUAAUCUAGCUUAAUUGAAGGGUCCUGUUUUGUUGCUUCGAUGGAAGAAUCUUGUUCUUUUGCCCAUCUGCCCUUUCCAUAAUGUUUAAUGUUUCCAUAAUGUUUAAGAUUGGUUGCUGUCUUCUGCAGUCUUAGCUUUUUUCUUUGACCUCAGCUAUUAUGGAUGCUUUCUUUCUCCAUGUUGCCUUCCCUCCAAGCUGAAUCUAUACUGUGCCAAAGAAAAAUCACACUAAUGUUCCAAGUAAGACAGAUAUAACGUAAGGCUAUGUACACACAAAAGUACACGGCUUACCCCAAAGAAUGCUAGAAAUGACAGCGUGUUAAGGGUGCUAGGAAUUGUAGCUUUGUGAAGAGUAAACUACAUUGCCCAGAAUUCUUUUAAAGGUGCUUUACGGAGCCAUACAAUAUCCUGUUUGCUUAAAGUUGAUUAAUUUGCAUGUUUGAAAAUGUAGAAGUCUUUUGUCUGAAAUUUAGAGUUGAGCAACUGAGUGGAAGAAAGGGUUGGGUAAAUGAAGGCCCUAUGUGAGGAAUAAGCAGUUAUGCUGCCUCAAUACAGUCCCUUAAAAGCUCGCCAAAAAUAGCUUCUUGUUUAUAAGCGAAGUCAGGCUUGGAAUCUAUAGCACCUGUGAAUAUAAAAGUUCCAUGUGCCUAUUUUGGGGGGACUUCCGUUCCUUUACAUUUGAUGUGCCCACACCAGACUUUCUUUGAUGAUUCAGAGAAAGGUGGUAUGCUGAAUUAUGAUGAGUGGCUAGGGACAACUACACCAGACAGCCACCAUAGCUAGCAAACUUGUUAGCAUCUGCCUGUCUCGGGGGACAAAGGAGAAUGCACCUUAGUUAACAUUUAGGUACCCUAAGCGUGAGCUGGCCACUUUUAGCUAAUUUUAUUCCCCUAUACGAUUAGAUAGGAACAAGGAAUCAUGGGUGCUAUAGAAGAGAAGCAGUGGUAUGGAAUGUACCACUUGCAGAGUGGACAUCUGAAGGCAGCCCUGUUUAGGGAAGCUUUUCAUAUCUGAAGGACUAUUGUAUUUUAAUAUUUUGUUGGAAGCCUCCCAGAGUGGCUGGGGAAACCCAGAUGGGCGGGAUAUAAAUAAAUAAAUAAAUAAAUUUAAAUUAAAUUAAAUUAAAUAAUUAAAUUAAAUUAAAUUAAAUUAAAUUUUAUUUGUUUGUUUGUUUGUUUGUUUGAUAGUGUAUGCAUGGAAUUAACAGCAUAAUUGCUUCCAAUAUCAAACUAAUUUGGGAUUCUUGGCAUCUUUUUAGAUUCCAAGUUAGUUUGGAAGAUUCAGAGUCCUACAGUAGCUUCUUAAAUCAGCAGAUGGUUAGCAUGAAAGAACCCUGUAAACAUGAUUCUAGUAAAACAUAUUCUAGUACUUCUCAUAGUAUAUAUUCUUGCUCUUUUUUUGAUACCUAUUCAUUUGAGAUCUGCCAAAUUCUCCUCUCCUCCUCCUCAACAUCCUAAAGACUACUAUUAUCCUCCCUGUUGUUACCCAUUUUAUAUUAUGUACAUCUAUGAAACUGCUAUUAAAUGUUAGAGCAGGUUACUAUUGGCUGUUUGGAAGGAUUGUAAAAGUGAGUAAUUUGCUGACUAACCAACCCCCACAAAAGAAACCCCUUAUCAUUUGUUAGUGGCCUCUGUAUUUACCACGGAGUAUAUAUUUCAGUGUACAUAUUCAUUAUCUAAAGUUUCUAAAUAGAUAAGCCAGUGUUUCUCUCAUCCAUUCACAGUGGAGUUCGCCUUUUUCUAGUUAGUUUGCCUAGAUUAGUUACAUUAGAUUAACUACGAAAGAGCAACAUCUGUUAUGAGAAGUCAUCUCUCUGGGUAUAAUCUCAUCUACAUAUUCCUGUUUCUCUGGAUGCGUCUGUUAGCCAUAGCAUCAUGCUGGCCAUGAAUAAACCUCUUUUGGCCCAGUUGUUAACUACAGAAAUAAGAAAACAUUUCAUUUUCAUUCCAUUUCACUUUUAAUUUAUAUACCACCUUUCUAUAUUACUAUACACAAGGAGGUUUACAACAACAAAAUAUACCACAAAGAUCACACCCUUUACAAUAAUCUUAUCCAAUACAAAAAAAACUUAAUAGAAACAUAACUUUAAAAUAAACACCUUAUAUCAAAUAAAGCAAUAUUCAACAAUCCAUUAGCAUAUAAUAGUACACAACAAAAUUAACUCUCAAAAUAUCAGCAAAUAAUAAUUACACAGAAAUUUACUCUUAACAAUUACCGUAAAUAAUUGCUAAAGUAUAAUCAAUAAAAAAUAACAGCAAGUCACAAUGCAUAAAAUACCACCAUACAUACAUAACCAAAUAAAAGGGUGAAAUUGAGAAACAAAGACAUGCAACUUAUAAUUAAAACAAAAACAUGUUUUAAUAAUUUAGCAACGUGCCCUCAUAGGGACUUAGGCCUUUCCCUACAGGCCUUGUGGACAGAAGAUGUGUUAAAAGUACCAUCACAGACCCUUGGUGCCUCCAAACCUUUAUGAUCUCAGAAUCUCAAAUUACCAGAGUUUUGUCAUAAUUUGUGGUGGUUAGUGGAAUCCAAGCCUUUCUUGACAAAGUGUAGGUCAGGCUUCCUCAACCUCGGCCCUCCAGAUGUUUUUGGCCUACAACUCCCAUGAUCCCUAGCUAGCAAGACCAGUGGUCAGGGAUGAUGGGAAUUGUAGUCUCAAAACAUCUGGAGGGCCGAGGUUGAGGAAGCCUGGUGUAGGUUGAUGCUGCAUAGUUUUUAUUCGCCAGAGUUCAUUGUAGUGCAGCAACUAUCAGAGUUGGAUGAGCCAGUGAUCUGUAAGAAGGUUGGGUGAAAUGGUGAUGCCUGCUAAAGUGGUAGCUGAACAUUUAAAAGAGAGCAUUCUCCCCUGUUUAGAGGUAACUGAAAAGGGCCAUAUUUCAUUUCCUCAGAAUCAGAGCUGGCUAGCUAUGGCUGCAACUGAAUAGAACAGUUACUGUCUUGGCAAGUGGCCAUUCAAGACACAGUCAGGAAAUUCUAACGGAUGCAGCAUAACCUCAGCUGCUAACACUUUGUUGCCACUCACUUUCUUUUUACACAAUGCAUUUCCAUUCCUUCUGGGAUAGACUUGUUUGAAAACCAGUCAAGAGAGAAGUUAUAUUUCAGAUGCUGUCCUUUGCAUCUGAGUUUUGGACUGCAUAAAGUGCUGAAUUGGACCCUAGGCAUCCAUACCCAGGACAAUUAAAUAUUUAUUAAGCAGAUACCAUGCUUAAUAGUAGAAAUAAAUGGGAUGUGUUUGUUUUCCAGCCUGGCACUGAAAUAUAAAGACAUUACUUAAACACACUUGUGCUUGGUUCUGUCUGAACUUGAACUCAAGUGCCAGGGGUAGGGAGAAUGGCUGGAAGGGGAGCAGAGAGACUGGCAAUGAAUUUAUUGGCCCAGCACUAUGCAGUGAGUGGAGCUUUGAAUCUGUAAGAGAGUAUAUGCCCAUACUUUACUAUCUCUUCAUUUCGUGAUGCAGCAACCCAUAGAAAGAGUUUUGAUAGCUCUUGUUGCCUAGUAGGAAUAAUACAUAUGAAAUUUAGGCUGUGUAUAAGCCACAGCUUCUAGUACUGCAUAAUUUAAGUUUUAAAGUAGAAGCAGUGUCCAAAAAAAUGAAGGUGCACAGAUAUGUGAGGGCUUGCAUGAUCUGCAGGGAAAUGUUGUUUUGGACUGUGAACACCUGUGCUGUUCCAGCUAAUCUCCUGGUCUGCAGUUUAGACUAAUAAGGAUCAGCACAGCAAGAUUUGGCACAGUCCCUGUUGGCACAUCAUUGAUAUUGGGUAGGCACGGCUGACACCAAGGAAAUCUUCUGGUUAGAAAUGCCUUUAAGAAAGCUGGGAGGAAUUGAUCUGUGUUGUCCUUCACGUGAUAAUUGUAAAUGCAGUCGCCUGAUCACUGUUGCCUUGAUAUUUCUGUCAUGUGAGUUGUAGAGAGAACGUCAAUGGAAGCGGCAUAUUCUAUAAUAGAAAGGGAAGCUUUCCCAUUAUAGGUUUGAUUCAAAAGAACACAAAAAGAGCCUGCCAAUGGCCCAUCUAGGCCAGCAUCCUGUUCUUACAGUGGCCAAACCUGCAAUGGGAAAACUGCAAGCAGGACUUGAGCACAACAGCUCUCAGGCUUGGGAUUCCCAGUAACUGGUAUUCAGAGGCACCCUGCCUCUGACAGUGGAGAUAGAACAUAGCCAUAGUGGCUCAUAGCCUUUGAUAGCCUGGAUAGCACAGUUGGUUAGAUUGUGGUGCUGAUAUUGCCAAGUUGCAGGUUUGAUCCCUCUAUGGGACAACUGCAUAUUCUUGCAUUGUUUGGGGUCUAGAUGAUUCUCAAGGUCCUUUCCAACUCUAUGACAGCUUUAUCCUCCAUAAGUUUGUCUAAUCCUCUUUUAAAACCAUCCAAGUUGAUGGCCAUCACUGCUUCAUGUGGGAUCAUGAUCUGUAGUUUAGCUAUGUACUGCAUGAAUAAAUACUUUAUUUUAUCUGUCCCAAAUCUUCCAACAUUUAUCUUCAUUGGGUGUCCACAAGUUCUAGUCUUAGAAGAGAGGGAAAAAAACUUUUUUUCUAUCCACUUUCUUCACACUGUGCAUAAUUUUAUAAAUUUCUAUGAGGUCACCUCUUGCUUGCCUUCUCCCUAAACUAAAAAGUCCCAAAAUGCUAUAAUCUUUUUCAUAGGGGAGUAACUCCACCCCCUUGAUAAUUUUGGUUGCCCUUUUCUGAACCUUUUCCAACUCUGCAUUAUCCCUUUUGAGGUAGGGUGAUCCGAACUAUACACAGUAUUCCAAAUACAGUCACGCCAUAGAUUUGUAUGAUGACAUUAUGAUAUUGGCAGUUUUUUUGCUUCUCUCUGUUCCACCAGGUUCCUGUUAUUCACACUAUAUCAGUGCCAUCCUCUAAGACCAAGCACUCUGGUUCACCCAUCUUGGCUCAGAGGCUUCUAGCAUUAGCAUAUAAACACUUGUUUACAGUCCCUCUCCAAAUGUCCUUGGCACUUUCAAUCUGAUCUGUGGCGCUUUGUGUUGCCAGUUAACUCUGGUCAACAAUCAAGCUGUGUUGUGCUUGCCUGCUAUGGGAUAAAAAGUAUUGUUCGCCCCAACACAUGUUUUUUUCUUAUCCUUCUCCUCCUCAGUUAUCAAAUGUGCUCUUGUUUGAAAAUAUAUAUGUUUUUCACAAUAAAAAUAUCUGAAAACUGGAUGCAGAAUUAAACCCCAAGGUAUUCCACCCGAGCCUUUAAAGUAGCAGUUUUACUUAUGUCUUUGUGUCCCGCAAUAUAAACAAUGACCGACUAUGUUUAGAUUGGUUUGUUUACGGCAAAUGCUGAAGAAGCCCAUAGUUUGAAAAUGUUUUGCUAGACCUACACCUUGUGCCUUUCAUUUGUCGAUUUAUUAACCUCUCUCUGUUUACGGAACAAACAUUUAUGUCACAUUAUUCAGUGCAGUUUUGUAAACAGAUCUUUACUUUUUCAUUUGGUUAGCCAUUUGGCUUCCUUUCUGUAGUUUAGCACCAUCAGGAAAAUGGUUGUUCUUCCCCCUGUUCAAAAGUCACAAUGUGCCUCUAUUUGGAUUUACAAAGUAAUUGGAAGUUGAAGGAAACGUGUAAUUUUGGAUCCUUGUGGACUAAGCAGUUUUCUCCUUGUUGUUUGGCUUAUCGCCAAAUUCCUACACUAUCCCAGAGUUGUAGUGAUUUAGUUGAGUCACACUUAACAAGCUUGGACAGCUAAUAUGUUCAAGAGUGCUCGGCUUUGAGAGACAGAGGGAAACAACUGUGGAUAGGGACAGCUGCAAUCUGAGAGAGUUCCCGAAAAAUGAAACUACAUAAGUUGCAAUGAAAACAACAUUUAUCUUUGUUUGAUAGGUUUAAUGACUAGUCUCUUGUGGACUUUGCUACCUGAAAAAUAGCCAAAUCCUUCCCAAAGUACACAAGUAUUUGCAGGUUUUCAAUGAGUUCUCUCUUUUGCCUCGUAAAAGACUGGCAACUUCAAAAUCCCAGAAAGAAAGAAAAAAGACAGAAGGCUAUUAUUUGCUGAAAGCAGAUGCUGAAGAAUGUCACACAACAUUUUGGUUUGUUCUGGGACUUGAAUAUGUAACUUCAGAGUCAGAAUCCUUUAACUGGCUUGCUGCAAAUUUUUACUCUGUUGAAGUUAAGUCUUCCAGAGUGGAAAGUACAUUUCCUGCAAGAAUGAGUCCCAGGCCUUUGCAUGGAGCAUAUGCAAAGUGGUUGUUUUGUUUGAAGAUCUGUUUGGUAAAUAGAGGGCUUUGGCAAGGAAGCAAACAACUGACUCUUUGGCAUUUGGAUAAUGUGUGGGGUGAUCAGGAGGAAAUAAAGCUACAAUAGUGUCCCUUGCAGAGCAACUGCAAAUUAGACAGAGCCAUGCUACAAUACAUAACCCAUGCCUAGUUCAUACUCUGCAUUGAAAGAAACUCCAGACUUUAUAUUGGGAAUCACUAUUAAAAUAUACAAAGGAUGGCAAGCUGGAAAUAAAAGCUGUGUCUUCUAAACACAGGAGGCUUUUUCAGGUUUACUUCCAUAAAUUUAAAGGUAGGUUUAAAAAAACAAAAGCCGACACUGUCAAUAAUUAAAAUCCUGUAUCAAAUUGUACAUGACAUUUUAGAACAUAGGCAGCCCAGUUUGUAAUGUUUAUAGUUGAUAUAAGAUGGCUGAUAUAAGAGCAAGUUUACUGCUCAUUUUUAAUUUAGUUACCACACUUAAACCCCACAUUUCUUCCAAGGAUUUGAAGGCAGCAUAUAUAGUUUCCUCCUCUGGUUUUUCCUCACAAAUAACCUGUAACUCUGUCUCACAGAGGCGGAGCUAGCCUCUUUGGCACCUGGAGCGGCACACAUGCUGUGCACCUGGGGGCGGGGCUAGCCGCCCACGGGGGUGGGGCGAGUGUCCUAGGGGGGCGGGGGGCAAUGUCACCCCCCCUCAGGGGUUACACCCAGGGCUGGUCGCACCCACCGCACCCCCUUCCCCUGCCAGUGCUGUCUCAAGGUCACCUAGUGAGCUUUGUGCUUAGGAGGGAAUUUCAGCUUGGGUCUUCCAGUCCUGGCCUAAUACUCUAACCAUUUGAAAGUUGUUUUUCACCUAUAAUGACUUUAUCCAGCCCUGCCAAUAGUUCAGGAAAUAUUUGUCUGUGAUCUGGUCCUGCACCCAGGAGGUGUAUCACUUUUUAAGUACCCCUGUUUCCAUCCAGAGAACUCUUCCUUCAUUAUCUGAAAGUGAGUGAGCUUUGGCUUGAAUAUUCAGGGGAAGUUGUGGGUGCUAAAUCUGUCUGGCCCUUCUCUUAUCUUGGGCAGUCAUAGCACAGCACCUCCUGCCCAUGUGCACACACCACCUACCUUUGCCUGUUUUUUAUUGGUCAAGUUCCCCAUAUUUUCCAAUCAAACUCCCUCCUGAAAACACCGGGGAAAAGGGGGUGGAUUUUAUUUCACAGUGAUAUCACAGCAACUUACAUAAUGCUUUUUCAAAAGUUACCAGGUUUAUUAUUAUCAUUAUUUUAUUUAUUGGUUGCUUUAUACCACAAAGGUCUCAAAGUGACUUACAAAAGCCACAUAUAUAUCUCAGUGAGUUGAGUGCAUGCUUUGCCGGCAAAAGAAGCCAAAUUCAGUCCUGGUAUCUCCUAGUAAGUUAGAAAAGCCCUGUCUCUGAAACUCUGGAGAGCUGCAACCAAUCAGUACAGACAAUACUGAGCUAGGUGGACCAAUAGUCCAAUUUAAUAUAUGGCAGCUUUCUGUUUUCUAUGACUUGACUGAAAAGCAUGUACUCUCAGCUGUGUACCCUCAUUUUGUCUCUGCAGGGAGGAGCUAAUAGCUUGUGUGUAGCAAUGUGGUAGCUUGCCUUGACAUUUAAAUGUGUGUUGCAUUAUGUAUGGUGUUAAGUCAUAUUUUUAGAGUACAGUGUUGCGUUUAUGCAAGGUGGAUAACAGGUUUUGUAAUGAUGGAUAAAAUGCAGACGGUUGUUUCCUAUAACGUCCCUACUUUUGUUCCCGACAGAGAUGUCAGUGGGUCCUGUGUUCACACUCCUUGUUGUUGUUCAGAGCACACGCUGCACUGUAAUACAAUCUGUGAUGGUCAAAAUAGUUUGCAGCUGUGUAGAGACUUGGAAGGUUUAACUAAUUACACAAGCAGCUUGUCCAGCACAGAAAAUCUAUUUAUAAAAUUCAGUUGUAUCCCUUACAGUCUCAUUCACAUUGCAGCUGAGUGACAGGGCCUGGUGCCAAAUCACCUGAGCAUUUUCUGAGGUUAUGUCUGGAUGGUUCCUAACCUGCUUGGCUAGGAUUCCAAAAAAGCAGGCAAUGGUCACUAGAUGCUGUCCUCCAUACAAACACUUGAAACAUCAGCCAGCAGCACUGAAGAGAGAAGAGUUAAGAGGGAAAUUAUUUAAAACAGCAGCUCCAAAUGACAAAGACCCAGAUUGUCUAAAUUCAAAUAACAGCAACCUGCCUUGAUCAGAAUCUCCUGAAUGCUACUAAAGAAUUAUGGGCACAUCUGUGUUCUCAAAAUAAGGAUAUUGUUUGUGCAUGAUGAGUAGCAUUUAGCAGCUGUUCACCUUCCAGCAGUUCAGAGGAGCGUGACAGCAGUGGAAGGACAUCAAGCCCCUGGCCACUAGCCAGUAUUCCAGGAAUUCUGAUGGAACUUUAUUUGCUUCAGUCAGACUCUGGCCUGUUACCUUUUCAUUCAGUGCUGAGUCUCGCUUGCUGCUGUUGGGGGGGGGGGGAGAGUUCUAAGCAUACCUUCUCUGUUCCAGUUGAACUAGGACUGUGGACACAUUCCUCAGGACUCGGCCAGGGAAAUGAGCUUUGCCAGGGCCAGCGUAAUAUUUAUAUUUAAUGUGCAGGAGUAAGAGUGAGAGAGUAAGAUCCACAAAAACCCCUUAGGAGAUUCUGGAUGAAUAGACUAGGACCACAAACUGGAGGGGUGUGGGAAGGUGUGGUCAGUGGAAGGCAGGAUUGGGAACCACAAGGGCAAUCCUUUCAAGAUAAGAAGCAAAAGGGAGUUGGAGCCAAGGUCAGGAGGCACAAAGGUCAGUUCAUUUGUGUGUGUGUGUGUGUGUGUGUGUGUGUGUGUGUGUGUGUGUGUUCUGUUGAGUUUCGCUGAUUCCCCCCCCCCCUUAAAUCAUCUCCCACAGAAGUGGUGGGAGGGGAGAGAAAGGAGAGAUUCUGCAGUUUGAUGAUAGUGUUUUUGUUCUUUGCCUAAUCCCUUCUGGCAGCAUGUUUGCUUUUCUGUACAGCUUUUGCCCCCUUGUUUGGAAAUUAGCGAAUAGCAAAAAUUUCAUCUGCUAGGAAGGUAAGCUUCUCUGUACAUGUCCUUAUGUCUAUAAUGUGUGGAGAACUUGAUGUUCAAAUAAUUCCUUCAGUGUAAAUCCCGUUUGUUCCAAAAUUUGCUACUGGUGUUUCUGUUAAACCUUCUAGUAACACCUACCUGAAGAAUCAUAGUCAUACAAAACACAUGCUAAGGCCGCAGACAAUAACAGUAAUCUGGAACAACUUCGGUAUUGCAUCAGCUCAAGGUUUCAAUCGGCAGAUAAAAUUCCUUUAGUAGGCUCCCUGUCCCAGUUCUGGCUUCAAAAGGGGAGGCAGACAAAGAUGGUCAGGCUGGCAAGCUUUGCUUUAAGUGAUCUAUUUUCCCUGCAGACACUAUUUGGCAUUGCACCUAUUCUUUGUGCGUAACACUGUGGCCUGCAUUUUGUAGAUUUGUUUGUUUUUAGUGGGUUUGUGGAUGUGUGCAUGUUCACCACUUUAUUUAGGAAAUCAAACUCAGAGACCCUGGUCCUUUUCAGCAUCACAUUUGUAUGACAAGGAUGAUCAGACACUAAUUUGAGGGUUAGGCAGGCUACAGGGUUCAUAAACCAGGAAAGGAAAUCAGGCCAAAAGAGCCAGGACAAAAGGCAACAAGACCUUUCUCUCUCAUCUCUUUCAUCACCAUGCAGCAUUGUAGUUGUUGGUGUUCAGAGGUGCCAUUGUGCAAAUUCAAUUUUUAUUUUAGAAGAAAUGUUGAAGGUUGGAGCCCAGAACUCUGAAGACAGGGAAGCACCUGUGUAUCAAAAUGUACAAAUAUAAAUAUAUCAGGAUAAUGAAGAACAAACUGAUGUUUAAAUGGAAUUCUGUAAUAAGCACUGGUACAGAUACUACUAUGGAGACAUUCAGAGAUCAAAGUGAGGCAGAUCCAAUAUAAGACAGGAGAAUCCAGAAUCAGUAAUUACCGGUAAAUAAAACAAUGUUGGGCAAAAAGAUUCCUGAAUUUCAGGGUGUUGGAUAACCCUUGUGGUACCUUCCAACUCUACAAAUCUAUAAUUCUAUGAAAUCCACAGUUUUCGGGGAAUCCUUUUCUGUGUCUCAAAUAAUCAGCUACAGUUUAGUUAGGCAGGUAGAACAAGGCCCAGCAGUUGAGGAAUGAAUCAUUCUGAAAUCAUUGGAACUAGGCAAAUAUGUCCAAGUAUAAAGAUUCUGAUUCUAUUCCCCCACCCAGGAAACUGACUACAUUAGCCUGUGCUGACUAGGUUAAAGGGACACAGCCUGAAAUCCUAUUCACACUUGGGAUAAGCCUCACUGAACCCAAUGGGAUUUAUUUCCAAGUAGCUACACAUAAGAUUGCACUCUGAAGCAGAGUGGUAGAGUGCAUUGUACCACUUGCCAAUAUGUAGUAGAAACCAUUUCUUAAUGUUGGCAUUAAAUACCUCCUGCAAGUAAAAGUGACUAGCAUAUUAUUAAAAAUGGUCACACAAGCAAAAGUACUAUAUAUUAUGUAUAUGAAACCAAUGGUCAUUUCCUAAAGUUUUCUUGUGAUCCAGGCUGGAAAAUAUUUUCCAAUAAAUGUCUCUUUGAGGUAUUGUAGCAUAUGCUGUAUAUUUUCUAUUCUAAUCUUCUCUGUGUUAAGCAAGAAAGGCCCAGGAUAUUAACUUUUAAAUACCAAUUUCAAUGGGAGUACAGCACUUCAAAAAUUCAGGUCUGGAGCAGGUCCCAGGCUUUUUGAAGCCGUCAGCCCAGAGACAUACCCUGGGGCUUCUAGAGCUUGUGCUCAUAACAACAUGCAAUUAAACUAAGGAUUGGUUGUUUGUGAAUCUGGCUGCAUUUCCCUCUGUUUUUCUUAUUACUUAGGCUCUUGUGUGAAUCCUGGUCUUCAAAAGUUGAAGGAGAGGUGAGUGUAAGGCACUAUGCUAUGUGACUUACCUUGUAAAAAACCCCACUCCGCCCAAGAGCUUUCAGUUCAGAAGUUGAUUAAAGGAGACAAGGACAGAAAUCAACGUAUAUUUUCAGUGCUUACUCUGCAUAGUACAGUGGUAUCUCAGGUUACAUACUCUUCAGGUUACAUACGCUUCAGGUUACAGACUCUGCUAACCCAGAAAUAGUGCUUCAGGUUAAGAACUUUGCUUCAGGAUGAGAACAGAAAUCGUGCUCCAGCGGCAGCAAGAGGCCCCAUUAGCUAAAGUGGUGCUUCAGGUUAAGAACAGUUUCAGGUUAAGAACUGACCUCCGGAACGAAUUAAAUACUUAACCCGAGGUACCACUGUACUCACAGACCCCACAGAAAAUAUACACUCGUUUUCCGCCCUUACGUCUUUUUGCAGUGUAGGACAAAGUAGUUGUGUUUAAUUAAUUUAUGCCUAUUGGACACAGUAUGUGGAUAUCUUACUGUAUAUAUACCCCUUAGUGCACUUCAUUCAGUUAUUCUGUAAUCAGCCCUGCAGAUAAGUUGUACAGUGGUACCUCCGGUUGUGGAUGGGAUCCGUUCCAGAGGUCUGGUUGGAUCUCAAGGUUUCCGCAACCUGAGGACCGCUUCUGUGCAUGCACGCGUGGCGAAACCCAGUAAAAUACUUCCAGGUUUGUCGCGCGCGCAUCCCAAAGUUUACAUAACCAGAGGGUUACAUAAACAGAGGUUGGACUGUAUUGGUUAUUCAAAGAUGUAGAGUUGCAUAGGAAUAAGCUUCUGUAUUGGUUUGCUUCGUGGGAUCAAGGACACAGUUCUCCUGCAUAUAUCUUUUCUCCUUAUAUGAAAUAGGACUAUUUUGUCUUACAAUUGCCUUAGAUAGCUGGGUAUUGAUUAUAAAUUUAUUAUUAAUUAUAAUAUCACCAGGCUGUGCUUGUAUGUAGUGUCUUUGCAGGCACAUGUCUCAGAUGUGUGUUCACUCUACAGACAUUUAGUAUUGGAGAUGACAGGAAGCUCUGAGGUGGGGCUGCUAAAUGGUAGCCUGUGUCUAGUUAAAUUAUUUAGGGCAGCCCCCCAACAACUUAGCAUAUAUAUUUUACUGAACAGAAGUUGGCAUUGUCAAGGCCCAUCAUUGUGCUAUUGUGAUCACAGAGCUAUGAUGGGGAACCUGUGGUUCUCCAGAAGUUGUUGGACUCCAGUUCUCAUCAGCCACAAUCCUCAUGCCCAGUGGUCAAGGAAAUGGAGUCCAGUAUCUGGAGGGCCACAGGUUCCUUACCCCAGCAUAGAUAUUUCAGUCUCUCUGCGCAGUCCAGAACAACAAUGGGAAUGCAAAUCUCUCCAUUCCCUAAGUGUGUGUGUGUGUCCUUCUCCUGAGCUGCAGCUACAAAUAAGCUGGGGCCAGAGGGGAAGGCCUUCAACACUGCUUUUUCAUGCAUGAAUAUAUAUCAUAGACAGAAAUAAUAUGUGCCGUAUCCCUAUUUGGACAGGUCCUCAGUAUGUCUGGGUUUGUGGGUCUGCCAUGCCAUGAGGCUCUUGUAGGGCUGGCUGAAGAAAGGUUGGCUACCCUUGUUCUAGUUAACAGUAUUUAUUCUAUAUUUUUGCAGAACAGGAAUAUAUAUAUGCCUAACUAAACAGACUCUGGUGUAUUUUGAUGAUACCUAUUUACAAAGGCAACAGACACUUUGUGAAACUGGCUGCAGUUAUAUUUACCAUGGUUUCUCUGUAAUUUUCCUGACAAUGUGCAUGAUAAGUGUGGGCAUAUAUAUAAUUGCUUGCUUUAGGGGUUUCAAAUUAUAGCUUUUCCUGGUUUUGGCAGAAAAUCCAGACAGAGAGUAUCAUGAUGUUGGAAAUAGAAUUUGUUUUCCUCUAGGAACUGACCAUAGCAGCUGGUAAAGUUGUAUGGCGAAAUAAAGUGUUCAGAGAGAGCACAAAUUUGAAGACCUUCUGGGAGCAGCCUUUCUUAAAUCUCAGUGUUCAUAUAUUUAUUGUUCUAGGAAAGGGACAAGACUUGACCAGGGGAUCCAAAUGAAAGCAGAUGCAGGUUAGAUGUUUUGCUAUAUUAUACGGCAGCAUAUUUAGAACACUGCUAAUAUACUGGAUGAGAGGAUUGUGCCCUUACAUCUUGUCUCUUACUAAGAGAAUAAGCACCAGCGUUGGAUAAAUGCUAGAAACUGGAAGACAGGUGUUCACUAGUUCCACCAGUUUGAAACAUUAUGGUACCUCAGGUUAAGUACUUAAUUGGUUCCCGAAGUCAGUUCUUAACCUGAAGUGCACUUUCCCAUUGAAAGUAAUGGAAAAGUGGAUUGAUCCGUUCCAGAUGAUGAAAAACACCCCCUAAAACAGCAAUUUAACACAAAUUUUACUGUCUAACGAAACCAUUGAUCUAUAAAAUGAAUGGAAUAAACAAUGUACGGUACUAUAAAAUAAAUAAGACAGUAUUGGAGAUGAAAAAAUUAACAUUUUUUUUCCUUACGUGCACUGAUGGUAGUCAUUGUUUGGAUGGGGGGCUUUUAUCCAUUUUUGCAGUCACACAAUCAGCCAGAAGCUGAACUGGGCUCCACACGAUCCCCAAAACAAUGGCAGAAGGCAGAGUCCCCCAGAAGUCCCCCAAACGAAGGAGCAAAGCAGUGACAAACACACAAGGCAGACUCACAUAAACAAAUCUCAAAAUCCCUUGCAGAAUCCCAAAAUUUUCCACUCCCCCCCCCAAAGGGUAGGUGGGCUUACCUGGCUAGGUGCCACCCAUCUUGCUACAGCUGGUGGUGGGGCAAGGGCUGGCGAAGGGCUUUUCGGCCCAGGCUCAUCUUUGUUUUCUUAACAGCUUCACUGCUCUUGGUCUUUGUUAGGUAAGUGUUCCUUACUUAACUUUGGGGUUGGGAUGCAACCUUCUGGGCAUCCUGCGGAUGUCGGGCCUGGUUCUGGGCAUUUGCGGAGGCCUUGGAGAGCAUGGCUGGAGGCUGAACGCAGAGCCUCCGUAGGCCCUGCGGAUGUCCAGGCUUUGCUCCAGGCAAAAAAACGUAACUCGAGGCAUUCGUAACCAGAGGUUCCACUGUACUGUGUAUCCUUGGAGUCUGAGCCACAUUCUUUGGGAGCUUUAUCACUUAGUGAAGCAUUAUAAGAUUCUGCCCACCCUACUUCCAAUCUGUUAAUUUGACUACUGUCUCUGAACCAGUGCGGUUUUUUUGUCUGUGUAUUUUAAAAGACAUUUACAUGUAAAAAAAACCCUAUUUAUUAUCUCGGGCAAAAAAAGCAAAAGAACCUUCAUUAGCUUCUUCCUGACUAUAUCUUUAAACAACAUUGGCAAGACUAUGUCUCCAAAAUAGUACUAUCUAGAUUUCUAGGUUCUCCCAUUUUAAAUGUUUUUCUUACGUUAGUCCUGCUUUCCCCUUCAUUAUAGGGUUGAGUUUUUUUAGGAACUUGGGGCGACUGCAAAGGUUAGAUGUCUAAUUUAGGAACCCAUCUUUAAAUGUUAAUCCAUCUGUAGCUCUCUGCAAUUGUUUUACAACAGCCUGUUCCCAAAAAAGCAAAUCUGGAUGUCUGUGUGCACCCUUUUUACUUCCCAGCCCACUAUACUGCUUGUUACUUACUUGAGGAUGUUGUAGUAGUUCCUAAACUGCAGUUUACUAUAUUGUAUAGCACUGAUUGUAGUAAAUUUUGUUUGCAGAUCUUCUUGCAUUUCUGCUGCCAUGUAGGUGUCUGCUUAAAAUACUUCUGAAAUAAAAGUCUACUGUGCUUCUCUGAUGGGACUAUAUUGUGUAUUCAAACCAUAACAACGGAGUGUGAGAUGAAGAGAAUGGAGAAGUAUAGCUAGGUUUGCACAUCCUUGAUAUCACCGAAACAUUUUCAAAAUACGUGGGAUACACUGAAAAGCCACAAAUGCCAUCGAGUUUUCUUGUAAGAAGAACAAUUGCCCUGCUGCAUCAAAUGGGAGAUUUGUCUGUUGUUAUUACCACCAUUUUCUAUAUUUAUAUAAUACUGGCUCUCUGGGCUGCACACAAUAUUAAAAAACAACACUAUAUUAUAAAAAUACAAUUAGCAGCAUAAAAUACUUCAUCAGAAAGAAGCGUAAAGACAGCUGACUAAAAGACACGGAACACCAAGCACGAUUCAUAACAAUAAGACUUUUGUGUGUGAGGGGGGAGGUGGCAAUUUCAGCACCAGGGCACCACCACCAAGAAGGCCCUCAUCUUAGUACUCACUCAUUUUACUUCACUUGGGAAGUGCUUCUGGAACAGAACCUAGAGAGGAUCUCAUGAUGUGGAUUAAAAAAAUGGUAUUUCAGGUAUCCUAGUCCCAAUUUCUUAAGGGCUUUUAAGGCGAAAACCAGCGCUUUAAUCUUGGGCCCAGAAAUGAACUAGAAACUAAAGCAGUUAGUGAAGCACUGGUGUCAUAUGGUCGCAUAGCCCAGGCCCAGUUAACAAUCUCACAGUUCUGGUUUGGGCCCGCCGCACUUUCCAGACAGUGUCCAAAGUGGCCUCAUGCAGAGCACAUUCCUAGUCUGCUUUCUGUUUCCAAAGCAACCAUCCAAAUGCUGCUUGAACCUUGCAAGCAAGGCUUCAAGUCACUGGUUACCCUUUGUUAAUCCAUAGAUUGCAGUUUGCUGUUGGCAUGGCAGUGCAAAGGACAAUUUUUUAAUUUGUAGCAAAAGUGUGUCAGAACUAACCUACUGGGUAUGCGUUUCUGAAACAUUCCAUUUCAUAAAUACUGUACAAGCAGCUAUUGUAGAAACAGCAAAGAAACCUCUGGCAUAUCAGCAUUUUUUAUUUAAUUUCCCUUGUGAUUUCAGAGAGCAGUCCAUCUUGAGCACACCAUUCGUGGUCCUUGGAUUACUGUUUAAGAAUUACUGGUGCAUUGCACGUGUAAUUUCACCUUAUUUGCAAGGGACAAAGCAGAGUGUUUCCUUCUUAUAAUCAAUUGUCUGUACAGAGUUCACCUACAAAAGCAAAUCAGUAAGCAUUCUGAAGGGUUACAAACACAGCUGCUGAAACCUUGGAAUUCUUGGUUGCAAGUAAAAAAUAGGUAUAAAAGGAAAAUUCCUGGAUGCCAAGAGCAAAGUUUGGGGCAAGUACUCUUUGGUGAGAGAACCCCAACAGAGAUUAAAAAUCACAAAAUAUGCAGCAAAGUAAAGCAUGGAAGUAUAGGUUGUUAGACCUUUAAAAUAUGCCCUUCCAAUAUCCAAAUUUUGCUCUUCCCCAGCAAAAGACCAUAUGUUUGGUAAGUUAAAAAUGAUAAACUUACAAACUCCACAAAGGUCAGAUUCAUGUGCUUUUCUAUACAGAAUCAGAAUAAGUUGCACAGGCAGGAGAACUUGACUUGGUUUCAGUGGUGAGAGAGCCAUGCAUUUUGAGCUUGGAACAACCAGCUCAGACCUCCUCACAUGUUGAGCUUCUCAGGUAGACGAAAAGGGAACAAAGGCUUGAUUAUAGUACCUCCCAGGGUGAGCUCAGCCUCACAGGACAGCUUACUCCUGUAUGGCUUUAACCUGUUCAUGCAUUAAUUAGACUUAAGCAUGUUGGUUAUAUGAGGCUGGUUAUCCCACAGGAAUGAUGUACAGUAAUGAAGGGAGAAUCUGAUAAGUUUGCAACGCAUGGCUUAGCAGGCUUUGUUUCCAAAUUGUCCCGUUUUUUUCUCAUGAGCAAGGAGAAGCUUGCAGCUGUAAGCUAAAUCCGGUAUUUAGAUUAGCUGGAGGAUUGAAAACAAUAGGCUCACCUUUUUAUUUCUCUUCUGCAAAAUAACUUCUAAAGCAAUAUAUUCACCUUAAAGGAUCUCUUAAGGUGGGAGACAGCUUCAUCCAUGAGAGGCCUCUUCAAGGUACUUUAAUGAGUAUUCCCACUCUACCAAUCUCUGUUAAGACACAAAUAAGUAAAUGUGAAUCUUAAUUAAGUCACUGUCUCAUCUGCAAAACUUAAGUGACAAAGCCUUCAUUUUUAUCCUUCUAAGCCAGGCUUUGUUUGAACUGCUCACUUUCCAAACUUCUGCAUUUAGCAAACAUAUUGCCCCACUGGUGUGGUAAGUCAUUAACAAGGAAUGCUUAUGUUUGCUGGGUGACGUAUCAUGUUGUAUCUAGCUUUUUCAUAUACCAUCUGGAGGCUCUCAAUCAAGAGUAUAUUUAAGUCAAGGAAAAGCUUUUUCAUUUACUAAAGGAGGAAGGACAUAGUUGGAACAAGAACAAUUGCUAAAUUGGAAGCACUUGGUUUGGUGUGGUGUGUAGGGGGCAUAUCCAGAUGUUAAUAUUUUUUAUUUUAAGAAUUAUUAACAUGAAUGUGUGAAUUGUCUAGAAAGUGUUGGGUGGGUGGCGAGCACAUUGCUCUCUGGAUCUAUUAAAAGUGUGGAGCACAUUCUCAACUAAAAUGAGUUAAAGAGACCUGCCUUUGAGUAACCACAUCACUCUUUUGUUCUGCUUAUAGAGCUACCUAAAUCCUAGUUGUAAAGUGGAGAAAUAUUCAAAGCUGGUUGGGAAGUUCUUUUGCACUCCCUCUUUGCAGUUCAUCUGGCAGUUCUACAUGCUUGAACAAUGUGAUCUGUAGUCCAGGAGCUUGUGGAUCUUGGCCCACAACAUUACUGUUCUCUGAGGCUCUGAGAAUACUUACUGAGACGCCUUGCUCACAUUACUCAACUUGUGCAAAUUAAAAUGCCAGGUGGACAUUCACAAGUGCAGAAGAAGGUGGCCCCAAUCUGAAUUGGCUCUCACUCUUCAAAUAUCCUCCGGCUCUCAUCAAACCUGGAUCAUACAAAGUUGGCAUGCUUUGAUCAAAUGCCUGAGUGCCAUUGGGUGUUAUAUUUUGUUUUUGUCUUGCUCAGGAAGUUCCCCAGUAGCAAACUGUCCAGAGCUGUGGUUUAUUUUGACAGGCUGUAGCUUAGUGGAAAGAAUUUUUAUAUUUAUGAAUGCAGAGGAAAUGCCUGAGAUCUAUAAAACAACACAGAGAAAAGAGACAGUACAAAUGGCUAUUUGGCUUGUGAUGUAACAGAAGUUUGAUUCAGGAACCAAAUGAAUCAAUAACCCAACUCCUUCAAUUAAUAGCCAAGCUUGUUACUAAAUUACUGAAUGAGAGGGGAAUUUGACAGUUUGCCCCAUAAAAUACUGAGCAUCGGAUAAAGAAAGAGUUUAUCCUAAUUUAUUUAGUAUUCCUAUAUUUUAUUUUAAAAGGAAGUCUUAAUGCACUAACAUUCAUAGUGCCUUAUGCAUUUAGGGACAGGUUACAUAUUUUGUCAUGAUUUUGCCUUCGUUUCAAUUUCUGUUGUUACUAAUGCAAUGGUAACUGCCUUUGGGUGUACCAAGAUAAAUGUUUGUUUCUGAGCUAGAGUAAUUAUAUAUUGGUGUGCAAAGAAUGUUUAGGCAGAAACUGCAGAGAACAGCUGGCCCUGAAUUAUGUUGUAUUAAGCAUUUCCCCUGAACUUAUUUUCUGUUCUAAACAUGUUUAAUCUUUAGAAUGUAUGAAAUGGUUUCUGCUAUUUCCUUUCCUUUCUUUCCUCAUACAGGACCUUGUUUAUGAAGGUCUUUUAGCCAUUUCUAGCUUCAUCAGAGGAAGAAGAGUUGCCGUCAUUAAUGUGCAUCCUACAAAUUCCCCUUCUUCACACAGCAAAGUCAGGGCUUUGAAAGAGUAAGGAGCAGCGGCACUUUAGGGAACUUUAGGGAAGUACAGAGAGUCACAAUAAUAUUUUAUUAUUCUCUUGGUUUUUUAAUGAUGGGAAGGAAAACCUAAAUCCUGAAGGUAAGUUAAGCACAGUUUAGAUCAUUAAAUAAAAUUUAUGUGGCCUAAAACACUUUUCUUCCACCCAGAUGUUUGGCAGAAGUUGCUUUACAACUUUGUAACUUGUGGGCCAUGACCAUGUCCAUUUUAUAAAGUAGUGGCUGUCUUCUAUAAAUAUUCACAUUUUUAUUACUUGGUUGGAAUCUACACACGCAUAAAAAACGCUGUGAAAAUGCUUUUUAAAAAAACAUUUUGAAAAAUAUAUUGAAUUUUGCAUAGCUCACUUUCGCCAUCUAGUGUCACAUUUGUAUAUUGCACUUUACAACCCAUUUAAAACGUUUUAUUUGCAGCUGUGUAACUGAGUCCUUAGUUUCCAGAUGUGGUUCCUUGCCCUGAAUAUAACUUCAAAGUUUGCUUUAAUAAGCUAGGAUCAAACUGGUUUCAGAUUCUGAAACUAUCUUCUCUAAGAACAAAUCACAACUCUCCUACGUUCAGCUGUAAGAUGGAACUGUGAUUUGUUUUUAAAGUGAAAGCAUGAAAGGGGGAGAGUGGAAGAAAUCUGAAUGAUCCUGAGGCUCAUUGCAACUUGCUCCCAAAUCAUAUAAACCAUGGUUUAUGUGAUUGUCUGUACCAGCCCAGAAGAUCAGUUCCAGCCAUAUGAGUCAUCUUUGUAUAUGAUCAGUCAAGGUUAUUAACAUAUGAGUACUAUUUUGAACAAAACUAGCAAGAAGACUUGUAGAAGACUUCCCUGCAAUACAUUUUAACCAUGGGAGUGACCUGGUGCAGUACUAUUUCUGAAUACUUAAAUUGAAAGCUCCUCUUUUGUUUCCUCUCUCUUCUGCGUUAAGCUGCAUGAGUUAGAAUGAGGAACACACAAAUUUCUUUCCAAUGAACAUUCUUGAAACAGUUCUGAUAAAUCCAUAGAUUUCUUUAUAUUACAUCAUACUGUACUAUCUUUUGACAGGGCUAGGAUUUAGAUUGCAACUUCAUGGCUUGGACACGUUAUCUGAAAGCCUGUAGAUUUCUUUACGGUUUAGGUGCUUAUUUCUCAUUCUCUCAGACUCCUGCCAGCAAUUUUCUUUGUUUUGUCUUUAAUGGUAGUGGAAUUGUGUGUUUUUGUGAACAAUUGCAGUACAUUGUCUAAGGCUAUAAUCCAGUGUGCACACUUGGGAGUAAGCUUCACUAAGUACAGUGGAAUUACUGGCAAGGAAACAUGUAUAGGUUUGGAGUUCACAGCUUUUCAGUUUCUCAUCUCUUCAAACUUACAGCACAAACCUAACCAUGUCUUUUCAGAAGGAAGCCAUAUUGAAUUCGCUAACCCACAGAGAAGUAGGAUUGCUGCCUUAGAUUGUUAGAUUCCAGUGCAGAUUUCCUAUUCCUUAGUUCUUCUUUACACAUAUAGUGGUACCUCAGGAUGUGAACGGGAUCCAUUCCAGAGCCCCGUUUGCAUCCUGAACGGAACGCAAGAUGCAUCUGCGUGUGCGUGGGUCGCGUUUCGCUGCUUCCGCGCAUGCGUGUGACGUCAUUUUGAGUGUCUGCGCAUGCGCAAGUGGCGAAACCCGGAAGUAACACGCUCCAUUACUUCUGGGUUGCCGCGGAGCGCAACUCAAACACGCUCAACCCAAAGCACAUUCAACUCGAGGUAUGACUGUACAUACACCUGGAGGGGGGAAAAGAAAGAAUACAUAAGAUACAUGCUCACCCACGAUACCUACCCCCACCCCUUCCCCUUCCCUGCUGACAAAAUCAGCAGCCCCCUCCCUUUGGAGCUCGCCAAAUAAGCUACCCAUAGAGCUUGCCACCUAUCUGCCUCAGUUUCCCCUCUCCACUAAACUUCUCCUAGCCCUCCAAUGCUGCUUUGAUGACCCAGCAGCUCUCAGAAGGCUGUUAUAACGCUGUUGUUUGCUGAGCCACCUAUUGGUAGCCAAGCAAACUGUGAUGACAGCCAUACCUUUUUAUUAUAUGUAAGGUUUUGUGUGUGUGUACACACACACACACAAAAAUAAAAUAUGGUUUGUCAUGACCCUUGUUAAAUGUUUCAUUGUUUUUAACCUGUGAACACGGAAGUGAACAUUGGCCACCAACUAAACCCUUGUGUUAGAACUGCCUCUGCGGUCAAAGGUUAAUGUAGCCAGGAGAGGAAAACAAGCUAUAGUUAGCAACAAUGCAAACAAACUUAUGGAUGAAUGCCAUUGGAAUAGUUUUUGAAGUUGCUUUCUAUAGCAUACCCCCCUAGCUGCAAAUAUUCCAUCCUCCCUCUUUCCCAGGAAAUAACAAUGCUUCAAAUGACAGGUUUUGUUUUUAGAGCCAAAUUCUUGCCAGUUUUGCUCCUGGCCAGAGCACAAUGCUGUGUCUCAAAUUGUUUCAUCACAUAACCAUUAUAUGCUUGCCAUUUUUUCAUUUUUAGGUAGAGGUAGUUUAGUUUUUUUUGUCCUUUCCGCACAUUACUCUUUAAUUGUGAACAUUUCGUUUAAAACCUCUGAAGUAGAUCUCCCUCUGAAAGCACAAGUUUUUGCUAUUCAGUCAAGGUGCAUGCUUUUGUCAGCUCCUCAACCAAGAGUUUGGACAGUAUUAACCUUUUGUUUUCCUCAGCCUUAAUUGCAGUAACACUGGCAGGUGUGGGGCUGCCACACUUCUGUUGAAUAGUGAUGGAGAUGAAUUGAGCAAUCCACUAUUUUUUUUUGAAAUAUAUAUUUUAAUCCAAACUAUCCUGUUAAAUUUUAUAGCUCCAGAUCUUACACCCUACAAUUAUUUUCAUUUUAGGACAUGACACGCACCUUGUUCUAUCUUAGUUAUAGGUAUGGAGAAUCAGAACGUAUGUUUCCUGACAAAGUUUAGGAAUCUAUUUACAUUGCUUCCCCUGCUUGACCUUGGUCCCAACACCUCAGGGUUUUGUUUUUUUUAAUCUCUUCAUUUUUGUGUAUAUAAGCAUUCUCUGGGUUUUAUAUUCCAAAAUUUAAGGUUUUUUUACUCUGCGCUUCAGAACAGCUUACAUAUAUAAGUUCAGUAAACAAGACAGUUGCCACCCCACAGGCUUACAGUCGAAAUGACUCAACACAAAAGGAAGACACGUGGAGGGAAGAGGAAAAAAGCAAACUUAACCACCAGUUAUUAAAUUUGCAAAAUUAUUCUAAGAGCCAGUUUGAACACAAAUAAUCCAGAGGGAGAAUAAACAAAAUUCAGUUGGUCUUUGUCCUGUUUCCUCCCUCUCUCUGCUGCAUCUGGAUGGAAUGGCAUUUCCAGAUUAUUUCUCAUCCCUGACUGGUUCUCCUUUCCCAUUAAAGUCUGUCCAAUUUUAAAUAAAAGGUAGAAAUACUGAAAUGAAUGUCUUUACAGUUAUACUUAACAAAUGGACUCAAGGAAAAAACCAGGUCAUUUUCCCCAAGAUGUUAGAGGUUGAUUACAGCCCUUCUCUGAGAUGAACUAACGAAAUGUGAUACCAUUUUUUCCUAACCAUUUUUUAUUCAUAUAGUGUAUGAGAUUUUCAAUGCCUGGCAUAGAAAAACAAGAGAUUAGUGCAGCAAAUAGAAUAGUGGCUUGAACAAUAUAUUAAGUAGCAGAUACAGUUAAUUGCAUGGGGUUAGAGUUUUAUCCUUCCCGCAACCAUCUCCAGAUUUCACCUGGGAAUUGACCAGGCAUUUUUGGCCUAUGCAGAUGGUCUAGUAGGGGACUUAUGUUGCACUUCUCAACAUCUUCCAGCAUGAUUGUUGGAAUUUUACAUCUGUGAAGACGACAGGUUUUGCAUCGAUUACCUCUCCUGCCCUGGUGUGCUUGGCUCUCUUGAUAGGUUGUAAACACCAUAAACAUGAUAAAUUUGAAUCCUAAGUUGUUAACAUCCCCUUAAAAUACUAGUGUUUUGUAUGAUUAUUUUGCAAAAGCGUAAUUCAAACUAUAGUUUGACCUGUCACAACACAAUACUGGCAGCAAUGCACUGACUUGGCGAGGUGGUAAUGGAUAGUAAUUCGUCAAUGGUCUGUCUCUGGGUACUCCCAUCAAAGUUUUUUAAACCCCUUCUUUUCACUGCUUUUGUGGUUGGUAGAUUAGAAUGUAGGCAUCCUUUGCUAUUGUUGAGCGACUAAAAUAAACGAGGAAAAUUCUAAAAAUCAGAGGAAAGUUGGAAAUGGCUCCCCUGCUUUGCUAACUUUUAAAAGGCUUCACAGAAUGUGAGACAAAUUGUUCUUGUGCUCUUUUAUAAUCAUCUGAUUCUUUGUAACUCUUCCGAGUUGGAAAACCAGCACCACAGGCAUAAGUAGCAGACUCUGUGCUACUUUCUUUAAAAAAAAAAAAAUCAAAGAGCAAGGACAGUAAAACUAAAUUAGGUGCUUAUAUUUUGUUUUCUUUUUGUCCUCAUGAUUUCUGACAUUCGUCUUUUCACAUUUUUCCAAUUGGCAAGACUUGAAGGAGGUCAGAAAAGGGAGAAAUGAGGUCAUUUUGAGAUAUUACUGAAUCCUCUGUGAGUUCUCAUUGUGCUUUGGUUGCUUUCCAGCAUUGCGAGUUUGUACUUGUAACUUGGAAAAUCUUUGGCCUAGUUCUCACAAACUAACGAUAAAGAGGUAAACCUGUGUCCUAGACGGUACUGCUUUAGCCGCCAGUUGAGGACUAACAGGACUGAAUGCUUAUUCAAACAAAAUAAUUCCCUGCAUGAUAGACUGAAUAAAAUUAACUGUUUAGUUUACAAAUGUACACCUACUUGUAUCUACAUUGUGAUGUUGAUGUAUCAUGUAAUGUUCUUAUUAGAAACUAUCUAUCUAUCUAUCUAUCUAUCUAUCUAUCUAUCUAGAAAUCCUCCGCAGAUAGAAAGCUAACCUAAGAGACAGAAGGCUAAGCUAGAACCCCUAGUCAAUGUGAGAAGGAGUCAUCCAUUAUUACAUUUCCUCCUUUGGCUGCCCCAUGUUUUCUUUAAUAUAGAUGAAAUUGCCCUCAGAACUUGGUUUGGGGCAAAGGGAUGGUCUUAUUAAACUAUUUUCACCACCAGCAAUUCUGGGGUUUACUAAGACCCUCUUCUCAACUGACUUGACUGGAAGCAUUCGCUAGGCUAUAAAUCUUCUGCUGCAGUAGCUAAGAUCCAAAGAUCUGUUUAGGAUUAUGCAAAAUCUUUCCCCCCACUUUUAAACAUUUGUCCCACAUAUGCUUUUUGAAAUUGUCUUUAGUCCGGGGGGGGGGGGAUCACUCCUAUUCAGAAAUAUCAAUUCUAACAUUGUUUGCCUUACUUCAUGUUCACAGAACUAGUUUUACAGUACUUCAGAUUGUGGCCAUUGGAUGGCACUUCCCACAGCUAUCAUGAAUACCAAUGGUCAGCUAGCCACCUGCUCCAUAUUAUACAGCUGUGAGGAAAGAAACAUAUGGGCACAGUGCCAUGUAUAUACUGUGUGCUGUUUAGUGUGCCAGCCUGCUUCCACACGGAUCUGUUUCCUCUCCCACACAGACAUCUGGUAUCCCUGCAUCCGUACUCCAUGUGUCACAAGAUUGGGUAGAUUGGUUGAGAAGUGGUCAUAUGCAGUGCUGUGUCUCAGCCAUAAGAUUGGGCCUCAUGAUCUGCUGGGUCAAAAAAGUGUAUGAACACUCUGCGCCUUAUGACUGUCUAAAGGGGAAGUGGUGCUGGUAGAUAGGGGAAGUUUUUACACAAAGUAUUCUCUACAAAUUAGUGAUACCAAUGUUUGUACCUAAUGAGAUUUAAAAAAUAAUAAUACUGGCUACUGUUAAAUACAGAUAUUUUUUCUUUUCUUUUCUGUAGUGUGAUGCUUGCAACCAGUUCUUCCUUUUAUCUUGCCACAGAUAACAGCGCCUUGCAAUUAGCAUGUUGGAAAGCUUAACGCUGGAUGAUGCAAGAGAACCAGUCAAAAACUAAAGCUGCUUAUUGGACCUUAAAUAGCACGUUAUACAAACAUAGUAGAUUCCUGUUUGCUGCUAGGCAUGAUUCAUGGUCCACAUUCAUGCCAGUGCGGAGAUUAUGUUGCUGCGCUUUGCAGUCUGAUAUUUAAACUAUGAGAAUUCAUAAAAUCCUCUUCAUUCUAAGGCCAGCUGUGUCUGCUGAGUGGAAAAAGUACUUGGGCUUCAUUUGAAAGGGGGUAUAUCAUCAUAGCAAGCUCCUGCAAAUACCUUGUGAUGACAUGCAAAGGAUUAUGAAUAACUAAGCGAAGUCAAGGAGUUAAAAGCCGUACAAGGUACUGACCUCUUGUCCACCAUCCCAUUUGCCACCAUGCAAACCGAUUUUUCUGGCAGCGGGUCCUGGCACCAGAUCAUUCUCUGGAGGACUACUGACUGGAAUUUGUUUUCCUAAGCGGUAUUCUAGGCUCCCAGGCUGCUCUCUUUUCAAGUCUCUCUUUGGUUUGGUGGGUAUAACUUGAGUGUGUAGUCUGACUAGCUGAGCAGACAUUGGGGUUUGGGGUUUCUGGAAAACAUGUCAAAGCGCUCAGUUGAAACUGGGGGUAUGGCUGAAAAGGUUACUCCUGAACGAAGUGUCUUUUUGUGUAGAUCUUGGAAGAAAUGGCGUUUAUAGCAUAAUUAUAGAGGCAUAUAUUCACUGGAGCAUUUUGUGCUCCUGGUUUGAUAUUUUUAGUACAGAAGCAGAAGCACAAAAAUUGUCAGAAGAAAGCAAGUCCUAUAUUAGGCAGGAUUUUGCUUUCCCCUGUGCUUCUUGGACUCAGGUUGAAUGCUAAAGGAGAGCAGAGCUCUGAUGUGGAUACAGCAACAGUCAAACUUAAACUGAGCCCUGUGAAGGAGCAGCGGCUCUGUCCCAAUUGUAAAGUCCACCAUCAUUGAAAGGUGUUACAUCCUCAGGCUGGAGUGAGAACCAAUUAUUCACUGAACCCUCUGAGGAGGAUUAAUAGUAGAUAGAACAGCCUUGCACAUAAUUAUUUAGGGGGACAGCCUCUCACAGGCAGGAUUAAACUAGACUUUAAAAUACAGUAUGGCUUAAUGAACACAAGUGCUUUGUGCCUUCCUUGCUCUUGACUGUGCUGUGCAGGGAGGGAAGAAGACUGGAGGGGUGUCAUGUGGAGGUGUGUGUGCCAGAGGGCCCUGGGUGCACAAAUUUCUGAGGGCAUGAACCAGGCACCUUCACCUGGGUGCUCCUCUCCAUCCGCCAAGGGUCUCGUCAGCCAGUCAGGUUCCCCAAUGCAUGGGUGGGCAGGCAGUUUAGCGCAGCCAUGCUUUCCUCUGGUUGGGGUAGAGUUGCUCCGGCGGCAUCCGUGGCAAGGGCUGGGCAGACGUCCCCCCGUCCGGUGCACGAGCCCCUCGCCUGGUUCACACAAGCCGCUGGACAGUCUGACUUGGCAUUCAGUUUGCAUUAAAUGUGAACCCAGGUCUUUGCAGGUUCAUGAUUUUGUUUCCUCCAAAUAAACCAAUGAGAAAUUGUGGCUUCUUGUGGUUUGUUUGGAGAGAAACAAACCAUGAGUCCGGUUUCAGACAGAACAGAAAAGACAGACUCCAACUUGCUCCCGGUGUGUUUCCUCUGCCAUGCAGCACAGUCAGGAGUAAGGAUGGAGCAAAUGCUUAUUAAACCAUAAUUUAUUUCAAACUAUUGUUUAACCUUAUGUGCGAACCAGCACACUGCCUGCUUUGCUUUACUGUGGAGGUGGUGAGGGUGUGGCUCCUCCCAACCUCAGCAGUGUAUUAAGUCUAGAAGAGGGUGUGCGUUGAGCUUGCAGCUCCUGGGGCAGGAUAUUCAUAUACUGUCUCCCCGGUGAGAGAGGAAUAUGUGGAGUUUACCAGUCAAGGGCUCACCAUAGUUAUUCACCUCUUUGCCCUGGCUUUUUGACACUUAUUUUUAGGACCCACCUUAUUUUGGUGAUUGUAAGUUGUUUAAAACCAUUUUUGAAAUUGUGUUUUAACGUUGUAACCCAUCCAUCCUGGGACCUUAGGGUGAAGGACAGGCAACAAAUAAACAACAACAAUGCAGGAGAAUAGCAAAUUGCCCAAUAUUUACCCUUAAUCCAGCUGUGCAUUGCAAUUUGAGACCUGUAAAUAAAUAGCUUGCGGAAACUGUAAAAUCUACAGGCCAGCAAUAAAAGGUUGGAUAGGCAUCUGCUAGGAAUCUUUUAAGUAGCGCAGUGUCUGUUCCAGUUCUCUCAUUCCUUUUUUGUGGACCAUUCUAGCAUCUUCAGAAUGAUGUUAAAUGCCAAAAGUGUGACAAAGAAAGCUGGAGAUGACAGUGCAGGAAAUAACACUCACAGACUCACUAACCACUUUAUAGGCAAAGCAUUAGACCUGGUGCCUGGUCAUUGCUACAUGAUGUGAUUAUCUAUCCCACAGAGCAUUUGGCUGAUUUAUUUCUUGUUCAUACAGGCUCUAGUCCUGGAGCAGGUGGGGGAGGGGGAGAGAAGAGAGCUCAUUGCAAGGAUAUUAAUAGCCCUUAGAUCAGUUGGUUUCUUUUAAGCACAUCUGGGUUAUUCCGUACAUUAAGGCUUCCCCUUUCUGAGUCACUACCCUCAGCCAAACGAUUGCACUUUCUCUUUGCAAAGUUACUCAUUCUCCAGGCUUCUUGUAUCAAUCAGACUGUAUCCAUAGUUUUCACCAAAUAAGGUUUUAGAAGAUUAUAAAUUAAGCAAGGGGGGGGAGGGAAACCAUAGAUAAGGUCACUUUAAAUGAUACAGGUUCAUGAACAUAAUAUGCAAAUUGUUUCUAGCAGGAGAACAAACCUUUAUUUGGAAUAUUUUAAUUGACAUGAUAGUAUGCAUUUAUUAACAAUAUUUCUAUCCCACCUUUCUGCCCAAGCAUUGGCCUCCUGAGCAACUUACAUUAAAUAUAAGAUUUUUGUUUAAAUAAGAAGGCAGAAGUGACUGUGCUCCAUCUGCUGCUCUUUAAAAGGUCUGUAGUAACUAGAUGGGGAAAUAGUGUUUGUCCCCAUUGGAAGUGAACUACCCAGCAACCAAGGCCAGGCAGCACCAGAUAUUUUUGACCCUGGGGCUGAGUCACCUCCUUUUGGGGCAGCUGCAUAGACUGAGGCUACUAGCUCUUCCUGGCAGUAAGGGUGCUUCAAGCAACUGGUGGACUAUAAUGUUAACUGUUUGCUCCCAAUGUCUAUACCUCAGAAUUGUGUCUAUCUGUUUACUGAAAUUGAAUUUGGUUCCUUUUCUGCCUCCUUCUGCAAAGCUGAAGAAACACAGACCCCUGUGUUGCAAAAUGUGACAAUCUACAAAAAAUGCAAACACGACACGCUGGCUAAUAACUGUUAGUAAAUAUAUAAUCGGUAUGAUGUCAUUCAAAAUAUACGAAUAUAUACAUACUAGUGAAGAUCUUACUAGUGGAUCAGUGCUCACUGGAUAAUUAUGUAUAUUUCAUUGAUAAUUAUUCGCUGAUGAAGACUUUAUUCCAAAACAGUUGAACUAUUCUGGAUGCACUGUCCUUUUGAAACUUCGGAGAGACGUCUUCCUUUGAGAUUUUUGUGAGAGGUCUUCCUUUGAGAGACAGUUUGGCGUUCCUUGCUAUUCAUUGGUUGUUUGAAUCUUUGUAUGACUCUGAUACAUAAAAUAACUUGCAGUUACUUGUAUAUUUUGUGAGAUGUGUUGUAUGAUAUAUAUAUUGUUUUGAAGUGGCUUAUUCAUACAUUUUGAAUGACAUCAUACCAAUUAUAUAUUUACUAACAGUUAUUAGCCAGCAUGUUGCGUUUGCAUCCUUCUGCAAAGCUAGCAGAUAUUUGCAAUAAAAGAGGCAGCUUUGAAUGGUUCUUGAUAUAACUUGCUUUGUCCUAAUAUCCAACAUUAUCAUGCGUCUUGGGUUUUUGGAGUGAUGCAUGCAUGUUGUUCUUUACCCAUGUAACUUGAACACCUUUACUAAAUCACAGUCUAGUCCAGGCUUUUGUAGUUAGUCACUUACCUGAUCUACUUUGUUGAAUAAAAAAUGGACUCGUAUGGAAAGAAAUAAGAAAGGUAGCAUAGCAGUGUGGGGAGAGAGUAGCUGAGACAAGGGAAAGAAUGGCAAAAAAUCAUGCUUGAGUUGGAACUACAGUAAUUAGACAUUACAGAGGAAAUCACUGGUUCCCAACCCUGGAUUUGCCCCUGCAGUUAAUGUGAGAGUUGGAUAUGGCAUUUGCAGAACAGAAAAUUGGUGAAUGGAAGUGAGUAUUUAACUCUUUCCCUACUCACAAUACUUAAAAGUUUGGUUCACCCCCAGCCAAGCUCUAAAAUUGUAAGUUAAUUCAGCUAGCAAAAUGGCAGCUGAGGUGGGGUGGGUGGGGAUUGCAAGCAUUUGGCAUAGGAGGCAUAAAGCAUUUGAUCCUCCCACCUGCCAAUCAUCUCUACAUUUUAAAUGGUCUCAUCCAAUUUGGGAGGUGGUUGAAACUAUGCAUUUGCCCAAAUGACGUCUGGUUCCAGCCUCAACAAAUAGAAAGGAAGUGUGCAUGAUUGUCUCUGGAACUUCAGUUGCCCACUGGAUUCAGCUGGCCUCCUCAAGAUGUAGUGUACGCAAACAGUGCUUAACCCUGAAUUUAACUCUCAAUAGUAUUUGAAUGAUGCCGGCAUUGAUCCGCUGCUUUCUCUCUGACAUUAUAAAGGAGGCAGUACUCCUUUAUAAUGUAACAAGAUGUGAUGUUUUGGUGGUGGGGGUUGGUUGGUGAUUGUAAAUUUCAAUAAAAAUCAUUUAAAAGAAAGAAAGAAAGAAAGAAAGAAAGAAAGAAAGAAAGAAAGAAAGAAAAAGAAAGGAGGCAGUACUCCGCAAAGCCACUGGUGUUCUGUUUACUUCAAUGUUGUUUCAGUUCAUGGGCAUUCAGCAAUAGUGCUGCUAACGCUUUCACCUGGUAGCAAAUCACUAGGGGACUUGGGCAGAGAGACCAUCACUGCUUAUUUGAGGUGGAACGUCUGUCAAAUUGCACUUGCAACAGAAUAGCUCGUGGUUAGCUCCGGUUGUCAGAAAAGGUUGUUAAGUUUCUAUUCACAAAAAUGGUAGAAGGAUGCAUGGCACUGCUGAUUACUGUGCAGGAAAUAAAAUAUCAUCUAAGAGUGAGCCUGAGCUAUGGCUCCAGCUACCAGUUCCUUGUUUGCCUGACUUUAAAUCUUUGGGUGAUCUAUGCUAUAGGAAUUCCUAAUUUUGUACUGUAUAGGAUAUUUUCUUUCUAGGCUGUAUCCAACUUCUCUUGCUGAUUUGUAGGGCAUUUGUUGUCUGUAUAAUAUUAGGUACUUACUGAAAAACAAAGGAUUCCACCAAUGAAAGGGAAACUCUUGACCAAAAACAACUCCCUUUUAUUCCAAGGACACCUAGUGUGUGGAUUUUAUUAUUGCAGGCAUAUUGUUAAACACAUUCCUCAGGCAAACUCAACCAUGAUUGCCAGUUCUUGUAAUUUUAGCAGCUUUCAACCCUUACAAACCUUUUUGAAGAAGGUUUACAUCCUUCAUGGUUGUGAAGGACAACAGUAUUCCAUACAUGCUUAAAAGCAAAACUUCAGGCCCAAAGACUGGUUUUAGAAAUCAUGAACAAUCAUGGUUUGUGCGUUUAGCCUAAACAUUUUGAUUUUGUUUGAACAUUGAGAUUUGAAAACAAUUGGCAUAAACUCCUGAACUACGUUUAUUUAAGUUCUGUUUGUGUAGAAUAGUUCACCCAUCUGCAGUUGAGGACGCCCUUUAAAACUUAUAUAGCUUUAGCAGCCCUAGAGCUGGGGUGAGAAACGUUUUCCCCCCCAUGCCAGUGGUGGGGAGGGCUGCAGCCAAAAGUGAAUGGGGCAACCCCACUCCAUUUCUUUCUUACUCACUUGCACACCACCCACCCACCCAUUCACGUCCGCAUAAGUCUGCAAUUUGUGUUGAAGGUGGAAAUGCCACUCUCUGCUCUCCAAAGUAAAUUGCAGGUGCAGGCCCCCUAAUCCACACUGAGAUCCUGGCAUAGGGAUCCUGCUCAAAGAUUAGAAUUGCAUAGAAGUUACUGGUAGACGCAGUGAAAUGGACACAUUUGUAGGAUGUGAGGAAUUAAGCCUAGAAGCCAAAUGGGACACCAUAUAGGUUCUCAAAAACACGAGUCUUGAAGUUCCUGCUGACAUUUCAGAAAAUCCAACAAUGUGCAUUCAUGUCUAAUUACAUAUUAGUCUGAUGUUAAGAUCCAAGGGUUAGGAUAUUAUCUUAGAACGGAGAGUCGGUCAGAGGAAGAUAGACAAAACGUAAAGAAAAAUGAAAUGUGAUUUGACUGAUCUUCUGAAUGAAGCAAAGCAUGCAUAAAUAAAUAAAUAUAUCGUAUCAUAUACCUCUGCCCCUUCCCUUGGCAUAAGCACACAUGCAGUAGACACAUUCUUACAUAUCCUCUCACAGACCAAGCCAUGCAGGCAUGCACACUCAUACAUUUACUCCCAGAAGGAGUGCUGAAUUCACAGCACUGAGAUCCCUAUGCCUGUUUAAGAGAUGAUGUGGGAUGACUGACAGGUGGUAAGGCCCACUGACAUGGGCCUGGCUUGCUAGAUUGAGGGAACCAGUGGGCCAGAGGUUCCCUAUUUACAUAAAUGAAAAGAUUAAGGAAAUGUGAGAAGCUACAAAUGGCUUAAUGCAGACAGAACGUUUGUUAAUGACUUCCACAGCUGUGUGCGUAAUUAUGCAGCACAUUUUUGUAGCGAUUUCUUGGUCUGUUGUAAAGUUGCUUUCAUUACAGAGGCCCUGCGUACAGAUUUUCAAUGGGGACAUUUUUCUGUGGCAUGCUGAAUAUUACAAAGUGGAAUCUGAGCGUACUAAGAAUUUCCCUGACAAAGCAGUAGCAUUCAGAUCAAACAAAGUUGGAGCCACUGUUGUUUACACUUGUGAGAACAAUGCUUUGGUAUUUAAAGGCUCCCAGGCAUUAAUUCCCAUAGCACUGCCCCCUUCCCCAGGGUGAGGGACUGGUACAAUUUACUGCUAACUCUGCCUAAGCCCCCAUCAUCUCAACAAAUACAGUUUAUUCUGUCUAAAUGUUGAGCUUAAAGGAGUCCAUAGUGGAGAAAAAUAAGUUUGCAUUGCUUUUUUGAAUUAGAUUUGAUAGUUGAGAUUGCAAGUUACCGUAUUAAUACUUUAAGACAUUUUGGAGUACAAAAUGUGUUGCUGUCCUUUAUUUCUUCUUACAAAAAACCCCCCCAUAAGGUAGAACAAUGUGCUUUUUCUGUCAUGCAUGCAGAUUGUAGCAGGAGGGGGGGUGCGUCUAAAAUAUAGCCAUGUGGUAGAAACUCCCCAUGUGGCAAGCACUUUGUUUAAAUUACUUUGUGUGUAACUUGCCAUCGUGAGAAUUUUCUAAACCACAUAGGAAGCCACUUCAUACAAAUUACUUAUCGUGUGAAAUUCUGUCUGUUGUACUUCAUGUGACUACAAAUAUGCAAUUUGCAGGUUGGGAUUGGACAUAUUAACAAAUAUUUUACUGGGAAUCUGAUGUGGCUAAACUAUGUUUUGCACAAGGCUGGCAAAUCCAUGUUUUAAACAUGGUAGGUUGUCUGUGUAAUCAUUGUUAGAUGUAGGUUUGACUCAGGCUCUACAAUUAGUUGGUUCUUAUGCUGUGGCCAUGAGCCCAUAAGACCGCCUUUUGCCUCGCUGGACAAGAUUAUAUUGUGUGUUGGCUCCAACCAACAUUGCCUUUUUCUUUUGCUAUUUCAGCUCCGAUUGGGUGGAGAUCAUCGAGCCCCGUUCUCGAGAGAGAAUGUAUGUCAACUUGACAACUGGUGAGUGUGGCUGGGAGCCACCGUCCAACCUCAGAGUUCGUCAGUCAGAUGAGAACCAGUGGUGGGAGCUCUUUGACCAAAACAACAACCGUUUCUACUACUACAAUGCCAUCACGCAGCAGACAGUGUGGCAUAGGCCACAGGGUUGUGACAUUGUGCCACUGGCUCAGCUCCAAGCCAUGAAACGCAAUUCCAAGUCUGACUUCAGGACAUCCCAGCACAGGGGCAGCACAAGUAGUGAUGGGCGAAACACUCCCGUCCAGAUGGCUCUCUUGCAGGAGAUGGAGAAGGGUAAAGAGGACAACAGCCUGGAGAAGAGACCAGGGACUGGAAGGUAACAGUAUUCUCUUUUAUAUGACUAAUUAAAGGGGCCCAUCCACAUUCCAGCUUCUAGAAAAAGUCAUAGGACAGAGAUAGUCCCAAGGUGAUCUGGUUGCUGACUAUUGAAAAAAGGCAAGUUGAAGUUGUCUGUCCUACUCAGGAAGUGCCCCUUGAGAAAGAUUUUUGAGAAAAAGUAACUGGACUCAAGGGUAUAUAAAACAAUCUCAGCAAAUCUCAUUGUAAGAACUUUUGAAUGCUGUGUGAAUCAGGGUGUUUGAGCUGGACUAAGGAGUCCAGUAUAUCUGAAGGAGCGUCUUCACCCCAAUUGUUCUACCCGGACACUGAGGUCCAGCGCCGAGGCCCUUCUGGCGGUUCCCUCACUGCAAGAAGCCAAGUUACAGGGAACCAGGCAGAGGGCCUUCUCAGUAGUGGCACCCGCCCUGUGGAACGCCCUCCCCCCAGAUGUCAAAGAGAACAACAACUACCAGAAUUUCAGAAGACAUCUGGAGGCAGCCCUGUUUAGGGAAGCUUUUAAUGUUUGAGGCAUUACUGUAUUUUAAUAUUGUGUUGGAAGCUGCCCAGAGUGGCUGGGGAAACCCAGCCAGAUGGGUGGGGUAUAAAUAAUAAAUUAUUAUUAUUAUUAUUAUUAUUAUUAUUAUUAUUAAUCACCCAGUCAGGGUAAUAUUGGGACAUGAAAUGGUCUCCUUGGGGAAGUGGUAAAAUACGAAUGUAAUAAGCAAUAGUAAACCAUCACUUGAAGGAAAUUUUGCUGAACGUAGCUUGCAUGGGAAAGACAGAGUUGGAGAGCAACUGCAAAGGUUGAAGUUCAGUUGCUUAACUAGGCUUUUGUUUUUGAAUUUGAGAGGAAGGACUUGAAAUAAUCUCUUAUGCAUUAACAUUAAUGAGCAUUUCCCCCCCGUUCUGUUCCUCAUGAGAUUAGCAUGGUUGUGUGAAGAACGGGUAAAGACUGUAGGUUGGCAUGAGAUGUGUAACACAUUCCUUUGCAUGUUUACUCAGAGGUAAACCCCAUUGUGUUUGACAGGCUUGGUUACAGUUACAUGUGUGUAGGAUUGCAGCUUUAAACUGUCCCCCUGAGAGUGGGUGAUCUAAACUUAAUAACAAUAUCAUUUUGUAAAAAUAAUUAUGUCUAGAAAAACUUGGGGCAGUUGCAGAAAUCGUCAUGAAAUGUUUUCAAAACAUUUCUAGUCUGUUGUGUGUUGUUAUUGAUUGUUGUUUGUGUUUCGUUUGUCCUCUAUUUUGUAAGAUUUCUGUGAACACAAAAGCAACUUGGAAGUUAUUCUUGAUUUUGCUGAUAUUGAAAGCUUUUUAGUCAUCUUACUUUCUGGAUAAGGAUUAGAUGAACUCCAACUCAUUUGGCUUACAGUCAGUUCAGACAUAAUAAACUGGCACUAGUAUUUUCGUAGUGUCAUAUCCUGGAAUGCAAUCCAAGCCUCUUUCCAACUGCCUAUGACAAUUACAUUCAUUGCCUUCAAAGUCCACUAAAUCAUUGGAUGGAGAGCAGAGCACUAGGCACUUGUGCAGAAUGGCCAGAAAUGUGAAAAUAUGCCACAUGCUGUUUUCCACAAACAGGGCUGUCUUAAGCAUAUGGGGCGCCGUGGUGCAAAGAUCCCUCCACGCCCCCCAUUUCCCAAAGUUGCCGACCUUUUUUAGGUAGGACGGCGCUGCCGGCAACGCGCCCAGCUUUGCGGGGCUGGAGGAGGCGGGCAGCAGCUGGAGGGCAGCUCCUCCGGCGGGGAAGAGGCGGAGGCUGGAUGCGGCGGCUCCCAUCUCAGCUGGCUGCUUUGUGCCAUGGUGGCCAUGGCAGGCGGAGGCUCCGGGUGCGGUGCUGCUUCAGCGUGGCAUGGCGGAGGCAGGCAAGAGCGGGGAGCUGAUGCUGGGAGGCGCCACAUCCAGCCUCUGCCUCUUCCCUGGCGCCCUCCAGAACUUGGCGCCCUGCGCCACUAGCCUCUAUGGAUAAGACGCCCCUGUCCAGGUUUUACCCAGACAGAUCUUAUUUCCUGAGUGCUAAUUAUGAGGCCUAAAAAUUGAAUAAAGUAAUUAACUUCCCUUUAUUCUUCCUGUGAACACUGGUACCUGAAGCCCUUGUAAGGUGUUUAGAAUGGACUCAGCAAGUAAUUUUUUAGCUAAGAACUGCCCCUAUGGAAAGUCCCCCCAAAAUGUAGAGUCCAGUACAGUGGUACCUCGCAAGACGAAUGGCUCGCAAGACGAAAAACUCGCAAGACGAAAGAGUUUUUCAUUUUUUGAGUUGCUUCGCAAGACGAAUUUCCCUAUGGGCUUGCUUCGCAAGACAAAAACGUCUUGCAAGUUUGUUUCCUUUUUCUUAAAACCGUUAAUACCCAGGGUGCAUUGCUUGAAGACUUUGGUGAUUUUUGAAGCUUUUCCAAAACUUCUUUUGCAGCCAUUUGGUAAGUUAAACUUUUAAAACUUUUUUUGGGGUUUUUGGAUUUUGGGUUGCUUCGCAAGACGAAAAAUUCGCAAGACGAAAAAACUCGCAGAACGAAUUAAUUUCGUUUUGCGAAGCACCACUGUAUUCUGUUUCCAGGAGAAUCCAGCUCAAUGAUUCAUAAGCAGGGCAUGAAGGCAGCAGACAUCCCUGUUGUCUUGUCCCCGUACCCUAAGUAUAUGGUUUCUAGUCUGAACCUAUUCUGUCCUCCAUUCUGGUGGAUUGACAAAGCUAUAACUCUCUGAAAAGAGAGAUCACAUUCCGUAAGCAGAGUUUCCAGAUUUUGGCCAGGACUUGGAAUGGCAAAAUCCUUUCUUCAGGCUGCAGCUGUCAGCCCAUUCUUUCUUUUGCUGGCUAAGCCUUGCUGGAGAGUUGUGCUGGAGGCACUGAGAGCCGUGCUUGAAGUUGUGGUGCUUAAACUUGUCAACAACUUGCUGAAGAAACUCAAAGUGGCAUUUCAUUUGUUUAGGUAGCUCACAGUUUUCUGUCCCCCAAUAAGUCAGGCCAAAAAUCAUGGAAUUUAUUUCUUGCAUAGACUUGGCCAGCUGCCUGUGUGCGUUUUGAUAGCAAGUAACACUGCAUUGUAAGAAAACAAGUUAGUUGCUUCUAGCCAAGGGUGUUUCCCUAGCGCUAUCUACUCCAGUUUUAAGCAAUAUUUAAACCUUCCCCCGUUGUCACAAGUUUUAACAACUCUACUAUAGAGCAUAUAGACACAAAAAAUCUUUAUUACAAGUAUCAUUACACAACCAGCAUGCAUUUUAAUGUAUAUAAUGUAGAGCUCAGUUUAAUUAUAUAUAAAGCGUAUUUUAUUGAUGAUUAGUUUUUCUGCUAUUAAUAAGGUAAUAUUCCUAUAUGUGAAUCCUAUUUGUUCUGAAGUUUUACAUGUAAAGAAACCUACAGAUCUUGCAUCCUUAAUCUAGAGGUCUUGCUGAAGCCCUCUUGCUUGCAAUCAGGAUUUAUUCCUUUCUUUGUGCCUCCCAAAAUGAAAUUUGUUGUUUUAUGCAGGCAAGAGAGGGGAUCACGUAAGGCAACAAUGAAGGAAUUUAUCCCGAGUACAGACCAACACAAGGGGACAAUAGGUUCUGUUCAACAUAGCACUGAGCAAAAUGUUCUGUCAGUGCAAGGAUUUCUCCUUGUGCAAUGGAAUGUACUGCCCCCAUGUGCUCCCUAAAAUAUGUUCUGGGACUUCACCCAAUGCAUGGGAGCAGAUCUGGGGACAGCACAGAGCUCACAUGGGGGAAAGGAAAGCAGGGGAAUCCCAAUGCAUUAGCACUAAUCUUUGUGCUGGUGUGACUAUUAUUUGAAUGCCACCCAGUGAUUUUAAUCAAAGUUAUAUAGUUCUAUCAAGGACUGUUAGCCCUGAUAGCUAACCAGAACCUCCACGUUCAGAGACAAUAUACAACUGAAUACUAAUUGCCAGGUGUUUCUCCUGGCCUUGGCUAUGGCAAAAUCACGAGUGAUGUAAUCAUAGUUCAGAAAUCUGAUAAAUUCGCAGUUGGUGACCAAGAGGGACAAAGCUGUGAAAGGCUCUUUCAUGACGGAUCAGAAGACAUUCUUUACCCAUUUUAGAAAAGAGAAGGAACAUUUUACCAUUAGUAACCAAUAGUAGUUGUGACAUUUGGGAAAUGUUCUGUCAUGCUUAGCUCUGACAUGGCGUCAAACAGAAUCGUCAGAGGACAAACUAGCCACCUUGGAGGUCAAGGACUUUGAGGAUCAGACAAGGUCCCCUGGAACCAGUGCUGAGAAUCCUCUUGAGUUGCCUUUCAGUUGCUGGAAACAAUGGAGAUUUCUGGCUCCUUGGUCCCAAACCCAUUCUCCCCUACUUGCCGAGCUGCACCUUGCCUUUGAUCCCUGUGGCAAUGACCUUGGACUAUUGCCUAACCUUGCUUUUGGAUCAUGUUUUGAACCUAAAGUGAGUUUUCCGUGCUUGACCCUGGUUUGUUUGGACUGCACCACACCUUCAACCCCACUCACCUUUGUGAAUGUUUUGCUAAGAGGAUUAUACCAUUCUCUCACAUUGGAUUCUUAUAAUAACAUGGUCCAGCCAAGUAGACUUUCUUCACUGCUGGCACUUCAGCAAACCAACAUGUCCCAAAAAAAGGAUUUGAGCAUUAUGCAUAUGUUUGGUAUAUUGGGGGGGGGGGGAUCUCCCAAAUGAAACUGCUUCAGGAUAUCAAUCCACAACACAUGAUACUUCUGCUAUGUGUAUUAGACUUUGAAGAUUAGACUACUAUAGCCCAUUUCCACACAUAACACUUUAAAAUGCUUACUGAGACAGUCUUCGAUUUUUUAAAAAUGCCUUAUUUAUUCUUCCCUGGGUCCAAGAUGGCAUACAUGGAUUUCCCUAAGAGUGACAGGCCCAAGGUCUCAAAUGGAAAAUUGAGGAAUUACAAGAUAUAACGACCUUAUUAGCCUAAUAGCCUUAUUAGCCUAAUAAUCCAGCCCUGCCUGCUCUUUGAACAUGGAACUGUGCAAAAUGAAGUGUAGAUUGUGCUUAAAAAAAAAGUUGAUCCCUUCCACACCUAUGGGGAGCUCAGUGGGAACUGGGCUUUUUCAAACCACACUCACCCAAAAACACUGUUUUCAGAAAUAAAUUGACACCGUUAAAACCAUGUCUUCAGUCUUGGGAUCACAUCUACUGAGCACAUAGGCAUUUGUAUGAUUUUUUCCAAGGGACAGUGGCAAAGUAAAUACUCUCCCUGCCCUAAAAACUAAAAGAUGAUCAUAUUGUUAUGCAAUCACUUAAAAUGCUACUAAGGAAGAUAAUUGGGAAGAAACCGGCAACUGAACCCUAGGCAGAAUUUUACAUGGACAGAUGGUUUCAUGCCAAAACAAAUGUUUAGCAGCACAUUUUUGGCUGGUGUGGCAAAUAAAAUAAAACUUAAAAAUUAUUUUAUAGCAGUCACUACAUGCUAAUUCAAAAACCACAAAAAUGGUAGGAUGCUACUUUGUGUUUGUAUUAUGACUAACUUGCAGAUCAAAAUGCAUAUAUGAGCUUUUAAGUUAUUCAGAAUUCUUAUUUAGGUAAGAUAGUUAACUGUGUGUGUGUGUGUGUGUGUGUGUGUGUGUAGAUAAGUAGAUGGGCGUGGGGGAAAGUAGGUGUUUCUGGCAUGAUAUAAAGUCUGGCUUAUCCUUAUUGCUAUUUUGCUUUGGUUCCCCCUCCCCACCCCUGCCAGACUUAGAAUGGUGGAAGUAUUCACAGAUAUGAUUAAGUUAAGACUAGUCCGUCUGCUAAAGUCACACAAAGCCCACUGGGACUAAGCAGAAAUGGAUAUGGCUCCUUUUGAAAAUACAAAAACCAGUCUGUGUCUGUCCCUUACAUCCAUUAUGCUCGAAUCUAAAUACAACAUUAACCUCAGCCUGAUAAAUAUCUCUAUGAAAAUCAAAAGCUUUGCAAGCUGCAUUUUGAAACCUUGGCUGGUCCUCAUAAAAAGGGUAUUACAUUCACGGACUGGCAACCCAACUGAAGUCAGACAUAUGAUUGUAUUUGAAAAAAGGGUUUGUUUGCUAAAACUAAGUCUACAAGGUUAAUCAUUUCCAUGGUGAUAUUUCUCCAUGUUCUGAGCGGGUGUUUCAGAGCAAUAAGGUGAGCUUUUGCUACUGAUUGCUCUUCUUCCAACUGUUAAUUUGUGUAUCUUUUGUGUAUGAAGCUGAGAGUUUUUCAGGUAGUGAGAGCACUUCUCUUAUUCUCCCUUUUUCUUUGGAUCCCAAACCUAACAGCUAAACUCCAUUUCUCACCUCUUUCCCCAAUGAAUUUCUGUCUCUUUAAAUAUCUUCUUCCCUGCUCCAUGGCAGAUUUGGAUUAGUUAGCAGGGCCCCUCUUAAAUCUCCCAGCUAUUGCAUGAGCCCGAGAAUACUAGGGUCUGCUGCUUGAAGAAAAAUAAAACAAAUCUGAUGACACAGAAUUUCAGUGAGGCAGAACUGAGACAGACGUGCAGACAAAAUAUUAUAAAGCCAUAAGUUCACAUAAUCCCAUAUGAACAGCUGCCUAUGACGUUUUUUAAUCGUCUGAUAUAGACAAAGACAACUGCACAAAAAGGAUAUAACACCUGUUGAAAACUGUGCAGAAUGCAAGCCCUUUUGCAUUUUUGACACACGUAUAGAGUUGGCACCUAUGAGGCUAUUUUUCUAAACGAAAGCUGGCAAAGCCUAAAAGAAUUAUGCAAGCUGGCAGCCUUUCCCCCUGGUGGUAUUGAGGCGCAUCUGUUCUAACCUAUCAGUCUGUUACAUGGAGAGUUCUCAGGUUUCAACAACGUGGCAGGUGGAAGAGCUUGCCUUGAGACCAGCAUUCAUAGAGGAGGAAGAAAGUGGUGCUUAAAAUAGAGAGGUGAAAUAGCAGGCUUUGCACUAGCUGCAUUCAUUUCUUAGGGCGUAAUCUUGACUUUUGCACACUUGUGCGGUGUUUUGGUUUUUUUAAAGGCCAGUCUUUUGCACCAACAGUGCUGUAGCUUUGCCAUUACAAAGUAGUAUGUUAAUUCACAGGGUUGCACAGCACAGGACAAACUUGAGAAAUGCCCUUGUCCGAAUCCUGACAUUGCCUGCUUGCCUGCCUUCUGGAGUGCAGUGGUACCUCGGGUUACAUACGCUUCAGGUUACAUACUCCGCUAACCCAGGUUCAGGUUAAGAACUUUGCUUCAGGAUGAGAACAGAAAUCGUGCUCUGGUGGCACAGCAGCAGCAGGAGGCCCCAUUAUCUAAAGUGGUGCUUCAGGUUAAGAACAGUUUCAGGUUAAGUACGGACCUCCGGAACGAAUUAAAUACUUAACCCGAGGUACCACUGUAAUUCUACUGCUCCUUAGAGACUUUUCCUCUACCAACUGAGCUACCAAGGCGGAUAGCUGAAGCUCUUGAGGCAGCUUAGAAUAUAUUUAAAACACAAUAAAAAGGACAAUGGAACAAUGUUUUCUAGAGCUGAGCAAAGGUGUAUAGAAAUCUCCCUCCUUCCCCCACCAGUUCUCUGUUGUUGCAACGUGGCACUCUGCAGCUGGAGCUCCUGGCCUAGAACUGACUGUUGAAGCAACCAGGUAUUAAUUAGUCCCUCACAGGCCAAGGCCUCCUCAUUGGGCGGUGGCUGCUGCUGCUGCUGCUGCUGCUAUAUUGCUAUCUCUCCUCACAGCCUGAGGCUCUGAUGGUAGAUGAAGGAGGAACUGUGGGAGUAGAAAUGUUAGGAGGCUCCCAGUCCUCAAAUGUUCCAGCUGUGUACAGUGCUUCCUCGGGUUAAGAACUUAAUUCGUUCUGGAGGUCCGUUCUUAACCUGAAACUGUUCUUAACCUGAAGCACCACUUUAGCUAAUGGGGCUUCCUGCUGCUGCCGUGCUGCUGCUGCGCGAUUUCUGUUCUCAUCCUGAAGCAAAGUUCUUAACCCGAGAUACUAUUUCUGGGUUAGCGGAAUCUGUAACCGAAGUGUCUGUAAUCUGAAGCGUCUGUAACUUGAGGUACCACUGUAAAAUAUACACUCUAAAGUUGUUUUUAAAAAAUCAUAAUCAACAGUAUGGCUGUGUCAGAUGCAAUGGGUUGAAGCCAAUGAAGUAUUGCACUUGAAAAACGACUUCUGGUUAAACUUGCCCUACUUCUCCUUUCCCUGUGUGCCCCUCAGAUCUGCUCUGGAGGUUUAGGAGGACCCCAAGAGCAGAUUUAGGGAAGCGGAGGAGAGGAAGGGAAAGUUUGAUUGCAUGUGCAGAAGUUUUAUGAGUGCAAUGCCUUCACUUGAUACAGCCCAGUUUGUUUUAUUUACUUAUUUGCUGUAGUAAUUUAUAUUGUGCUUCACCAUCAUGCUCAAUAUCCAAAAUGACUGGACUUAAUCCACAUUCAAGUUUUUUUUCCUGAGGACUACUUUGUGUAUUAAGUGAACAGCACCUGUUUGUGCAAUGAGAGUAUUCAGGUGACAGUUUGUGGAGAUGUUGUGACAGAAUCUCUCUCACCCAGCAAUGGUUCACCCACCUUUUAGGUUUUACUAUUACUAUACUAUUUUUACUAUUUCUGGGGACGCGGCUGGCGCUGUGGGUAAAACCUCAGCGCCUAGGACUUGCCGAUCGCAUCGUCGGCGGUUCGAAUCCCCGCGGCGGGGCGAGCUCCCGUUGUUCGGUCCCAGCUCCUGCCCACCUAGCAGUUCGAAAGCACCCUUAAGUGCAAGUAGACAAAUAGGUACCGCUUUAUAGCGGGAAGGUAAACAGCGUUCCGUGUGCUGCGCUGGUGCCGGUUCGCCAGAGCAGCUUCGUCACGCUGGCCACGUGACCCGGAAGUGUCUGCGGACAGCGCUGGCUCCCGGCCUCUAGAGUGAGAUGAGCGCACAACCCUAGAGUCUGUCAAGACUGGCCCGUACGGGCAGGGGUACCUUUACCUUUAUUUUUCCUUGCAAAUCUUGAGCACGGUGAGAGUUCUGCUGAAAAUUCAAGAUGGCAUCCAGCAUGGCUGUUCUAAACGCUAAUAAAAUUCAGUCAUAAAUCUUUGUUGAGGGAAGUGGGGAGAGAUGUGUCAAGACUAGUUAGAUUGUAAGUGUGAUUAUACUAAAUCUUUCUCAACUUUGUGUUCUUCAAAUGUAUUUUGAGCCAUUGGUAAAUAUGCUUUUGAGUUACAACUUUGGGGGGUUUUUUGAAAUAGUGACUCUUUCUUCUCCAUAAACUUUUCCUGAGCAAACUUGGCGUAGUCAAAUGCCAGUUUAUAUUAAGGAUAUUUUGCUCACUUGUAUCCUAUCAUAUGCAGGAUGCAGCCCUGUGUGUUUCCCUUUGUUUCUUUGUUGUGAAUUUAAAAAUAUUUCCUUUUCUGAAGACAAGCUAAAAAUAAUUUUGGGGAGUCAUCAAAUUAACUGUUCUCUGUUGUGAUUGCUACUAAUUCUUCUGAAGAGCAGAACUGGGGAUUAAAUUCCUUGGGUUUCCUGACCAUUUGUUCUAACUACCCAACUCUCUCUGCCACUGCCACUUGGAUUCAUUUGUCAUCAGACCAUCACAAAGCUAGAGGGUUUAACAAAGAGAAGUACAUAGCCAUAUGGAAGUAACACAAGUCAAGGUAAACAAAACUGAUAGAGUUCCAAAUAAAAUAUAUAUAUUGUGCAACAUAAACAAAUGUAAGAUUCUAAAAUUCACAGGCAAAUCAGUGUUUACCAUGAAAAAGUGGCCCCUAUUUUAACACAUGUUCAAAUACAUCAAAGUUACACAAAUCUGAAUAAAAUAAAAACAGUAACAAACUUAAAAUUCUGAAUAUCUCUGGCAAGACUGAUAUUCUCCUUUAAAAAAUUUCUCCUAUCAUCAAUUACUAGGGUUAAAAAACAUGCAGUCUUUACAGUAACGUGUCUGUCUUGGCUACAGAGCGGAAAGUUUAUAGCCUCUUGGAAGGACCUCUCUACAUACCUCCCAAAAAUUUGUUCCAAGUAUUGUUCCCUCAGUACUUUAUACAAAAAGCAGUAUAUAAUAAAAUGUACCAGGUAUUCAACCAAAUUUAAACUCUGCUGCUUCAUCAAAAGACCACUUGGUUAACUAACUGAUGCAAUUAAUUCAUUAAAUUACUCAGUCUUCAUCCAGAUAGAUUUGACCCACUUUGAGUCUGGCAUAAGUUCCAGUAAACUUUGUAUGAGCAACCCCUGCUUGGUUGGGCAGAAAACUGAUUUAGGGGUGGGUUAGUGUUACAUAUUUACAAGUGCAAUCUGCAAUAAGAUGUUGCAGUGUGAAGUGUUGCCCAACUACUCUAUUCCCUCCCCCCACAACAACCAGCCAGCAUUCCAUCACCACUGAGCAUGCUACGCCCUUGUUGGACUGUUUUGGAAUAUUUUGUGGGUGGGUGGUGCCGUAGAACGGCACUCGGAUAAUUGAGUUCGCUCCUAGUAUAUAUGAUAUAGUUUGGUUAAUCUGUGGUGAGUCUUAUUGCAGGUAGCUUAACUCAAGACUACAACCAUGAGGCCUAAGCAACCACACAAAAGCUAUAAUUAACUGGAAACAGAAAUGAAAACACUUUGUAGGUUAACCAGACUGCAUUUCAUGCUGCAGACUGAUGAAUUCGGAAUAAAGCUUUCACAUAGGCAAAAACUGAAGAAUCGACUAACAUUUCCUGGUCGUGCUGGCUCUUGUAUUGGCAACUGUUUGGUAAUAGGAAAUAGAAGGAAACUGUUCAUUAGCUUCAGUUGAUGCCGUCUGAGAUUUGCAAACAAGUGUUCUGCCUGUCACCUGCUCUGCUCACCUGCCCAGAUUAUGUCCCCACCCCAGCUGUCAUACAACAGUGCUGUACAGUGGUACCUCCAGUUAUGAACUUAAUUCAUUCUGGAGGUCCGUUCUUAAGCCUAAACUGUUCAUAACCCAAGGUGCGCUUUCGCUAAUGGUGCCUCCCGUCUACUCGCAUCCCUGGGGAAAGUUCGCAACUGGGAGCUCAUAACCCGAAGUGUUCCCAAAGAGGACAGUAUGUAACACGAGGUUCCAUUGUACAGUGGUACCUUGGGUUACAUACGCUUCAGGUUACAGACUCCGCUAAUCCAGAAAUAGUACCUUGGGUUAAGAACUUUGCUUCAGGAUGAGAACAAAAAUCAUGCUCCGGUGGUGCAGCAGGAGGCCCCAUUAGCUAAAGUGGUGCUUCAGGUUAAGAACAGUUUCAGGUUAAGAACAGACCUCUGGAACAAAUUAAGUUCUUAACCCAAGAUACCACUGUAUUUCCCUGAAAUGCUAGCCUUGUCACUCUGGACUCUGUAUUCUUAACAAGAUAGAGAGAAUGUUGUUUUGUUUCCUUCACUUGGAAAAUAACAGCAGAAGUAUCUAUCCAGAUGCCAGUCUUUGUCCUCCUCUUACUCUUUCUGUCUCAUAAGAACAUAAGAGUGCCAUUGGAUCAAACCAAAGGCAACAUCUAGUCCAGCAUCCUGUUCUCACAAUGUCUAACCAGAUGCCCAUGGGAAGCCUUCAAGCAGAAACCUGCAUACAACACCACUGGUGUCACUUUUGAUUCCUACCAGCUAGUAUUCAUGUUGCCCCCAACUGUGGAGGUAAAACAUAUCAGUAGCCAUUAUCCUUCAUGGUAGCCUUAUUCACCAUGAAUUUGUCUAAUCCUCUUUUAAGCCAUCCAAGUUGACAGCCACCCCUACAGUUUAGGAAUUUGGGGGUUGUAAUGCAAUUCUCUGGAUUUGGUGAGAAGAUGGGCAAGUGCUAAUUGCCUGGGCAAAUAAAUUGGUGGUGAGUUGCAUGACUGUUACAACACAUUAUUUUCUGGAGUUCAUACUAGUAGUGUGGAACUGCAUAUGGACCUGGAUCGGAUCCCAAGACUCAUUUGAAAGAGAACUCAUUUAUUUACUAUGCCGGGAGGAACAGCAUAAAAAACCUUCUCAUAAGCAAGAAUAAUCCUACAAUAUGAGAAAGCAGCCAGAUCCUCUGUAGCAAUGAGGCAUGAUAGCAUUUAAAUGGUUGCUAUUUCUACUUUUUGUUUUAUUUGUUUUCCUCCUCCUUUCAAAACUUAUAGAAAUGUCACCCUGGCAUUUGCCGUUGGGGAGUGGCACAUUCAGUUCCAGGAACUUUAAAAGCAACUCUGAAUAUAUGCAAAUUAUGUGGGUGGAAAUCCGUGGAGUGCAGCUAAGCCAAUCAUUCUGUCAGCACAAGCAUUUCUGUUUGCCCUUCUCCACCCCACCAAAUGCACUGUUCUGUGGGUUUUCCCUAUCCUCCAGAGUGGAUUUGGGGAGGAAAGCCCAGGUACGCUAGUGGGAAUCUUUAUACAGUGGUACCUCGGGUUAAGUACUUAAUUCUUUCUGGAGGUCCAUACUUAACCUGAAACUGUUCUUAACCUGAAGCACCACUUUAGAUAAUGGGGCCUCCCGCUGCUGCUGCGCCGCCGGAGCACAAUUUCUGUCCUCAUCCUGAAGCAAAGUUCUUAACCUGAAGCACUAUUUCUGGGUUAGCAGAGUCUGUAACCUGAAGCGUAUGUAACCCGAGGUACCACUGUAUUGGCUUCCGCUAGCGGAAAAGGGGUAGUUGAAUCCAGCCUACUGACAUUAGUAAGAUGUGCAUGUUUAAAAUCAAAUUCACUUAUAUAAUAUUUCUAAAGGACCUGAGGUUUACUAGGUGUUAAAUAAAGUUUUUAGUUUUUUUAAGGAAAAUCUGCCCUGCUCACAAGCUGUAGAAUCUAAUAGCGGUGGGGAAGGAAGAGGAAAAAUAAGUAAACUCUUAUUCUUAAAGGUUUGCUCGUUAGAGCCCAUAGUUUAUUGUAGUUCCUAGAUGACGUAAGAAGAAAAGAAAUGACUGCUGUUACAGUGUGGAAGUAAAAUGCAUACAAGGGGAAACAAACAGGUGUUGAACUUCUAGAUUCCUCAGCAUUCAUUAGAAGAGCAAGGGAGAACACUGCUACAAAAUUAAGCCCAUAGGUUUUUUCUUUGCUGAAUGGGACAAAGUCUUGCUUUCCCUCAAGACUCAACAGAAAUCAGCAGACAACAAAAAUAUGAUCUUUACUCACAACUAAAAAGUAGCACUGUAGAGACCAUAUGUUUGGAUGUUGAAAAAUUAAUGUCCGGUGUCCUAUGGAGUUAAACAGGGGAGGGCUUGUCCAAGGGAUAGGGGACAGACUCCCUGAGAGCAGCAUUUUCCUAUUGCAGGUAUGAUUUAUUAUUUUUCCAUUACUAACUUGAAUAGCUCUGAUAGAAACAAAGGAAAUGCCUGCACAAUGGUUUGAUAUGGAAGUUGUUCCUAAUACAAUAAUUGUGGACAGAACAAUACUAAGUGUGUUGUAUCCUGGGGAGCAGGAUUAACCUCCAGGCUGGCAUAGAUGAUAGGCCUCUCAAUCCUAGGGCCUCUCAGAGCAAAUAAGAAUCUUUGAAGCCAUUUGGCUCAAGGCCGCUCACCAAAACAUCUCAGAAAUGCACUGUUUGGGGGCCUACUCCUGGCAGAAGCAGCACCAGCAGUAGAUAUCUGCCCACGUAUCAUUCCAUGGACAUACCAUCCUCCUCCAUGGCUGAUGCAUGCAUACCCAACCUCUUCACUGGAGGUCCAGUUGGAUAUUUGGAUAAAACUUUUGACUGUAUUUUACACUUGAAGGUAGUACUGCAUUUUUUGCUUUAUUUUCCUAAAUGCUUUGUUUUCCCCAUACAGAGACACCCCUACCCGGUGGCAACCUUUACCAGGGACUAAAGCAGCCAUGCUGGUCAAAGUCAACAGCCUGAGACAAGUUAAUUCCACCUCGAGCAAUUCGCUUCAGAUGCAGAACAGCGCGGAAACCAGCAGCCAGAAAUCUCUGCACGCAAAACAAGUUAUAUAUGCCCAACCUCAGGCUAUAGCCCCAAAUCCAGCAAUGCAGAAACCAGCAGCUUCAGCAGAAACAAAACAGUCAAUGCAGAUUAAGAAGACGGAGAAUGGAGGGUUUUGUCUAGUGUUAACUAAUGGGCUCAGUAGUCCUUCAGGAAGUCAGACGCAAACAUCACAGCCUUCAUCUCCCAAGUAUGCUUCUCCAGCACCAAUAUAUGAUGAGCCAUCUAUUGAUUCCCCAAUUUAUGAUGAGCCCCCUGUAGAUAUGGACACUGGGAGUGUAAAUGUGAAUGGGACAACUCCGCAAAUGUCGCCAAGCAACAGCUUAAAUAAGAAACCCCAACCAAUUAAAUUAUUACAGCAUCCAAGUAUGCAGCAGCACCAAGCUGGAAAAAAGCAUGUGAGAAACCCAUCUGCAACAGAGUACAGCCCUGUUGGAAGAGAAUAUAUUAAACAUAUGGUCAAUGUUGACCAAUCAUCCAGAAAUCCUAACUCUACAGGUGUGAUAGUUGAUGGUGUUGCUAAACCACAGCUAGGGCAGCUUAGUUCCAGGGACAGCUUCAAACACUCUUGGAAAAUCUUGGAGGCAAACGUUCUCAAAAAUAUGGAGGCCCACCACAGUCGGCAAAACAGUCUUCAGGUUCAAGAGUAUCCUACAGUUAUAAGUCAGCAAGACUCUGGCUAUUCAACAGGACCUUCUCCAAGCCUGAGAAAGAGAAAAGGAAGGCGACAGGCUCCUGGCCAGGGAAGACCUGGCUCUGUGGGCAGCAACAGUGAACUCAGUGCUCUGAAUGACAAGCUGAUUGCAGAAAUGCGUGCUGUGGUGAAUCGAUCAGCAGCCUGCAGAGGAAGUAAAGGUAGCUUAGAUGCAGAAAUGCUGGAAAAUGCUAGUUUGCCAGAGGGUAACAAAAUUAAGUUUCAGUCGGAGCGCUUGAAAAAAUGUAAUAGCAGGAGCUCAAGAGAUGAUGUGACUUCUAGUAACAGGUCAUUAUACAGACCUCGAAUGGACAGUAGAGGGAGCCUCUCAAAUGAUCCAGCAUUACAGCAAGACACUGUGAGGCAGAAGAGAACCUACGAAAAAAUAGAUUCUUUAGAAAAGAAUGCGUCCAGUCAGAUAAAUAUGUCUUCGUCUGAAUCAGCACAGGUACCAUCCCAGGUAUUCUUUUAUUGACAAUCUUCUCUUAUCAGGCAGCAAGGCAUUUUGUGGAAAUGGAGUUGAUGAAGGCUUUGGAUGCAAUUGGCCAAGUGGUGGUGGGUUGGAGAGUUUUGGGGCACCUGUGGUGGGGUUACGUUUAAAAGGGUGUCACUAAUUAUCAAAUCAUUUGGGCCCUCUUAAAAUUGCUUUAGAAGAGAUGUUGCUAUAUAAAUCUGUCAGGAUAGCCAACAAAAAGUCUACAUUCCUAAAGGAGCCACGAGCCACUUCUCCUUGCUCCACUUCUGAAGCAGUUAGUGGGACCUGAAAGUCCCUCUUGACUCCAUGCCUCAUGCCACUCAUUCAGCAGUGGAACAGACUGCCUCAGAAGGAGGUAGACUUUGUUAGGGAAGUUUAAGCGAAGACUGGAUGGUCACCUGCAGGAACGCAUCAGCAGGGGGAUGAACUGGGUAACCUUUAGAUCUUUCCCAGACUCCAUAAUUCUAUCGUGUGUGUGUGUCUGUACAUUAUACGAUAUCUGUAUCGUAUUUGUCAUAUCCUGUAAAAACUUAACAAUUAGGACAACAAUGUCAUCUUUAGAGAAUUUUUGGAAAGUGUUUUAUUUAUAUGUUUGGACAAACUUGGAAUCAUCAUUCUUAUAUUACCUGGUUUGCUGCUUUAACCUAAAGGAUUAGAACCUGUGACUAGUGAAUCUGUAGAUCCUGACCCCUCCCAUCCCCCAGACAGGUUUUCUCCCAUUCUGUAGCAUGCCCUUCACUGUAGACCAGUCAACUGACACUUAGCUUCUGGAAGACAUUAUACUCUUCCUAGCUACCUCCAAAGUCUGAACUGGAGCUUCCUCCCCUCCAUUUCCCCUCUAGCUGUUGUCACCAUGCAAACAAGCUGUGAAGACACCUCCCUGCUUUUCCACAAGCCCAUUUCAGCUCUUUGUGGAGGCUACUUUGCAACUUCCAUGCUUUAUAACACAUAAGAUAUUUAGUUGGUGCUUUUUAACAAGCUCUAUGUCUUAAAACAAUUCAACGCAGGGUAGUUUAAAAAACAAAAUAAAGCUAUGGUAUUUUGUCCUUCUACAGCAAUACUUUGAAAUGUUAAAUGCUCUGAGCUAAAAAGCAAAUAAAAAAAUCCAAAAUUCGAUUUUGAAAAGUAAAAAAAAAAGAGUUCAUGGUGUUAAUAAUUUUUAGAAUGAGCUGACAGUAUUGAAAAAUUCUACUUCUGGAGGACUCCUUACAGGUUUCCCCUAUAGCCUAAUGCACUGAGGCAACAACUAAGAGAAUCCAGCAUGACAAACCUGUCAAUAGCACAAGGGACAGCUGUCCUCCUUGUGACAACACCAGGACCCAUCCCUGAGGCUGUUGUUCAUCUGUGAGCACCCAGAUCUCCCCAGCUGUUCUUUUGUGACAGAGAACAGAGAUCAUUGCACCUCAUAAGGAACAAAAUAAACAAAAUUACCAGUAAUAGGGCUCCAUGUUUUUCCCUGCCUUCUUACAGAAACAAAUAUGUAAGGAAGAUGUUGUUCAAUGAAAACUGGAGCUUCUGUAGUAACAGUAACAACAAUAACUAUUAUUACUGCAUUUAUUUGUUGCUUACUACAAAAAUGUGUCAAAGCAAAGUACAAUUAUAUAAAAGCAUGUGUACACAACAUUCAAAAUGCACCAGGAAAGAUAAAUGAACAUGAAUUGAGUAAAGGUGCUCAUUCUGCAAUAACAUAAAUAGGAAGAAUCCUAUUCAACCCUACUAAAAGAGUAUCAUACCCUAUGACCCCAAUUAAGAGCCAAAUGCCUGAGUAAACAUCCUUGCCUAGCAUCUAAACAUUGAUAAGGAUGGCCUAAGAUGCGUAUUUCUGAAGAGAGCAUUCCAUUUUUGGGGAGCCACCAUUGAAAAGGCCUGUUCUUAUUUUGCCACUUCCCUCUGAGGGGACAUACGAAGAAAGGCCUCAUAUUACAAAAGCAGGAACCGAGUUAGAAGGGUGUGAAAGGGGUGGGUUUGAGUUGAAGUUUCAGACAUUGAAACAAGGAGAUAGUGGAGGGGGAGGGAGAGGGAGAGAGAGAGAGCUUCUCAAGUUGUCAGUAGACACUGGGACUCAUAGAAAGACUGCCCCCUCUUUUGGAAGUGACUAUAGUUAGCUGUUCUGCUCAGGGAAAUAUGAGUAGCUCAGCUUUUUUUUUUUAACCACUUUCUUUCUGUUUUCCAUUGCAGCCUGGAACAAUAAGGUCUGAUUCCCAGCAAGAAAAUAAUGACCAGCCUGGCACCAACAUGGGGUAUCAGUUUCCCUUCCACACCAUACGAAAGCCUAUCUCUCAAAGCAGCAUGGCCGACUGGGCCUCGAAAAACCUAAAUAUGCACACUCAGGGCAUCUUCCGCCGAAGGCUCUCCAUUGCCAACAUGCUCUCCUGGAACGGUGGCUCCAUCAAAAAGCCAAUGCUCAUCACCAGCAACCACACCAUUAAAAAGGAAGCUUGUGAAAUAUUUAAACUGGUGCAAAUCUACAUGGGUGACCGCCAGGCUCGGAUGGACAGGGAUCAUGUGGCUUUGAUCACCGUUGCCAAGUGCUGGAGCAUUCAAGGUUUACGGGAUGAGCUGUACAUACAACUGAUUAGACAAACAACAGACAAUAUGUGCUACCGAAGCCUGGCAUGGGGCUGGGAACUCAUGGCCAUCAGCCUGGCCUUUUUCUCCCCAUCACCCAAGUUCCAGUCUUAUCUAGAAGGCUAUAUCUAUCGUCAUCUCAACCAGGUCAAUGAUGAAAAUAGUAAGUGCCUUAUCUAAUAAGGGUGAACUACAUUGCAGCACAAUAGCAAAUUAAAUUAUGUAAAGAUCCUGUUCAGCAGGAGUAGGCAACCGUUUCAUUUCCAGAUUUAGGGAAAAGGAAGUUUUAGAAUUAUUAUCUAUAGGACACUAUGUAAUUUUUAAUAGAUUAGGUACUGUAAGUGAAAAGCAAUAACAAAGCUCAGUACAUUCUGAUAGUAAAGGAGCUCAAAAGAAUGCAGCAGGAUUAAAAGCAACAGCUAUUUCUUUGCUAGAAAGGAAAAUAGAGCUGGUGUUACAACAAAAAGCUUUUUAUUAGUUUUCCAAUGAACCCCAAUAAUAGCCAGAUUAUAACAAUAACAAUUACAAAGCAGAUUUCUCUCUCCACUCCAGUCUUGGAAAACAACUAAGAAGAAAAUCAUUUCUGCUAUUUUAAGGUGUUGAUCUGCUCCCAUUGAGUUUGUUCCUUUGAGUGAAAAUAUCUAGCCUCUUUUGGGGGGGCAGCAAUUUGGAAUGUUCCUUUAGAACUUGGUGAUAAGCUAUUAUAAGAAUUCUAAGGGAAGGCUGACAUAAUUAAGUAGAUGGAAAAAACAGUGACAUAAAUAAUUGCAUCAGAUGUAUCACAUUUUUUUUAGAUCACAGCUGGCAAGCUCACUCAGAGUAAAUGGCCAAAUGUCUUUCAUGUUGCUCUGUUUGUCAAGAUAUACAUUUGGGGAGCUGGGUUAACCGGGUUCAAUAACUUUUGCUCUAUAUCAUGUUAAAUGCUUUAGAAAGUGAAGAGAAAGCAUUCAGUGCAAUGGUUUUAUUCCAAGUACACUAUUCUGAAGGUUGCUGAAAGAAAAUAAUUGGUUAGGAGACUUCAUUAGUAAGAAAUGAGACCCCUUUUUUUGUCCCUAGCAUCAGAUAUAACCCCAUCAGCAGCCAUAAUCCUGAAAAGUUUCCAUCCAUGAAUGGUAAACAUUCCAGCUGAUUUUUAAUGAAAUUAAUAAACCGAAAAAGAUUUUUUUUAGAAUCUGAACUUCCUUCUUCUUACAUUCAUUGUUAAACCGAUCUUGAUGUUUGUAAUGAAAACUGAUCUUGACAUGUAAUGAAAAGGAGAUGGAUAGAGCUGAUUUUGUGAUGUGUGAAUUCAAUAAAUACAGGCCCCUCUUCUGCCAUGGCUGAGUAAAAACAGGGCAGUGAGCAUUUAAUGUUUUUGCCAUCACUCAAUCAACGAUGCUUUGGAUUUUCAGUUACCCAGCGCAUUAAGGAGCUUCUGGAUAUGAAAAACAAAAAGAACUCAAAAUCCAGGAAAAAGAGGAAGCAAAAUACAGAGGAUGAAGGUAAAAAUAACUGAAUUAUGAGGAGGGCUAAUAAUAGAGGAGACACAACUACACACGUCUGUGUUUGUGUGCCAUUGACCUCAGAUAUAGUUGUACGGGCUUUAUUGUAGAAAGAUAAGACCCAGGAAUUGUACAAGCAUCAACAUUUUGGGAAUGGAGGAAAUUGCAAAAUGGCUACUGAUAAAAAUUUGUAUGCAACACUUGAUAGAGCAGUAUUUAAUGAUUAACAGCACAUCUUAACCACACUUAAAGUCCAAUUGAUUUCAGUAGAAUGUGUUUCCAAAUAAAGAUGUGUUGCCAUCUUACUUUCACAGAGCAAACUGGAUCCCUCCAUUCAGAUGGGAUUAGUUAAUAAUUGACUUUCAACUGCAGGGUUUAGGAGAAACCUUUAUUUAGCUAUAUUUGUACCCUACGUUUAUGGUAGAUGGGUGGGCUUCCUUCCCUUCUCUUCUAGUCUGAGAACUUUGAUAGCAAAAGUCCUGAGAUGGAUUCAUUGGAUUCAGUGUAGACAGGCAGCACUGCAUUCCCAUCUUACCUAAAGAGUUCCUUUUCAAUUUAGAGAGGGCUGGAUAAGCCUCCUGUCUGAAAUUAGGACAAUACUGAGGUAGAUGGAGCAAUGGUGCCCUCGCUAUGAGUUAGCUUCCUGUGUUCUGUGUUCCUUUGGUAUUCAGAGACAUGUUGCCUCUGAUCCUCAAGGUAGCACACAACCAUCAUGACUAGUCAUUGGCAGCCUUAUCGUCCAUGAAUUUGUUUAAUCCUCUUUUAAGGUGGUGGCCAUCACCACAUCUUGUGAUAGGGAACUCCAUAGAUUACCUAUGCACUGUGUGAAUAAGUACUUCUGUUUGUUUUGAAUGUUCAGCUUCACUUAAUGUUCAUGGCUACUAGUUAUAAGAGAGGAAGAAAUACCCUAUUCACUUUCCUCACACCAUGCAGUUUUAUAUCUCUCUAUGUGUCCCCCCCUUCCCUUACAUGUCUUUUCUCUAAAUUAAAAAGCCCUCAACUAAACUAAAACGGUUCUCCUCAUAGGAGAGUUACAUUAUCUGAAACUGUGCAUUUGAUUUUUAUGUUGAACUACUUUUGUCAUUUUAUUGCCUCCAAAUUACUCAAUUUGGAGAGGUCCUUUUGGAGCUCUUCACAAUUCAUUUAUGUUUUUCUAAUCCCAAAUAAUUCAGUGUUGACCUUCAGUGAUUUGCUUUAAUAUUGCCCAGGGUACCUCAUUUUGGCUAGUUUAGGAUGACCCUGUUUCUGGAAGCACAGGGCAGUAAGAAGGCCUCUCACACAUGGAGCUGCUUACCUGCUCCAGAAUUGUACUGGUGCUCCCUCAGCACUCAUCCACAAAACAUUAUGUCAGCCCAAGCUCAAGUCUCACUGAAAUUAAUUGGACUUGAUCUGGCAAAGUAAUUUAGGGGUCUGGAGCUUUGAUUUCCAUCAAGGAUUAAGAAUGCACUAGGAGGUGCUCCUCAAUAUAUGUGAUGACAGAACCCGGCUGGUUCCAUUAUCUGAAGCGAGAAGGUGCCUAGAGUAAUUUGUUCAUUCACCAUGCCCUUUUCUGUAUUCCCAGAAGAGCAUUCUUUGUCACCUGGACCCCAGACUUGUCAGAAAACAUGAUUAAGUGAGGGCAUUUCAGGAAAGAGAAUGUAUCUGUACUUUGUUACAUUCAGGACUGCAGCACCAGAGGGCUUUUGUAUGCCAUUUUGAAUAGCAGCAGGAGGUGGGGUAAAAAUCCAAAGAAAUUAGAGGGUUGCCAUUUCUAGCUUUAUGUGCCUAUAUGAGACUGUGAAGCAUGUAUGCAAAAGUGAAAUCAUGCAAAUCUAUAUUAUCUCAUGUUAGGAGGCAGAACGGCACAUGCAGUUUGUAAGACCUGUUCAACUCAUUUCUCACAGACACCUCAGUCUAGCAGCUCUCUCUGAGUGCUUUUCCAGACAGUGGCCAAAUGACAUUUUAUACUAAAGUCUGUCAGAAACUAAUAUUAGUCCUACAAAGUGCGGGACAAAGUGAUCUGUUCAUUGCUUUGUUUUUGCUUUAAGCAGGGGACGUCUAAGCACUAGUGCUAGAGAAAAAGCACAUACAGCUUAGUAUUAUAUGUGUUUUUGAUGGGUAAAGGUUCACAAAAUGUAGAACAUUGCUAUGGGGAAAAUAUUGCCUUUCUGAUGUUCAUCAGAACUUUUCUCCCUUCUAGAAUACUGUAUGUGUUUUCCUGCACUGGAAAAAAAUCCCUUUUAAAAAAUAAAAAUUCACAAAAUGCCAUGGACUUUAAGGAGUUGUACCACUUGACCCCAAUUCAAUUACAUUUCUCACAGCACUCCAAACUGCAAUGGAUGUGAUAGUUGGAGGGGAAGACUAUUCUGAGUGCCAGGCUAAUGAAAUAACCCUGCGGCAGAAGUGCUAUCUUGAGAAAGGAUAUCUAGAUCUGCCACAACAAGUGCACAUUUAUUGCACAGUAAAACAGUAAUAAGGCCUUUAUAGCACUUAUUUUAUCACUUGCUCAGAAGGAUAAGCUUGAGGGUCAGUUAGGGAGAAUACAAACAUUUGUGCUCUGGGGCCAUUUUCUCCUCUGAAGUUCUCCACAACUAUUCUAAAACUCCCAUUUUAUUUAUUUCCAUUUGUUAGGUCUGCCUAUCAGCACUUAUGCCAGAUACUGCUACCGGAAGCUGCAAAAAGUUGCAGUCACUGGAGGCAAAAAGGUGAGUCAGUGUCAUAUUCUCAUCUAGUAGUUUAAGUGAAUUGUUCUCUUGCCCCUUUGGCAUUAUUUUGAUGGUGAUCAGAAGCAUAGAUUGGAAAGCUGCAGACAUUAAUGGAAAAGUCAGUGGUAGGUGUGGGAAUGAUAUGCCUGAAAUCUUCUACUUUUCCUUUUUUAAGACAGAAAAAUUCAGUGGAAAGACAAAAUACAGUGGCACCCCGCAAGACGAAUGCCUCUCAAGACGAAAAACUCGCAAGACGAAAGAGUUUUUCGUUUUUUGAGUUGCUUCGCAAGACGAAUUUCCCUAUGGGCUUGCUUUGCAAGACGGAAACGUCUUGCAAGUUUGUUUCCCUUUUCUUAAAACCGUUACAGUAAUACAGGGUGCAUUGCUUGAAGAGGUGCAGUUGCGACUUGACUUCGGGGAGCAACUCAUAGCACGCGGUGUGGUAGCCUUUUUUGAGGUUUUUGAAGAUUUUUUUGAAAAAAUUGAAACCGUGCUUCGCAAGACGAAAAAACUCGCAAGACGAAAAAACUCGCAGAACGAAUUAAUUUCGUCUUGCGAGGCACCACUGUAACAUGAAAUCUUCAUUUUCAUAGGUCUUGAAUAUUCAUACAACAAAUGGGUGGGAAGAUGCCCUGGUAAUCAGAAUUAAGAUAGGGGGCCUUGGAAUUGUACUUAUAAAACACAUGCUGCAGGAUUGGGUGAGCAAGGUCACAUAUAGUAAAACACUUAUGUGAGUUCUGGAAAUCUCCUUAUUUUUUCCAAAGUGAAGAAUGAAUUUCUAGCACUCACGGUUUUUGAGAUCAAUUUCAUUAUGAUGCAGACAUUUUCAGCAUAUUUAUCAUUACUGGAAAAAUGGCGUACUCUUGCCUGGCAUAGAUGUGAUCAUCUGACUGAGUCAUGUGCGCACUGUGAGGCUGAAUUCUUCCUGUUACGCAUGACAUCAAAGUACCAUAGAGGAAUUAUACAAGUUCUUGUCUGGAUUGGAAAUGUUCCAUUACCUUACGUUUGCAAAAACGAUGAAUAAAUAGCUAAUAUGAGUGCACGCUCCACUAACCUAUCAGCAGCAAUUGAAGGCCAGAAUUACAUUUACAGAGGAAUAAUACUAGGAUGACAGCUCCAUGGACACACAGUUUUUCUGCUAUGACCAUUUAAAAAUGUGUAUCAUUUUAGAAGUACUUUUCUUGGGAAAGUGCAUUAGCUCAGUGGCAGAUGCAUGGAGACACUCCCAAUCUUAUCUCUGCUGGCAUCUCUAGGUAGGGUUGAGAAAGACUCCUGUCUGAAGCUAUGGAGAACUGCUGCCAACUCAGUGUAGAAAUAAUGAGCUCAAUGGAUCAAUGGUCUGAUUUCGUGUAAGGCAGCUUCCAGUGUGUGACACAGUCAUCAUAUUGAGUCUCUAUGCCCCCACUGCAGCUUUUUUCCCGAGUGGAGAAGUGGGUAGGCUGGUUAGCAUGUCACACUAAGCCAAGGGAGAGCAGCAUGGUGCCCUCCAGAUGUUGCUGAACUACAACUUCCAUUGCUCAUGCUUGCUAGAGCUGAUCGGCAUCAGAAUCCAAAAUCUGGAGGGCACUACAUAAACUACCGUAUUUUUCGCUCUAUAAGAUGCACCAGAACAUAAGACGCACCUAGUUUUUGGAGAAGGAAAACAAGAAAAAAAAUAUUCUGAAUCUCAGAAGCCAGAACAACAAGAGGGAUCGCUGCGCAUCGAAAGCAGCGAUCCCUCUUGCUGUUCUGGCUUCUGGAAUAGCUGCGCAACCUGCAAUCGCUCCAUAAGACGCACACACAUUUCCCCUUACUUUUUAGGAGGGAAAAAGUGAGUCUUAUAGAGCAAAAAAUACGGUACUUGUGGCUUAAUUGUGAAUAUGCAUCCUCCCCCCCCCCGCCCCAUGGGUGCUGCAUACAGCACAAACAGGCCACAGCUAACAUGCUCAUCCACACAGGUUCUGACAUAGAUAAUUAUUUUUAAAAAUUCAGAGCAAAUACAAAUUGCUUUCCUAGGAUGCAUGUGAUUGUUCCUUAUGCAAAUCUGUUCAUCGUUGUUUUCCAUCCUUUCUUUUCCUUUUCCUUUUUUGCUUAUAGGGUCUCCGGAAGCCUACGAUUGAAGAGAUAAUACAUGCCAAGAAUGCUAUUGUAACACCUUCACUGUUUGGCAGUUCUCUGGAGGAAAUCAUGUUACGGCAGCAGGACAUGUAUCCUGAUAACAAGCUACCUUGGGUACAAACACAGCUGUCUCAGCAAGUUUUGGAACUGGGGGGAGAACAGACUGAGGGAAUAUUCAGGUGAGGUUGGCUGACCGGAGCUACAUAAAGGAUUGAUUACUGUAUAGCUGACCGGAUAGUUGGAGAUGCAUGGCAUUUCUGCUCCUUGCCCUAGUGGAACUGCUUCCUCUCAAGCCUCAUUUUUACAGUUUUAGGAGAGGAAGCAGCUUUCAAACCACAGCAAAAGAUUUAUGAGGUCUCCAGGGACUCGUGCCACCUUCUCAGUUGCUUCCAAACAAAUAGGCUUAUGCUAGUACAUAUGAACUCGCUCCUAAAACCUGAGGCUAAAAUCUCUAAUCUACCCAUCUGCAUAUUUUGGAUUGGGGGUGGGGAGAGAACUGUGGUACAUGUGCAUCAGCUGUGCAUGUUUUCUGUGAUUUAAUCUCCUCCUUUCCUAGAAUAUCACCGUGUUUGUGAAGGCCAUUUAGCCAUUGCUAACUUUGUCAGAGUUAGCUAGGGUGGAAAGAGGAAUUGCCACGGUUCACCCCCCCCUGACACAGUAUAGAUACUACCUAAUCUAGGGCCUUGAGAGUGGGGAAUUUACUUUGUUGUUGCACUUCGUUCUGAAAAUCAAGGACAAGAAAUUGCAUCUGGAAACAACUAAUAAAAAUAAAAAUAUUUAUAGAAUGAAGAAGCCACUACAAAAAAACUGGACAGGCCCCGUAGACCACAAGUUGAAAAGUUGUAAAGAAACUUCUCUUGCAUAACAUGGGGAAGGGGCUGCAUUUUUAGCUGCUUAGCUUGUUUAAACCAUUUAAGCCAGAGCUUGAUUUAUGGCAGUGCUGACAUCUGCAUCAUAGUUGAAGGAAGGAAGUCUCAUUGUGGUAGUUUGUAUCCUCAUACUAGGGCUGCUGCUGAUAAAGGCGUUUUUAGAAAUAUAACAUGCCCCCAACAUGUCUACCAUACCAAUAAGGCCAUUGUUUUGGCAAAAACUGUUUAAAAAUGAAUCCUCUAUAUUAAUUAAAUACUCAUUCUCAGAACAUAACUCUUCAUUUAGCCACAGCCACCAUGCUCAAGAGGGAGGAAUUAGUAGAUUAAUGAGACCCCCCAAAUAUUGCGGCUUGGUCUGUUUGUUUAUAGCAUUUUAAAAUCACAUUCUUCUGCCAUAAAAGGCUCCCAGAACAGUUUACAAAUGUUGAUGAUAAUGAUGCCUUGAGGCUCAGUCUAAAAGUUUAUAAAAGUCAUGACCUGAAAGGAAAAGAGUUUGGGAGAUAAGAGGGAAAAAGCAAGCUCUGGCACUAUUUCUUAGUUGAUAGAGUUCUUGUAAUGACCAGCUGGAAUCGAAAGACUCAAGGAGAAGAGCCAAGGUUUCUGGUCCUUAAGCAGAGCAGGUAGAGACGCCUGUAGGAGUACCCCUCUCCCUACCCCAACCCCCAACCCCCAUUUAAGGGGAAAUAUCAAACAGAUGCACUCUAAACUGCAAUAUUUUGGUUCGUGUCCUACUUGUUUAACACUAACUAUGUCAUUCUUGUCAAACAACUCUGUACAUGGCUUUCUGAAAGAUGUAGUCUCAUCUGUUCCUCUGGCUCCUGGUUGCUUCCUCUGUUCAGUUCGUCUUUAUUGAUGAAUCUCUGUGUCUGCUUUCAGAAUUCCUGGUGACAUUGAUGAAGUCAAUGCACUCAAGCUACAGGUUGAUCAGUGGAAAAUUCCCAACAACGUUGGUGAUCCCAAUAUACCAGGUAUGGAUAAACAACGCAGCUGCUGUAUUCUCGCUCAGAUUUGUUUGUUUGUUUCUUGAUUACUUUAUGAAAAGGUCUCACAACAACUUACAGAUUAAAAGUACAAUCACACCAUAAAACGGUCCCACCAUCCCGACCUCUGCAGAACAACAGCACACACACCCCGCCCCCACAUUUGCCAACUGUUGCAAGAAAAAUUAUUACUCAAUCAUCUGGGGGAACAUUCCAACCAGCAGGAGGAAGGCUGCACUGCUGAAAAGGCCUGUUUUCUUUUUGUCAUCCUGUCCCCCGUCACAGCCUCACCUUUAAUACAUUACUUUUGUGGGGAGGUGCUCAAAUCCUUCCAUUCCGUGGAAACUAGACCCAGAUUGACAAUAUAACUGUUUUCAUUCAUGAGAGAAUGGGAAUCAGAUAAAUAGCAGGAACUUACUUUUAUUUAGAAACCUUCAAAACAGGAGAUCUUUGAUUUGGGACCUUUUCCUAACCCAAGAAACUCAUUCCCUCCCCACCCACCCUCAUUCCAUACCCACUUCCUUCUUUAAGUGCCAGAUGCCAACUGCUCCAUUUCCAGCAUUCUGCCCUCCAGUAGAUUCCCUCUUGCCUUAACACUUCAGUCACACUCCAAAUCACAGUACACUGAGAUAGAUCCAUCUUGUGUUCUUAUGUUUCUUCCCUCCUAUCUAAACCAAAGCUUUUAAUACCUCCUUCUGAAGCUGCAGGCCAUUGCCACCCUAGCCCCUUUAGGAUUUGUGUCCUGUGAUUUCAAAGGUCUGAAACCAUAAAUCUCAAUGAACUGGGUGAUGCUAUCUUUCCUCUGGGGAAGAACAGAGUCUUGUUUAGCAUAAGAUGGAGGAGCAGGAGUGUUGUGCCCUUAUUCAAUUAAAUAUCUGCUUCACGACAGAUGUCUCUGACCCAGAUACCUUAUUUGUUAAGCUGUUGUUGUUGGAAGUGCCUGGUUUUUCCAUUCUUGCCCUUGCAGCUUCUUUGCUGAAGCUGUGGUACCGGGAGCUGGAGGAGCCUGUCAUCCCACAGCAAUUCUACAAGGAGUGUAUCAGCAACUAUGAGAACCCUGAUGCUGCUGUAGCAGUAGUGGAACUCCUGCCUGAGCUCAACAAAUUGGUUUUGUGUUACCUCAUCCACUUCUUACAGGUAUGUAGGUAACUGCAUUUCUGAGACUAGGAAUCAUUCUGAAGCAGCAGACAGGCCACAGGCAUUCUGAAGCAGCAUACGGUAGCUGCACUCUGGAACGUCUCGCUUUACUCUGCAUUGCAAAUAUUCUGGAUUAUAUCCAGUUGAUAGACUUCCACUGAUGGAAGGCUCUUUAAUCCAGCACAGUCUUCCAUCAGUGGAACAGGGAUUAAGAACCUCUUGAAGUAUUUCCUCUCCCCAUGUUGCCACCUCCCAUGCUGUUCUAAAGGGCUUGCCAACUCCCCAGAGCAGAUUUGAGGUGGGGUGGGGGCUGCCGAAGAAAAGGGUAGUAGCCGAUGAAUGUUUCUAUCUCUGCUCCACUGAGAAAAGGCAUUGCUAAUUCAAAGAACCUUCCGCUAGGGGAAGAAUGACAAUUGAAUAAAACCCUCUGAAGAUUCAAUCUUCAUUUCUUCUAAUGUGUAUCAGAGGCAGUCUUGGCUCAAGGUCUUAGGACCCGCAAUAAUAAUAUAAUUAGAUCUCCUAUAUGAAAGUCCUUCUUAAAGUUGACAGCGUAUCAACAUUAGCAGGAGUAAGUGAUUCUUUGUGGGACAACUAAAUCUUUUGGGCUAUUUCCAGAAUUUUACAUCAAUGUAUCUUUGAGUUUAUUUGAGCUGCACCUUCUUUAUUUCACAGAUUUUUGCUCAGCCAACCAAUGUGGGCAAAACCAAGAUGGACGUAAACAACUUGGCCAUGGUGAUGGCCCCAAAUUGUCUGCGAUGCCAAUCUGAUGAUCCCAGAGUUAUCUUUGAAAACACUCGCAAAGAGAUGUCCUUCUUGCGCAUGCUAAUUGUGCACUUGGACACCAGCUUUAUCAAAGGAGUGGUGUGAAGGGUUGGCUUCAGGCAACACCAUGUGAAGGGAGCAAGGAUCUCUUGCCAGUAUUACCUUCUUUGAGCCAUGGAUCUUCCCCUCUGCAGGCUCCAGGUUCCUCGGGUUGCUUCUGUUGCUUCGACAGCUGUUUCCUCGCCCCAGCAACACCGCUAAUGUCUCCAAGGAAACCCUAUAAUAAUGAAGUCAUCAUACUAGAAAGGGUUUUGAGGCAUCAGGGAGCCAACUCUCAGACCAUGCUGUGAGGGCACUCCUAAGAACCUGCAGCAGUUGAUUCCUAGGAAGUCAAUAUGCCAGAGGCAGCAGCCAGUGCAUUGUCAAAGCACAAAAGUUGGAACCGCUUUGCAUUACACUGGGAAUCCACUGCACAUUCAAAGUGGAAUGUUUAUUGGGAACCAACUGCUCUCAGAUACUGGGAUUUUGCUUCUACCACCUGAAGAUUGGAAACUUCGCUAAUCAAGCUUCACCCCCAGAAGGAAAAGGGUUGUUGUCUCAGGCUACUAUAGCACAUAUCCUGCCUUGGAGCAAACCUGCUGCAGCCAGUACUGCCAUUCAAAUUGCUGGCUGCAUCCUUCUCCAACUCUUCUACCUGUCUUUGCUACCUUAAAACACACCACUCUUACCAAAGGUUCAGUUUGGCAGCACUGGAUGAGCUGUGGCUUCCGAUCCAGGUUGACUCUCCUCACGCCUGGAGUACUUUUACUACUCAAUUCAUAUUAGAAGGACCAAGUGGAAGGCAUUGUUGGAAACCAAGGUCAAGCUAUUUAACAGCAACCUUUUCCCACAGUGAAAAGCAGUCAUGGGCUGGAGUUUGGGAGACUGCCUGUUGCUUUCUUCUCCUGCUGUAUAGUACCUUAGAAAGAGGCUGAUUAAAUUUCAAGCCUUUUUUUUUUAGCUCAAAUAUACUUUUUCAUUGUUUGGGUUAGAUGUCUCAAAUGGCAAUGAUCCUUGUCCCCUUGAGUUUAAGCUAGGUCACAGCAAUGUAAAUAGCUUACAGAUUGUUUCUCCAGAAUGGAACUUUCUCUAUAUGUUAAAAACUGCAGUCAAUUAUGACUCCUGCGGCCUUUCUCCUCCUUACUUCAACAUAGACUAAAAUCGGGUAUCAAGUUGUUGUGAAGAUGUUAUGAGCAAACAUGAUCAGCAUGAAGGCUUUUACUGAGCUCAAGAUAUGCCACUCAGGCUUACAAAGCCAAACUAGACAUAACAUGAGAACUCCUUGAUCAGAUCUCCUGAUAUCUAUUUCUUUGGUUAAAAGAAGCUGUAGGGAGACUGCACUGGUUUGGAGAUGAACCCUUCAUGUCCAUUGCACUUUCCAGACUUACAUUGCCCUUCCAAAGCUGCUGUUAGCUGAGAAGCAUGAUCCAGUGCGGUAGGAAAAUCAGUAUCCAUAUAAUACCUGUCUCUUCCCUCAUCUCUGAACUUUAAGUUGGGCAAAUAGUGAGAGGAGUAAAGAGUUAAGUCCCCACCAGUGACUGCUUUUUAAAUGAAAGAAAAAGACAUUGGCAGAUCUGAUCAUGGAUUUCCUUCAUCCAUUUUAGUUAGGACCUCAGUCAGUACUUCUGGUUUGAAAAACACAGGUUGUGGUCUUAAGGUAGAAGAGAGCAAUUAUGCUAAGCAAGAAGAGCAGUUUAAUGCCAUAACACUCUGAACUUCAUUUCACCCUUUCACAGAAAGUUGGAUUUUUCUCACCGAGGCUGAAGUCUUCUGACCACUUUGCCCCUCCACUAGUCAGGGAGUCCUUGCUGAUUAAGGGGAAGGGGUAGGAGUAGGACUGCUGCCUCAGUACUUCCACACCUUUCUCUUGCCACUUUGCUGACACAUACCUGAAACAGGAGCCUUCCAUGUCCUUGCCUCUCCGUCAUUUUGGAAAUGGGUGUCGCUCCUUCAGAAAGCCCUUGAACAGACUUGCAGGCUUGGGUUCCUUGGGAAGAGGCCAGUUGAUGGAAAUGACAAGGACAGAAUCUUGGAAAAUUGAGUCAGGUUGUAUAUUCUUUUACAGUCAGUGCUUUGAGCCUUUCCUGUGCCAGUGUGAUGAGUCUUCGGACCGAAUUAGUACUUCUCAGAUAGUGGUUGAUGUGAUCUUCAUGGAUAGAGGAAUGCACAUUAUCCUUUGAUCUCCAGACACUGUGACUCUUACUAGAUUAUUCCAUCUCAUUAUGUGGAACCAAAGUAUGUUACUGUUUCCCUAUUUGAGCCAGUUCUGCUGUAAAAGAUCCUUUAGCUUGGUUUAUUUGGUAAUGCCAAAGUUCCCAUUCACCUUUAUAGUGUGCCUUUUUCUAGCUAUCUUUUGAGAGUUAGCUACUUUUCAAUUAAAUUACCAAGAAAUUUGGGGAUUUCUGAUUUCUUGUAUCGGAACAGAGCCAUUCUCUGGGACCCAAACAACAUGUUAUGUGGACAUGCACAUCUCACUAGUAACGUGAGGAAUAGGUGAUGCAAUUUGCAUUCAUGUUUCCCUACUUUACAUAAGGCAGGUGGCUACAGAAACUGCAUUGGGGCAUGUCACAUGACUUUUCCACCCCUUACAUUGCCAGGGAGACACAUGGUGAUAUCCACACAGCUGCCCGUAACAUGUUGUUUGAGCUGAAUCCAGAAUUCAGGCAAUCACUGUGACAUGUGCAGAAUGCUCCUUGCUAUUUCUUCCUGAGCUGCACUUGAUGAAGUAGAUUAGCCUGAAUCUUCCGAGGAGCUGGGUGCUAUUCAAAAAGGCUCCUUUUUCAGAAUUUGGCCAGUGCUGUUCACUCUUUGUGCCAGGUUGUUAGAACUGGAAUCCUACAAACACUUAUUUGGGAGCGAGUCCCAUCAAACUCAAUCUUAUUCCCAAGUAAAUAUGUUGGAUUAGAAAAACUCCUACUUUUGACACUUCCCAAACUUGCCUGAAACAGAGUACCUUGGGCCUGCUUCUAUUACAAAUCUUGAUAUAAAUUUAUUUUCUCUGUUUCACAGAGAGCUCAUAUCCAUGCAGCAUACUAAGGACUUGACUCUGUUUGUGGCCAUACCAUAGAGCAACUACAUUUUACACAAAUAAUUCUUUUGAAAAAUGGGAAGUGUUGACCAAUUUUUAGUAUGCCAUACAUCCCUGCUCCUUUAAAAAAGGCUUUUAAAAAUUGUUUCGGGAUGUCCUCUGGGUGCACAGGUUUCCCAGAUUUAAACACUGCGGCCAACUACAGAGUGGGUAAUGAUUAAAAUUCUCCCUGGCACUUAACAGAAGCAUAGACAGGCUGUUAUAUUAAUGCUUUCCCCCCCUCAAGGGCUGUAAAAUAGGCUAAAAAUUACACUGGAUAUUGUUUUCUUUUUGCCAACAUGUUUGUAAAUGUGACUCAGCAAAACAUACUGUCCCUUACUGUUGUUAAAGAAUAAUUAAACAUCUGUGGUUCAUCAUUGUUUUCUAUGUGUUUUUAAACACCGAUUUAGAUUUAGACAAACUGUGCCUUGACUAAAGGCAUGAAUUUAAACUACCUUUCAUAAUAUCUGCUUUCUCCCCACCUUUUCUCCUGGCUGAAUAGUGACUAUAACUUAUUUACAUUGUUAAUGGCAGACAGUCUUUUAAAAACUCAUCCUACUUUUGAGUUCUUUGUGGUGGUGUCUCUUUUGUGGUUUUGGGACAUAGCAGAGUACUCAUUUUACCAGAACCUCAGGUACCACCUCUUCCCAUAUGAACCAAUAUGGACCAUCAUCUGAGGCCCUUCUUUGUAUGCCUCCUCCAUAGGAGCUCUGGAGGGUAACAACACAAGAAUGGGCCUUUUCAGUGGUUGCUUCCCGUUUGUGGAAUGCUCUCCCCACAGAGGAUCACCUGGCAGCAUCAUUCUAUAUUUUUCGAUGCCAAGCAAAAUAUUUCCUCAUUAACCAGGCCUCUAGCCUCUUAACUAUCUGUGGCCUGGAUGUUUUUAAUAUUUUUUUGUUUCUCAGUUUUAAUGUGUGUAUUGAGGGGGAGUUGUUUGGUUAUAAGCCACUUUGAGUUGUCUUGGGCAAUAAAAAGUUAGAUGAUGAUGAUGAUGAUAAUUAAUAAUAAUAAAUGUUAAGCACAUGCAAAG